AUGUCCCAGGCAGGAGCAGUCAUGUGCUUCCACCCUGAGGGAGACCACGCCAUGUCCCCUCAGCGCUUUGCCCGAGAGCUGAAGAGGCGGCCUUGGCUGUCGCCGUCCAAGAAUGCAGAACCUGCUGCCUUGAACCCCCAGCACUGCCUCACGCCCAACCUCAACGCCGGCAGGAUCCACCUCCUCCGCAAGGGGCUCACCGUGGAGGCCAAGCGCUCCCAACUGGGCAUGUAUAACAGCACUGGCUCCCUCAUCCGGAAGGUCACAGAGAUGGGUUACCUUGGCAACAGCAACUGCCCCAACUCAGGGAGAGUGACAGCUCCAUGCACACCGCUGAGGAGCAGGCCUCCGCCCUCGCUGGGCUCUCCAGGUAGCCGCAUCCCCCUGGUCGCCUCAGCCCCCGGCGGACAAAGCUCUGUGGUGACCUUCCGCUUCAUCGAGAAGGCCAGCGUCAAAACUUUGAAUGGCCUCCCUCUGGUGGAGUCCAGGAAGGAGAGUGGCUUGAGCAGGAGUCUGGAGCUCGGGGAAGCCCUCCAUUUUGGAAGCCCGGCAAGGAAGCAGGGAAGCGGUUGCCCCGUGGCCCAAAAUCCGCAUUCCCCACAGCGUAACGCCGCAGCGUCCCCGGAGCCUGUCGCUCAAGAGGCAAACGAGAGCAUCAAAGUGAAGACGAAUGAGUCUGUCUUGGCUGGUACUGGCCCUGCUGUGGAACAGGCCCCACUGGCCCUCAGCGGUAAAGGCCAGGAGCACCUUAGUCAUAAGCUGAAGCUGGAGACAUCUGCUUCGGACCCUCUCCUGGCUGGAAACAGGUUCCUUUUGGGAGCACAGUCUUCCCAGAGCCUGGGCAAUGGGAGCCCACAUUCUCUCAAUGCCAACUGCCUCUCCAGCUCCCUUACCAACGGCAUGAUCAGCCCUUCCAACGACAUCUCAGCGCUCCGGAGAAGCCCACAGAGCGGGGAGUCCCAGUACCAGGUACUUCAGAGUCCCUUCCUUGCCAGGAAUGGCAUCUCCUCUGCCCCUUCUUCCUACAUCUUCCUCCAUCCCAUGCAAGGAACCUCACAAAUAAGCAUUUUCUCUCUCUCUUUUCUAUAGGGGAGUCCAUGGGCAUAUUCCCGAGAGAGCUCUGCCCACGCCCAGCGCAUCGCCAAGGCUAAGUGGGAAUUCUUCUAUGGCUCCCUGGACCCUCCUGGAACAGGUAAUGAGCUCGAUGCAAGUACUGGUAGGGGAGAGCAUUUGAAUAUAUGAAAAUCAGCAUCUCUUCAGCAUUCAACCCUCAAAAACGGUGUCCUGGCGGAGGUUCCACAUACGGUACUGUUGUGGAUGCAGUCACAGCAGGGGCGCAUUUGGAUGCUGGCAGUUGCUGACUUUUAUAAAGCAAUGUCCAGUGUGGCUGCCAGAUUCAGACAACGCAGGAACGGUAGACAUGCACCCUUAGAUAGCAGGCUUGAAAUGCAAAAAUGGGCUCUCAUUAGCUGGGCUGCUGGUUGGGUGGUGUUAAGCUGAAAUUCAACAAGGAAAAUAUGUAAGGAGAGAAGAAUCGAAUGCAUGGGUGUGGAACAAGGCAGAGGUAGCUGUGGGAAAGACCUGAGAUGAACAGGGGGACCCUCAUCCAACCCUUUGUAGGUGUUGAAAUGUGAAUUGCAGCAUUCACUUCCUAUGAGGAAGUGGACCUACCAUUUGCUAGAGAUCCUGAGAAACUCCUCCUUUUGCAUAGGUCCAUCCCUGGGAUAUUACGUGCAAGGGCCUAAGGGCUAGGAAAGCUGGAAGUGGUUUUCCAUAGCGUCCUCUCCAGCUAUUUUUCCUGGGAUAUGCCCCAGAAGCAACUGAUACACUCUAUACUUCCUGCUGGAGGUGCUCCUCAUUCUGACUCUGUUACAGCUUUUUAGGUUGUGAUCCACCCUGAGAUCUACAGGUAUAGGGUGGUAUACAAAUUUUACCAACAACAACAAGCUCUGUAAAAAUGGAGAGAGGUCUCUUUUCCCCUGGAAUGCGUUCCUUGCAGUGUCUGGAUAGACAGUGGUUGCGUUUGCACAUCAUGCUAAGACAAACCAUGGCUUAGUGCUGCCUCUCGAAGAGGAAUCUGCAGCCACUUUGUUCCUUCCUGGACUUUUUAAAUAAUUGCAGCAGCUAAGCCAAGGUUUGGUUUAGUGCAUCGUCUGAACCCAGAGCAUGGCUAAGUAUCUCUCCACCUUAACCACAAUCCAUAGCCAGAGUUCCUCCUACGGUUACAAGAAUGAUCCUGAGUUUGGGCAAAAUGUUAAGUUAACUGUAGCCUAGCUGCCAUCCUAGGGACACGGGUGGCGCUGUGGGUUAAACCACAGAGCCUAGGGCUUGCUGAUCAGAAGGUUGGCGGUUCAAAUCCCCGUGAUGGGAUGAGCUCCCGUUGCUCGGUCCCAGCUCCUGCCCACCUAGCAGUUCAAAAGCAUAUCAAAGUGCAAGUAGAUAAAUAGGUACCGCUCCAGUGGGAAGGUAAAUGGCAUUUCCGUGCACUGCUCUGGUUCGCCAGAAGCGGCUUAGUUAUACUGGCCACAUGACCUGGAAGCUGUACACCGGCUCUCUCGGCCAAUAAAGCGAGAUGAGCGCCGCAACCCCAGAGUCGGUCACGACUGGACCUAAUGGUCAGGGGUCCCUUUACCUUUUAGCUGCCAUCCUGCACUAACCUCAAAAGUCAGGGGAUGAAGUGAAGCAGGGAUGAGCUACUCUCUGGGAGCCAUUUGUGAAGUCACAGUAAGCCAUACUCUGACUUAGCAGUGAUAUGCAAACCAGGUCACUGUGCGGUGAGGAAGGGAAAUAUUAACUAAGAGAUUGACAGUGUUACAAGAGAGGCCUGGUACCCUCUUGGUUUUGGGCCACAGUUCCCAUAAGCUCCAGUUGGCAUGGCCAUGCUGGCAGGGGUUGAUGGGCGUGGUAAUUCAAAAGCACCAGGAGGCCACCAAGUUGGGAAAAGCUGGGCAAGAACCUUUCCUUGUAAGUGGAUGCUGUGACUGUGGGCAGACAAAAAAAGGAAAAGAGGCUGCAGGCACAAAAGGGAGCAAAUGGAAGUGUUUCCAUCCCCAAAAAUCUACCCAUAAGCUUCCCAGCAGAGCAACACUUGUGAGUGAUGCACAUCUUUCUUGACUGCACCCGUACAAAGAACAGUGCGCAAACAUACAGCGACCAAGUGGAGCGAUGUAAAAGAAAGGAAUGGCCUCAUCCGUGCACAACCUCAGUCACCAGGGAAGUAUGUGACAUGGCAGAGUGAUUGCAUGAACCUUCAAACAAAGAGGAGAGCGGGUGCUUACUGAUAAGAUAUUUUUAUCAGUAAGCACCAGAGCCUGCCCUGCUCUUUGUUUGAUUCCGCCUGGUGCUUCUUAACCCCCUUCCUGCAGGCUGAUUGUGUGAAGCUGCCUAAUGCUGCAUCCAUAAAUAUUGGCCCAUCUAGCCUAAGACUGACUAAUAAAGUCUCAAGUAGAGAUUAUAAAAAAUUAGAAAAAUAGUCCAGUAGCACCUUAGAGACCAACUAAGUUUGUUCUAGGUAUAAGCUUUUGUGUGCAUGCACACUUCUUCAGAUACACUGAAACAGAAGUCACCAGACCCUUUUAUACAGUGGGAGGGUGGGGUGGGGUGGGGUAUUGACUAAUUGCAGUUGUUAACUGUUGUCAGCAGGUUUACCAUACCCAUUGAGCCAAUCAACCAUCUCCUACUACCUGUCUGAGAAAAACCCCACCCCACCCUUCAACUAUAUAUAAGGGUCUGGUGACUUCUGUUUCAGUGUUUCUGAAGAAGUAUGCACGCACACGAAAGCUUAUACCUAGAACAAACUUAGUUGGUCUCUAAGGUGCUACUGGACUAUUUUUUAAUUUUUUCUUUCGACUGCAUCAGACCAACACGGCUACCUAUCUGAAUCUAGAAUCAAGUAGAGAUGAUUAUUGUUGUUAUUAUCUCUUUAGUUAUACCCCGCUUUUUACCCUGACAGGGACUCAAGGCGUCUUAAAGAUAAAAUAGGUAAGGUAAAGGUAGAGGGACCCCUAACCAUUAGGUCCAGUCGUGACCGACUCUGGGGUUGCGCUGCUCAUCUUGCUUUAUUGGCCGAGGGAGCCGGCAUACAGCUUCCGGGUCAUGUGGCCAGCAUGACUAAGCCGCUUCUGGCGAACCAGAGCAGUGCACGGAAACGCCGUUUACCUUCCCACCGGAGUGGUCCCUAUUUAUCUACUUGCACUGUGACAUGCUUUCAAACUGCUAGGUGGGCAGGAGCAGGGACCGAGCAACGGGAGCUCACCCCGUUGUGGGGAUUCAAACCGCUGACCUUCUGAUCAGCAAGUCCUAGGCUCUGUGGUUUAACCCACAGCGCCACCCGCGUCCUAUAAAGAUAAAAUAAGAACAACUAAAUAUGGGGGUCGUUAAAAAACAACUCUGUGUGUGUCUGAUAGCUAUUAAAAACAUAUAGAUAAUUACCAUAAAAACAACAUGGCACCAGUCCCCUCAGUAAAAUCAGUCAGUUCCCAAAUGCCGAAAGGUCUUCAGCUGUCGGCAGAAGAAUAGCACAGAGGGAACUAGUCUGGGUUCUCUGAGGAAGAGAGUUCCAAAGUUGUCAAGUGCCGCCCCCCGCCCCCCUUCUCAGAGACCCAGGCAGGAUUGUAUGAGGGAAUAUGGUCUUUCAGUGAGCUAAGAUGUUUUUUCCAGUCUUGAGCUAUUUAAACCAUGGGUAGGCAAACUAAGGCCCAGGGACCAGAUGCGGCCCAAUCACCUUCUCAAUCCAGCCCGCGGACAGUCCGGGAAUCAGCGUGUUUUUACAUGAGUAGAAUGUGUCCUUUUAUUUUAAAUGCAUCUCUGGGUUAUUUGUGGGGCAUAGGAAUUUGUUCAAUUCUUUCCCCAAAAUAUAGUCUGGCCCCCCACAAGGUCUGAGGGGCAGUGGACCGAGCCCCUGCUUAAAAAGUUUGCCGACCCCUGAUUUAAACAAGCAAACAAACAAACAAACAAACAGUAAUGAGAAAGAGAUGAAGAAACUGCAAGAUGAAAUGCGUAUCUGUUAAGACAAUUAACACUGACAUUGAAGAAUUUGGGAUGGACCUUGAUGAAUGCUAGAAUUGGUUUCAAUGGACUAAAAUGAUUAAAAGCAAGAAGGGGAAUUUGCAGAUAUGAAGAACUAAUUAGGAAAAGGAACAAUAAAUGCUUUCCUUCCUAUCAAUCUUUUCAAUUAUAUCAGUUAGUCCAUUAGAAAACAUAAAUAUAAAAAAUGGGGGGGGGAAGUAUUUCAGAAAGAGCUUCUGCUUAUGAUUUUUCCAUCACCCCCACAGUCCUUAAAAGAUUUAACAGUCUGUGAAAUUGGAGUUAGAACUCUGAUUACUCCCCAAGCACUAUUCAAUUUCAAGGAAGUUAUGACGAUUGAAUAAUGUGUGUUUUAGCUGAUACACAAAUAAUCACGAAGUUAAAAGGUGGAAUUAAAUUCUUAUUUGAGAUAAAUUAAAUUCUUAUUUGAAGGGGGGGAAUACAUAACACCGCGUACGCAGAUUGUUAAAAUAUAUUAGGGAUACCUUUAAAGUAGGGCUGGAAAAGGUGCCCUUACAAGGGCAAGUUGCAGGCAGAUUUCAUUGACUUUUUUGGAGGGGGGCAAAAUUGUUCAUAUGGCUUAGGCAGGCAUGGCCAAACUUGGCCCUUUAGUUGUUUUGGGACUACAACUCCCAACAUCCCUAGCUAAUAGGACCAAUGGUCAGGGAUGACGGGAACUGUAGUCCCAAAAACCUCUGGAGGGCCAAGUUUGGCCAUGCCUGGCUUAAGGGUGCUUAUCAUUGCAGAAAGUGGUGGUGGUCUCAUCUCCUCUCCCCCACCCCUUGCUUUCUCCAUCUGUCUCUAAGCUGUCACUAUUUUGUGGGAGGGUUUCAAGUUCACAGCAGAAAUUUGGGUUUGCUCAAUUAAAGCGCACUAAAGCACUCUGUUGCUCUAGCACAACAAAUUCACUAUAAAAAGAAAGGACAAACUUUUUGCAGUUAGGAAUGUGACAGGGAAAUGCACUCAAAAGUGUGAGAUGGACGAUUGACCAAUAGGAAGGUGUGGAAACACCCCGUGAACAAGCCAGGAUGAAUGUUCAAUAUAGGCCAGACAUAGUCUAACCACUGCGUUAGCUCUGUGCAAAGCAAAUUAGAAUGAAUGCUGAAUAAACAGGUUGCCUGAAGUAAACCCCAUCCCUCUCCUUUAAAAGUUUAAACUGUAAGAAAGAAAGACAAUCAGUGUCACUUCAGGAAUAUUCUGGGAGAUGAUGAUGGCAGCCACCAACUGUGCUCUUGCAAAUAUAAAAAAUACAUCUUUGUCAAGAGUGGUAACUUUUAAAAACUAUUUAAAGUAAGAGAGAGAAAGGAGCAAACCAUUGUUGCUCAUCCUACCCAAUUCAAAACAGUCUUCCCCACUCCAGCUUAAGGCAUGUCUACUCAGAAAUAAGCCUUACCAUACACUUGGCAAAUCAGGAUGAAGGGAUAGCUCAGUUGGUGGAGACUUUUAAUCUCAGCAUCAUGGGUUUGAGCCCCAUGUUGGGCAAAACAUUCCUGCAUUGCAGGGGGGGUUGGACUAGAUGACCCUCGUGGUCCCUUCCAACCCUACAAUUCUAUGACUCUAACAGGUUCAUUGGUGUAUAACCUCCCCAUAAACAAGUUGAAUUGAAUGCCCAGUAAUGACCAGAUAUUGUCUGACCUCUCCGUAAGCUUUGUGCAAGCAAAUUGGGAUUAAUCUAAAUAAAUGGAGCCUUUAACAAAUGCUAAACACUUUAGAAUGUGGGGGAACCUGCCCCUUCCUUCCUUCCUUCCUUCCUUCCUUCCACUGUCUGUUUUCGUUUUUCUUCUCCAUUUUUCUCUUUGUCUGAUUGGGAUACACAGUCUGUACUGUACAACCAGAGGUGUUGACAUAUGGACGCGGGUGGUGCUGUGGUCUAAACCACUGAGCCUCUUGGGCUUGCCGAUCAGAAGGUCGGCAGUUCGAAUCCCUGCGACGGAGUGAGCUCCCAUUGCUCUGUCCCAGCUACUGCCAUCCUAGCAGUUCAAAUGCACACCAGGGCAAGUAGAUAAAUAGGUACCACUGUGGCGGGAGCGUAAAUGACGUUUCCAUGCGCUCUGGCUUACAUCACGGUGUUCCAUUGUGCCAGUAGCGGUUUAGUCAUGCUGGCCACAUGACCUGGAAAGGUGUCUGUGGACAAACGCCGGCUACCUCGGCGUGAAAGCGAGAUAAACACCGCAACCCCAUAGUCACCUUCGACUGGACUUAACCGUCCAGGGGUCCUUUACCCUUUCCCCCCUUUGACAUAUGGCAUAUUUCUUUGUCAGUUCCAUGAUUCUCAUGUAAGGUUCAGAGAUCCAGCAUCUGCCAGGACUUAGUGAGUAGUUUUUAUUUGUAACCCGGGAUCUCUCUAUUUCAGGGAUGCGUCCUCAUAACGCACCUGAUCCUCCACCUCAGCAGCUCAAGAAAUCCAACCACCAGAUUCAGCCAAAGCCAGAUUGGACAGGACCCGAGCAUAGCUUGUGCCACGUGGAGGUGGAAAUUGAGAUGGCUCCACCAGGCAGUGCAAAACCUGGAAACUGUGAAACGGGAAUAAUCCGCAGAACCAUAAAGUACUCGGAGACUGACUUGGAUUCUGUCCCUUUGAGGUGCUACCACGAGACCAACAUUGAUGAUAUAUUGGCUGAGAAAGAUGAAGCGGAUUCAGCCAUCGAGAGCCAGAAAGACAGCGAGAGCAAUCCAAGUUUCACGGGAAUCUUGGGGAAAGGGUGUCCUGUUCCAGGAGACCCCUUUGCUCAGCACACAAGAGAAGAUGGUGACAAGUGUCUGAGAAACAAGACACAGGACAUUGAAGACGACGAGGUAUUCGAAGCCAUCCAACAGCAUCAGGAGAGGUGAGGGUCUCUCUGGACUGGUCAGUACCAAGCUUGUCCCUUGUAUUGAGCAAUAUUGUCUGGUUUUGUUCUUACAGAGGUCAAGAUAGUAAUAAUAAUAAUAAUAAUAAUAAUAAUAAUAAUGGUAAUAAUUUAUUAUUUAUACCCCGCCCAUCUGGCUGGGCUUCCCCAGCCACUCUGGGCGGCUUCCAAAAAAAAUAUUAAAAUACUGUAAUACAUCAAACAUUAAAAGCUUCCCUAAACAGGGCUGCCUUCAGAUGUCUUCUAAAAGUCUGGUAAUUGUUGUUCUCGUUGACAUCUGGUAGGAGGGUGUUCCACAGGGCUGGUGCCACUACCGAGAAGGCCCUCUGCCUGGUUCCCUGUAAUUUGGCUUCUUGCAGUGAGGGAACCGCCAGAAGGCCCUCGGUGCUGGUCCUCAGUGUCCGGGUAGAACGAUGGGGGUGGAGACGCUCAAAACAAAGCAUAGGCUUUACUUGCUUGACUUAGUCUCUUCAUACAGAGCUACCUCUUUCCUGUUAAGGCUGGGUUGGGUCUUGCCAAAGCUCAUCUGGGGGACCUUUUCAGCCAUUGAAGCUGGUGACAAUUGUCAUUAUGAACUUCUCGGACACAAAGUGGAGGCGGAGCGAAGCAGCUUCCCAUUGUGUUGCUUCAAUACUGCGACACUUUGGUGCUGCAAAGGCACUGGUUGUCUGCAAUUAGCUGCAGCAAAUUAGAAGAGCUGUUCCACACAGCAUAUUCCCGAUAAAGCAAAUCUCACAGUGUCCAUUUCCAUCGGCAAGAAUCUAUUAUAUAUCCAUUCUUUGGGGCAAAUGCACCCUUCUUCCUGCAGCUAUCCCUUUGGUUUCUUCUUUCUUUUGAAGUAGCUUCUGUUUCUAGCACUUUGACAGCUUCCUUUUCACUCAUAUGGCUGAUGUUCCUGAAUCAGCCCUGAAUUUCCCAUGUGAGAGGAGUUCAUUGGAAUCUUCUUUGUCUAAACUCAAACAUUAACCCAGAAGUAAAAGGGAGAGAGAGAAAAUUGUGUCCUCUUUGAAGCCAGACCAAUUGCUCAUUAAUUAUUUCAUUUUCAGUAUCACAGUGGCAAAAUUCGGCUCAUAAAAACUAAAUGAUGAUGAUGAUGAUGAACAAUUGUUCUGGCCGCAAGGGGAAAGUACAAUAAUUAAACUUGUCCCUCUUUGAAGUGACUGGCUGACGGGCAGAUUCAGGGAAAUGCUGGGUAUAUGUCAGUGAACAGGAACCAACCACUUAAAGUGACAGAGGCUGGAGCAGAAAAUUAAAGGUUCUGGCAAAUCUCAACAGCACUGUGAGAUUUGGACAGGCUAGGCUGCAGUUGCGUUUUAACUCAAAACAAUUGCCACGAAUCAGGUCAGAGAAAAGGUAGGCAACAAAACAGAGGCUAGGACAGAACAAAUGGCAAGGUUGCUACCUGGUUACUUUGGGAAAACUCAAUGAACAAAUGAUGUUGAGAUGCAAGACAAAGGAUGGAAUGCAGUGUCGUACUGAGGAGGUUGUGUAAUCAGUGCAAACAUUUCUGCUUGCAAGGUGGAAUUAUUAUUAUUAAUAUUAUUUAUUGGAUUUAUAUAUCGCCCUAUACCCAAAGGACGCGGGUGGCGCUGUGGGUUAAACCACAGAGCCUAGGACUUGCCGAUUAGAAGGUCGGCGGUUCGAAUCCCCGUGACGGGUUGAGCUCCCGUUGCUCGGUCCCUGCUCCUGCCAACCUAGCAGUUCGAAAGCACGUCAAAGUGCAAGUAGAUAAAUAGGUACCGCUCCGGCAGGAAGGUAAACGGUGUUUCCGUGUGCUGCUCUGGUUUGCCAGAAGCGGCUUAGUCAUGCUGGCCACAUGACCCGGAAGCUGUACACCGGCUCCCUCGGCCAGUAAAGCGAGAUGAGCACCGCAACCCCAGAGUUGGCCAUGACUGGACCUAAUGGUCAGGGGUCCCCUUUACCCUUUAUACCCAAAGGUCUCAGGGCGGUAUCGCCUCCCUCCUCCCUGUGUGCUGUUCUGGAGGUUCUCCAAGCAGAUUUGAGGAGGGUACAGAGGCACACAGGGGAAUUUUUUUGGCGGGGAGGAAGCCCCAUUGCACUAGCAGGAAUCCUUGCUCUGGCUUAUGCAAGCACAACAACUUAAUUGAAUCCUGCACUAACCAUCUAAUUACACACACACACAUGGGGGGGUGUAGGGUUUUGGAAACUAAGGAAUUCUUGUUCUCUAGAGGUCCAUUAAAUUCCUUCUGGGAAUGUUGAAAGACUUUCCUAUUUGGAUUGGCAUUCAGCAACUGAAGAUGAGGUAAAUCACUUGUGAUCAAAUAUACACAUAUAUUUGUAUUAUUGGGUAUGCCCUCCAUCCUUGCAAAAAAAAAGAGUUCUUAACCUGUCCUGAGCCCAUGGGGAGGGAUAUAUUUAUUAAGAUUCUCAGCAGGAUAGGCCAGCUCCUGAAACAAGGUGAGGUGACCACCUCAGAUGGCAACAUCCACAGGGGCAGCAGAUCUCAAUGUCGAUCUUUAUUCCUUACUUGUUGCUGAUGUAGACCUUCGCUUGCCGCUUCUUCCCUCACAGCGGAGGCAGACGCCAUUUUGUGGUCUGCCUCAGGUGCCAAAAUGUCUUAGGCCAGCUCUGACUCUUGGUAUACCCACAAGCAUGUCUUGGCAGAGUAGGGGAUAAAUUCACCUUUUGCAUAUUGCAUUUUUAGGGAAGCUUUUGAUGUUUAGUAGACUAUUGUAUUUUAAUAUUCUGUUGGAAGCCGCCCAGAGUGGCUGAGGAAACCCAGCCAGAUGGGCGGAGUAAAAAUAAAUUAUUAUUAUUAUUAUUAUUAUUAUUAUUACUCCCCAUGGAAACCCUGUUCCUUGCUGCAGACUCUGCACUCCACUGAUUAUGAGUAGAAAAAGCAGCUGAAAUUCAUUUUCUCCAGCUACGUCAGAUGUGGCUCCUUCCUUUUGACACUGAAAAUCUCAGCUCUCCAUGAAAAUGCUCCAUACAUGCUAAAGUGUGCUGAUCUCAGUAGUCUCAGCAGACUUCAGAUUCCGACAGGAUUUUAAAGCCUUGUCUCGGCGCAGCAAGAUCCCUGUCUAGGCAACGGUAUCCCUGUAUAGUGACUCCCUCUGUCGGCAGCUGAGCUGUCAAAGCACAGGGAGUUUUGGGUCUGGCGGAAGGAGAAGAGAAGCCAUUGAAAGGAUUUGAGGAAGGGCAAGUUGAAUGGUUUGAACAAUGGAGAGAUGUGAAUAGUUUUGAUGGCAGAAUUGUGCCUACAGGUAGAAAGACUGGGGUGUAAAAAAAAGGAGGUCAGAGAGAAGUCUAGCGAUGACCGGAAUAAUAUCCCCUAUUUCCAACUUGCUUGCAAAAGCAAAAGAAGCAACUGCAGAAUAAAAGUGCCAGGAAGGGUUAAGAACCACUCUUUCCACCUGUUUUGAAGGGGAAAGCUGCUCAAUGCCCAUGGCUUACUCUGCACCAUUUUCCAAGAGGGAGAACAUUUUAGUAAACAGCAGUGACCUGACCUCCCCUCUAUGAAUUACAGAUUUGGUGUAGGACAUUUAACCAUUGGCUUUGCCUAAAUUUAAACCCCGCUGUUCUACUACCCUUAGUAUUGCAAGGUUGUCACGAGAGGGCUUGGACUAAAAUUGUCAACCAAAAUCUUUCCUUUCCUGGUUUAUCACCACAACAAUUAUUAACCCUGGGCUUCAGUAAAUCAAAUAAUUUAAUUAGACAACACCUAUAUGAUAUUGAGCGACAGAAUAAUCUGGCCACAAUAAGGAAAUUUUGUCUGUGGUAUGAUUAUUUUCCAACUAGUCAUUUUGACACUUUGGCACCCUAUUUGCGAAAUUUAACAAUUCCAAAAUACAGACACACUUUCACUUUCACAAGAUAGAAUAUACUGCCUUUGGCUGUACUUGAGGGUUGAUUUCAAAAAAUUCCACCAGAAAAGCUACUAUGUCCCUGUGGAGAUGGCAGUAUUGAGUCCGUGGCUCAUGUGCUUCUGGCUUGCACUUUUUAUAAAGAUUUGAGGAGUGAGGUUAUUACCCCUCUAUUAUUGUCGCUCAACCAUUGCUACUGUGUCCUUUUCUUUUAGCAGAUCAAGAAGAUCAGGUGACAGCAAAAACUGCAAGAUUUUUAGUGGGGGCAAUUAGAAUAUGAUCUAUUAUUUGAUUAUUGAUGUAAACCCCCGAAAUGUACUUCCUAUAGUUAAGUUUUUACCUCUAUCUUCAGUACAUUUUAUUUUAUUUUAUUGCUAGGGCUAGUGGUUGAUGUAAAUAAAGAUUCUGAAUUCUGAAAGAGCAGUGUGGUGUCAGGAGAAAAAGGGGUAACCACAGGGGGAGAUGGAGUUUAUGAGAGUAAAAUGCCUCUCAGGGACAUGGGAGAAGGAUGACCAGCUAUGCAGGCCAAAAGAAUACAGCUCCAGAAUACUGAAAUGGUAGACACAUGCCGUGUGCACUUGGCUUGGAGACAAAUCAUAUCUCAAGGCAAAUCUGGGUGAAGAUGCACAACUCCAGACCCUCCAAGUGUCCCUGUUUUCCAGGGACAGUCCUGGAUUUACAGAAGCCAUCCCGGUUUCUGAUUUGAUCCUGGAGUGUCCCGCUUUUCCUUAGGAUGUCCCUGUUUUCAUCAGAGGGUAUGGAGUUAUCUGACCCCUGAGCCAUCUGAAGGCAGCCCUGUAUAGGGAAGUUUUUUAAUGUUUAAUGUUUUGUUGUGUUUUUAUAUGUGUUGGAAGCUGCCCAGAGUGACUAGGGCAAUCCAGUCAGAUGGGUGGGGUAUAAAUAGUAAAAUAAUAAUCAUCAUCAUAAUCAUAAUAAUUUAAAAGGUAAAGGGACCCCUGACCAUUAGGUCCAGUCAUGACUGACUGUGGGGUUGCGGCGCUCAUCUCGCUUUAUUGGCCGAGGUACAGCUUCUGGGUCAUGUGGCCAGCAUGACUAAGCCGCUUCUGGCGAACCAGAGCAGCGCACGGAAACGCCGUUUACCUUCCCAACGGAGUGGUACCUAUUUAUCUACUUGCACUUUGACGUGCUUUCAAACUGCUAGGUUGGCAGGAGCAGGGACUGAACAAUGGGAGCUCACCCCGUUGCAGGGAUUCGAACUGCUGACCUUCUGAUCGGCAAGUCCUAGGCUCUGUGGUUUAACCCACAGCGCCACCCGCGUCCCUUUAUUAUUAUUUAGGACAUCCUUAUUUUCAUUGGCAAAAUGUUGGAGUGUAUGCAGCUCCAGCCUUUCCACUCCUCUUAGCUAAAAGGAAAGGUGGGGCCACAGCAGCCAGGAUCACUUUCUCUGCCAGAGGAGAAGAAUGGAACUGGAUAGGUUCCCUCUUUUUCUUAGAAAGACAGAAUUGCAGGUAGCGCCACUGAAAAGAACAUUGUUUUUACCCAUCAAAAGCCCUUGGGCCAGUGUGGGCUAUCAGUUGCAUAAACUAAGCAAAAAGGGAUUUAGUCCUAGCAAAACGUGCAGAAGAAGCACUCCAAACCUGCUCAGUGCAGAUACACACCAGUCCAUUGGACUAGACCUCAGAAACUUCCCUUCCCAAUGGGAGAGCCAGAAUCCGUAGAUCUUCCCUAUGCCUUAGCUUGGCAGAAGAGAGGCUGACUCUGGUUAGCUCCUGACCAUGGCCAGGAUUUAUUGGGGGGUGGGCAGGACACCCACCUGCCAUCAUCCUAUGUCUUGCUCUGUCUAGCAGAUUUGGAAUGAAAUGUCUCAACAACAGUUUCUUUUAAUUACUUUCUUUUCUGACCCCAAGUGCUCAGAAAAAAAUCUGUCAAAAUAUUCAGUCACUUGAAAACUAGGAAGUCAAAUAAAAAAUGAACACCAGAGAGUCCCUUUCAUGUAUUUAACUGGUAUAUUUUGCAAAAUUACAAAGAACAUGAAUUUUCCAUCUUUUUAAAAAAAUCUAAACUAAAACAAGUUUUCUUGGAUUUGCUGAAAAUCUUUUCAGCACUUCCUUUUCAAAUUACUCCUUUUUUUUUCCAAUGCAGUUUUUCUGUGCACACUCAGUAAUCAAAGCCCGUUGAGAUGCUCCCCUGUCAUCAUCUACCUUAGCCGGGUCAUUACGGUACUUUCCACAAGAAGAAUCACUAGAAUAUUCUGAUUAUUUCUACUUUUAGUUAGUUUAUUUAUUUACUUGAUUCAGGAGGGGCAGCUUCCUCCCUGCCCCCCCCCCCGGCUAUGCCCAUGCUGCUGGCUAAGGAAGCAUUUCCUAAAUUAUCACAGGAAGAGCUAUCUGCCCCUUUGGAAAGACUCUCGUUCUGAUCAGUGGGGUAGAAGACACUUCCCUGAGUUGAGGACUGCUGUGUCUGUUUCUCUGUAACUUGUGCCUCCCUCUUUCUCACCACCUCAUCCCCAAUCUCCAGGAUCAUCAACAGAGAAGCCCAAGGGCUUCUCAAGUCCCCAGUGCCCUUUCUCCUCGGACACAGCCUCUCCAGGGACGGCAUGGAUUCGUUCAGCAGGCAUUUUGAGAGCAUCAUGGAGUCUCACCGAGCCAAAGGGACCUCUUACACCAGCCUCGACUCCAUUGACAUCCUGUCCUCCCCGGCCCAAACGCACAGCGGAACGUACUUCACCUUUGACCUCCCAACUCUCACCCCGGAAGUACAAGAGCAAAUUCGAGACAGUGCCAAGCUCAUUGAGCAGAACUUCGCCCCCCUGGCCCACCUGGAGCCAGACUCGGGGACAAGCUCCGCCACGGAUGCCCCCUGGACCGAGCGAGAGGAGGAGCCGAGACAAGGUGGGGAAGGCAGCCUACAGAGUCCCUGUCACUCCGACGACAGCCUAGGAAUUCCCCUGGCCUCCAUCAUAAGGUGAGUGAAUGAAGCUAAUUCUAUCCAGGGGGUAUAUGAGAUAACAUGGUUGGGUGGUUCAGGAUCCCAGCUGACCUUUUAUUUUACCUGUGGACUCUGCAACAACUCUGCCAUCUCACAAACUGGCAAGGAUGAUGAAGGGAACAUCCACGACCCUUCCUCUCAGACCUUUAGAAAAUGAUCUUUAGGCACCUGACAGAUGUUGUCUUACAAUGGGGCGUAUCGCUCUUUGCCAGAGUUCUGUGGUGCAUUUUCAUAGCCUUGUGAAAGCUGCUGUUUUGACAGGUUUUUAAAGCUCUGUGAAAAACACGGUCUUCUGCUGUUUCACAGUGGGGAUUUCCCCCCAUGCAAGCUUGGCUCAAUUGUUCACCUGAGCUGAUGUUUCCUUGAUGCUAUUUAUCAUAUGCUUUUGAGAGGAUCCUGUCCUCACUGUCCACCUGCCAAGUUGUUGCUAUGCAUUUUACUUUUUGAAAUCUCUUACUGUGUGCCUAGAUGAUGAUGACGAUAAGGGUGAUGAUUAUAAAUUCCCGCUCUAUGGACAGUGAGACAGUUUCACAAUGAUCCUAAGGCAGGUAUAGGCAAACUCGGCCCUCCAGAUGUUUUGGGACUACAACUCCCACCAUCCCUAGCCAACAGGACCAGUGGUUAGGGAUGAUGGGAAUUGUAGUCUCGAAACAUCUGGAGGGCCGUGUUUGCCUGUGCCUGUCCUAAGGUGUGUGGCUUGAGCAGAAUUGCAAAGCCAGUGGUGGCAGCAGGCAGUGAUGGCUGAUGCCCAUUGGGACUUGGUAGGGCAAGACAGGGAAACAAACAGUAGUUAGAGCUGCAGGCAAUGAUAGGCAGAGCCAGAGGCAAUCACAGGCAGAUCCAACUAAUUCUAGAAUCAUAGAAUUGUAGAAUUUGAAGGGACCCCUAGGGUCAUCUAGUCCAACCCCCUGCAAUGCAGGAAUCUCAACUAAAGCAUCCAUGACAGAUGGCCAUCCAACAUCUGCUUAAAAACCUCCAAGAAAGGAAAGUCCACCACCUUCCAAAGGAGAUAAUUCCACCGUCAAACAGCUCUUACUGUCAGAAAGAUUUCCCUGAUGUUUAGUUGGAAUCUCCUUUCUUGUAAGCUGAAGCCAUUGGUUCGGUUCCUACCCUCCAGAGCAGGAGAAAACAAGCUUGCUCUCUCUUCCAUGUGGCAGCCCUUUAGAUCUUAGUCUCCCCUUUUCCAAGAUAAACAUACCCACCUCCCUCAGCCGUUGCUCAUAAGGCUUGUUUUCCAGACCCUUUGCCAUCUUGGUUGUCUCCUCUGCACGCGUUCCAGCUUGUCAAUAUCCUAAUUAACUUGUGGUGCCCAGAACUGGACACAGGACUCCAGGUGCAGUCUGACCAAGGCAGAAUAGAGCGGGACUUUUACAGGAUCGGGACACUAUACUUCUGUCGAUUCAGCCUAGACUAAGGCUGGUGGGGCAGUGCCAGGCUUUCCCAGCAAUGUUCAUUGAAAAGGCUCAGAGCUUCUGCCUCUCUGUGAUUUGGGGCCAAUGCUCUCCUACCAGAGCAUACUGCUCUCACAAGACAUAUGGUUUGCAAGACUCAUGAAUGUGACAGUUUUCUGUGCCCCCUAAUGAAGAAGAAGAAGAAGAAGAGUUUGGAUUUGAUAUCCCGCCUUUCACUCCUUUUAAGGAGUCUCAAAGCGGCUAACAUUCUCCUUUCCCUUCCUCCUCCACAACAAACACUCUGUGAGGUGAGUGGGGCUGAGAGACUUCAGAGAAGUGUGACUGGCCCAAGGUCACCCAGCAGCUGCAUGUGGAGGAGCGGAGACGCGAACCCGGUUCCCCAGAUUACGAGACUACCGCUCUUAACCACUACACCACACUGGCACAGUAGUAUGAUUUGAAUAUAAAUAUUUUUCCAGAUUUAUUUAUUUGUUAGGUGCUAACAAAUUGAGCUGGUUUCUAACCCUGUUGCAAAAAAAAACAAAAAUCUUUUUCAGCAGGACUUGUCCACAUUGGAAUAUAAUGCGGAUUCGAAUUUGCUUGUGCAAAGAACUGUGAUAUCGCGUAAUCUGUGCGUGUGAACAUUCAGGGCAAGAUUGGUCUGAUGUGCAAAUGAGGAGCGAGGUGUAUCAUCUUGGGAAUGUGAAAAUCUAUAAAUUGCAACUGUCUUCGAGAUGCCAGCCAAGAAGUUGAUUGCUGGUCCUCCAUCCAUUUUCCCCAUUCCCUAUGCAAUUAUUUAUUUUUCCCAGUAGGUGGCAUCUUCCACUUACUGUACUGCAUUUCCUUGCUUUGGGGCAAAGAGAGAGAUGAUGAGGAUCAGGGUUUAAGCUGACUGCAGCUGCAGCUUUAGGAUGAGUUCCUUCUCUCAUGCAGACUGCAGAAUAUUGUUCAAGGGAGAUGUCCGUGCAGUUUGGAGAAAAGAACUGAAUUGCCCAAAAGCAGCAAGGAAAGCAAAUGGGCCAAAGGGAGGACGUUUUCUUUCUCUGGCUUAAAUUUAAAUCUGAGCCAGAGAAGAACUUUAGGGGCUGCAGUGCUUACCUUUUAUUUGAGGUGAGCAUUCUGAGCCAUGGAUAUGCAUAUUUCCAAGCCAGAGAAUAUGAAUGCCGGCGAUAUUCCCAGCUACCACAUAGUGCUCCAUCCCAUAAUAACAAGAUCAUAGAUGUGGCUAGAGCAGUGUUUCCCAAACUUGGGUCUCCAGCUGUUUUUGGACUUUGUUGUUUAGUCGUUUAGUCAUGUCCGACUCUUUGUGACCCCCUGGACCAGAGCACGCCAGGCACUCCUGUCUUCCACUGCCUCCUGCAGUUUAGUCAAACUCAUGCUGGUAGCUUCGAGAACACUGUCCAACCAUCUCGUCCUCUGUCGUCCCCUUCUCCUUGUGCCCUCCAUCUUUCCCAACAUCAGGGUCUUUUCCAGGGAGUCUUCUCUUCUCAUGAGGUGGCCAAAGUAUUGGAGUCUCAGCUUCAGGAUCUGUCCUUCCAGUGAGCACUCAGGGCUGAUUUCCUUCAGAAUGGAUAGGUUUGAUCUUCUUGCAGUCCAUGGGACUCUCAAGAGUCUCCUCCAGCACCAUAAUUCAAAAGCAUCAAUUCUUUGGCGAUCAGCCUUCAUUAUGGUCCAGCUCUCACUUCCAUACAUCACUACUAGGAAAACCAUAGCUUUAACCAUAUGGACCUUUGUUGGCAAGGUGAUGUCUCUGCUUUUUAAGAUGCUGUCUAGGUUUGUCAUUGCUUUUCUCCCAAGAAGCAGGCGUCUUUUAAUUUCCCAUCAUCCCUAGCUAGCAGGACUAGUGGUCGGGGUGAUGGGAAUUGUAGUCCAAAAACAGCUAGAGAUCCAAGUUCGGAAAACACUGGGCUAGAACCUCUUUCAGGUACGUUUUGUGUGACUGCGUGCCUGAGCAGAGGCUGAGCCUUUGCUCUUUCAGGACACGUGGAGCGACAUUCUCUUCACAAAGGAAAAGGCCUCUGUACAUGUUCAGAGACCCUUAGCUCUAAGUGCCAGAAUUUUUGUGAAAGGAAGGUGUCAACCCGGAACAGAGGCCAGCCUGCCAGAUGUUUCAGCUGGAAGGGACAAGACUGAGAGGAAAGAUAAGAGCCCUCUUCAAAUACCUCAAGGCGGUCACAUGGAAGGGGAAACAAGCUUGUUUUCUCCUGCUCUGGAGGGCAGGACUCGAACCAGUGGCUUCAAGAUACAAGAAAGGAGAGUCCAAAUAAACAUCAGGAAGAACUUUCUGACAGUAAGAGCUGUUUGACAGUGAACGGUCUCCCUCGGGAGGUUGUGAGCUCUCCUUCCUCGGAGGUUUUAAAGCAAAGAUUGGAUGGCCAUCUGUCAUGGAUGCUUUAGCUGAGAUUCCUGCAUUGCAGGGGGUUGGACUGGAUGACCCUAGGGGUCCCUUCUGACUCUGCAAUUCUAUGAUUCUAUGAUCAUGCUGACUGGAGCUGGAGGGAGCUCUAACCAUAGCCCAGAACAUUUGCAGGCUAGCAGCUUGGCACUGGAUCUCCUUUCUCCAGCCUGCCGUUCUCUCCUGAGGGUGAUGUAUCACUUGUUUUUCAAGCAGUGCAUUGAUCAUGCUCACAGUGUUAUGGGAAUCUUACCUCUGCCGGCCAAGAGAUCUUACAGCAUCCUCUUCCCUGUAUUUAUGGAUUCUAGUCUGUUUUCUAACAUACAGACGUGCUUCUCCCUUUUUCCAAGUUGUGAGGAAGCAAGCAGGAAAUUCCUUUGGAGGUAGUCUGCUUCCCUGUGGUUGCACAGUCUCUGCAAAGGGAGAUUCAUUCAGGCAUGCUUUUUCAAAGAGCGGCAGAUGUCGUCACAGUUUUUUUAAAAAAAACAAUAAUUCUUUUAAAACUGAAGAGUCAUAUUUUCCCCCCAUUUAUUUUUUUUCCAUUUAAAAUGUUAUUUAGAAACCAGUCAGACUAAAUGUCCCUUUAAAACAAUCGGGUUUGAAAUAAAGCUUGGAUGUUAUGUGGGCAUGUGAAAGUACUCGGAUGCCCAGUUCUCACGUGAGAAGAAGCACUUUCAUUGAAUGCAUGGAGUGGGCAGAAUGGGAUUGUGUCCACCAGCCUGGGACCCCAAAAGAGAAGAGGGGGAAAGGAUCCCUUUCCCUUUCUGCCUUCCAUAAGCUCACUCUUCUCUAAGAAGCCUGAAGAGGAGCUAAAGGCUUUUAUCCCAGGAUGGCUGGAACCCUGGAGAGGAACACUCCUCUUAAGCACAGAGAGAUACUUCGACAUUUUGUUGCAGCGUGUGGAAUAUUUUUUUUUGUAUGUAAGGGCAUUCGGUCAUGUGAGCUUUGUCUGAAGUCAUUCAGCCUAAAAACAGGUUUACUGACUCAAUGAGAAAUGUACAUUUUCAACCCUCUUUUCCCAGCUUCUCUCUCUUUCUCCCCCACCCCAUAUAUCUGCCCUCCUACGUGCAAAAUUGCUUUUUCAUGGUGCUAUGUUGGAUUUGGUAUUUAUAGAUCAUAAUGAAAAGUUGCAAGAGUCAAGUUUCUCUGGAAGCUGAGAUCCCUUUUAUUCCUGUUUGGAUGGUUGUGAUUAUUCUGUGGUAAGGGAAAUAAGCUCUAUAGGUGCUCAAAUGUACUCUCUUUUUUUAAGAGUACAGAUUCUGGGAUUAAUCCAUAGCUGGUUUGUGCCCACAAAAAUUAUGAUCAGCCACCUGCUUGGAGCUAUUUCCUCCUUGGGGUAUUUGCUCUGCAGACGCUGGAUGGUUAGGAAAGCAAGGUGUUGCUGGUGGAAUGAUAAUCCUGCUUUUAAGAAGAAGGCUUAACUGACCAACUUAUGACUCCCUUCCAAGUCUGUUAUCCUCCGUUGUGUUGAGCACAAUGUCUCAAUGUGAAGUGUGGGUGCUUCAUGGUUCUACUUCAUAGCUCGGUUGAUUGGAGCUUGAUGCUGAUAACACCAAGGUUGUAGGUUUGAUAUAAGUUUUGAAAGCAAAAGUGUUUGAAAGCACGCAAGGCAUGGAAACACCCAUUCACAUCUAUGGGUGUGGGGUUUCUAGUUUUUAAAUGGACUGUUUAUUGCUGGAGAUGUAUAGUGAUCAUCCCUAAGCCCAUCUCAUGGAUGUAUGGACUUAACUGUGUUCUUUCCAGUGUGUAUUUACAUACCUGGCUUGAUCUGUACUCUGAGAACCUACACUUUUUGGCCUCUACUACGGCAGGCAACAUAGCUUAAAACUGAUGGGUGUUCCAGCCCGGCCCACCCAUGAGGCAUGGUGAGGCAACCACCUCAGGCGGCAGGAUCCUUAGGACCAGCAGAUCCUGAUGUAGAUCUUCACUCACCCGUCUUCCCUGGCGGGCAGCGGGGUACCAUUAGGAAAAUGUUUGGGUGUGGUUGAGGAGUUGGUGGAGUGUGGGGAGAGAGCAGGGGAGGUCGCAGAGAGUUUUGGAAGCGACUGGAGAAAGGUCAGAGGAGGCCAGAGAGAGUUGCAGAGGAUGUUGGAGGGAUUUGCUGGGCUUUUAAAAAUGUUUUUAUGGGCUUAUGCGAUUUUGUUGUACCUGAGAUAGCCAGGGACAGUUACAGCUUUACAGAAGCCAUCCCGGUUUCUGAAUGUCCCGCUUUUCCUUAGGACAUUUUCAUUGGGAAAAUGUUGGAGGAUAUCAUGUAAUCUCCACAUAAGAUGAGAUCUACCUGUUCAUUUAAAGCAGUAUCAUACCACUUUCAACAGUCCUGGCUCCUCCCUCUGCAAGAAUCCUGGGAACUAUAAUUUGUUAAGGGUGUUGACUGAGAGUUGUUUGGAGACCCGCUAUUUGCCUCAUACAGCUACAGUUCCCAGAGUUCCCUGCGAAGAAGGGUUGAUCAUUAAACCACUCUGGGACUUGUACCUCAUUGAGGAGAAUAGGUAAAGGGACCCCUGACCAUUAGGUCCAGUCGUGACCGACUCUGGGGUUGCGGCACUCAUCUCGCUUUAUUGGCCGAGGGAGCCGGCGUACAGCUUCCGGGUCAUGUGGCCAGCAUGACUAAGCCGCUUCUGGCAAACCAGAGCAGCACACGGAAACACCGUUUACCUUCCCACCGGAGUGGUACCUAUUUAUCUACUUACACUUUGAGGUGCUUUCGAACUGCUAGGUUGGCAGGAGCAGGGUCUGAGCAAAGGGAGCUCACCCCGUCGUGGGGAUUCGAACCGCCGACCUUCUGAUCAGCAAGCCCUAGGCUCUGUGGUUUAACCCACAGCGCCACCCACGUCCCUUUUGAGGGGAAUAGGGACCUCCUAAAAAAAACCUCAGCACCGUUAACAAACAAAGAAUCCCAGGAUUCUUUGGAGGAACCCUGUUCAAAGUGCUAUCAUACUGCUUCUCCCCCUCGGCCCCAAAAUAAUUGAUACAGUGGUACCUUGGUUCUCGAACUUAAUCUGUUCUGGGAGUCCAUUCAACUCCUGAAACCGUUUGAAAAUCAAGGCGCAGCUUCCAAUUGGCUGCAGGAGCUUCCUGCCCUCAAGCGGAAGCCGCGUUGGACGUUCGGCUUCCGAGAAACGUUCACAAACCGGAUCACUUACUUCCGGGUUUGCGGCAUUUGGGAGCCGAUUUGUUCGGGCCAAGUCAUUCUAAUACCAAGGUACCACUGUAUACCAGUUGAUUGUAGAAAAAAAGCUCAAGAGCAUUUUUCGUAUAGUGAUAGCUUAGUUGGUAGAGCAUAAGACUCUUAAUCAGGGUGGUGGGUUCAAGUCCAGUAUUUGGUUGGACUAGAUCAGGGGUAGGCAACCUAAGGCCCGUGGGCUGGAUGCAGCCCAAUCGCCUUCUCAACCCGGCCCGCAGGCGGUCCGGGAAUCAGCAUGUGUCCUUUUAUUUAAAAUGCAUCUCUGGGUUAUUUGUGGGGCAUAGGAAUUCGUUCAUAUGUUUUUCGAAAAUAUAGUCCGGCCCACCACAUGGUCUGAGGCACGGUGGACCGGCCCACGGCUGAAAAAGGUUGCUGACCCCUGGACUAGGUGACCCUUGUGCUUCCUUCCAACUCUAUAAUUCUAUGACACUAUGAAAUGCAUAGUGCAGAUGAAGACCUGUCUGCCCUGUGGCUAGCCUUUUCAAUUGUGGUUCCCCCGCACACCACCGCUUCUCUGAAGUUCUGCCCGCAAGUUGCUUUAUUUUCUGCCGCAGAAGUGAACAGCAGCCGUCAGCAACAGGAAGUAAAUCACUGCUGAGGUGGGAGGCAGGUUUUGUCUUCGCCUCCGCUGUGACCCUGAGACAACCCGUUCUGUUCCCCCCCCACACACACACACCCAGUGGUUCCCUCAUGACUUAUGAGGGGAAAAGAAAUUUAGCUGCGUUGGGGAAGGUUCUCAGUGGGGAAGCAAGUCCUGCCCCUGCUCUGGAUGAGCCAAGAUGUGGGGCCAGGGGAACUUUUGGCUCCUGCCGCAACUUUGCCUCUCAUUCAGCCCCUGUGCUUUUUCUUGUGACCCCCUCAGUGGCUCCCGUGGACAUCUGCGGGAGAGAGUAAUCACAAUCCUUCCUAUUGGCAGGCACAGCGCCAGUUAAUUAAUAAAGAUGGGUUAGUUACCAGAACUGGCUCUCCGCUGCUGCUCACUGCUCUCUCCUGCUUGUUGCCUACCUUAACAGUGGGUGCCAUGGCAACGAGGAGAAGGAUGGAGGGGGUGCCUAGCAACAAGGAGGGUCUGGCAGCAGAAUCCUAAGCAGGACCGUUGGGAGAUGGCAGCGGAAUGAGAGCAACUGGAAGAGGAGUGGGAGAAAGAUAUGGAGGGGAUGGAGGUGGAGAGGGGGAUCCUGGAGGGCUGUGCAAGAUGGAAGUAGCAGAAGCAGCCUUUCCCUUUGCUCCUCCCGAAACUUGCAUCUCUCCACACCAAUAUUCCUGUUGGCAAGUCCAAUAAGGGAAGGGGGAGGGUACUGAUCACGAUGGUCCAACACACGGGGUCUGACAUGGUCCUUGAGUCGUCCCACCUCCUUCCCAAAGCUUAGUUAAAGCUUCCCCAACUUUGGGAAAGAGGUGGAACUCUUCCAGAGCUUCGUGCCUCCUUCCCAAGGCACCAUCCAACCACCUUAGGGACUCCACUCCAGAUUUGUGUAGCCUUUUCUUCUCCCAAAGAUAUCCCGCAAGGCAGCAGAGGUUUAGGAUCAGAGUUUUCCUUCUCCACGACGGGCUAAUUUCCCAGGUGGACGAGCCCCAUCUGCCCCCUCACUUCCCUCUCUAGCACAUGCAAAGCCACCUUCUUGACCUGCUAUUUGUCUCAUCCACUCAAUCCACCAGAGUCUAUCUUCGCAUGCAGGGGAAGUCCAUAACUCACCAAGGGUCUGAGACCCUCACCUGGUUUAACCAGCCAGUCAAAGGCAUUUUCCAGGGUGUGGCUGCUGUUGCAUGUUGACAGCUUCUAGGAACCACAGGUGAGAGCGGAGUGCAAGAUGGGGACCAAAGGUGGACAAACUACCCCAGAAAGAGCAUGUGUCCCCCACUACCCUUCCCCUAACACCCCACUACACACACUUCUGAUAUCCUAGCUCAGUCGGUACAGCAUGAGAUCUCAGGGUUGAGGGUUCAAGCCCCAUGUUGGGUGAAGGAUUCCUGCAUUGCCGGGGGCUGGACUAGAUGAUCCUCGUGGUCCCUCCCAGCUACAAUUCUGUGAUUCUAUCUGGGUUGUUACUGCCUAGGAGAGUGGUCUUGUUGGUUCCAGAGGUUCUGAGGACCCUCCACAGCCUCACUUGUCUCCUGCCCUCAAGUCACAACCACUCCUCUGCCAGUGAUCAGAGCGACGUUUACUGCAGCCUGCGAACGUGCAGAGGCCCCUUCCCAUCCCACGAAUCUCAUGCUUGAAAUCUAAUAAAGUGGUAAUUCUCCUUGUGCUAAGCAAGCUACCAAUAAUUACUUUUCUCCACAACAAGGGGUAAAGCCAGUGCUUUCCUGUCCUGUGAUUUGGAAGCAGUGUCUGCGGCUGGCUUUUGUUGAAACCAGGGAUAGCUAUAGAUCUCUCUUCUCCAGACGAUGGCCUGAGGGCUGGGAGGAAAUAUUUUGACACGCAGAGCCAACCGCUUCCGGAUCUAUAAUAAACUCAGCGCUACCAGUCAGAGCAAGCUGCAGAGCUGCAGAGAAAGGAAGCUUAGGGAGAUGCUGUGCAAUUUCUCUUACAACAUUUAGAAUGAAAAUGCUGUAUUCACCAUAGACUAUAUAGAAACAAACUGCAAAUUAAGAUGGAAUGGCUAAACCAGCAUAAGAAGAAGAGUCAACUGAACAUCAUACUGGUUGAAACAGAAUGAAUUAGCGUAGAAGCCCAUCUUGCAAUCAACACAUUUUCAUUAAUGGGUUUUGCCAGCCCGUAAUCAGCAAGAGGUGUCUUUACUAUCAUUUGUCAAAAGCCAUUCUGAUUUCUACUGGCUUGGCCAGUUUGCAUAUUCUUUCGAAAUCUGGGGGGGUGUAUCUAUAUCUAUAUCUAUAUCUAUAUCUAUAUCUAUAUCUAUAUCUAUGCCUAGCUGAAAAUAUAAAGAAGUGUAAAAGAUCUACCAAGCAGUUCUCCAGUUUGUGUUAAAACUUAAAACUGCUUCUGUACCACGGUGCUAUUUCUUCUGCUCCUAACAGACAGACAUCCUGCUACAUAAACAAGUUAAAGUCCAGGCUCUGUGGAUUAUAAAGGGAGUUCAUGCCAGUGGCUCAUCUGAAUGAAUUUAUGGGUUCAUGUGGGUGGACCAGAAUGAGGCGCGUUCCCCCCCCCACACACACACACACUUUAGGGAGGCUCUCAGUUGUCAUCUUUGUAAUUUUAAUCCAAUAAUUAAACACCCACAGGUGCUUAAGAUAGCAUUUAAUACUCUCUUUAUUGGCACAGAAAGAACAUUAUAUCCCCAAAACCUCAGUUCCAAAAAUGAUCUUUGGAUGGAGUUUAGAUUAGAAUUAGAUUAGCGUUUUCAGGAUUGACAAUCAUAAAUCAUGCAAUUGAUAAAAAAGGUAAUCUCUAAAGGAAUACACAUUGUUCUUUAGGGGGAUGUUGCUCGUGGACACAACUAGAGUAGUGGCAGAAUAUACAUUUUAAAACUAGGGUAAGAGUAGUCAGAUUGGUUCUGGAUAACUUUUCCCAUAACAAGUUUUCCAUUUAGUUUAUCAAAUGCCGCCUUGACAUCCAUAAAGGCUACAUAGUUCUCAUCAUCUUCCUGCCUACGAAAGAACUGCCAGAGAUAGUGGAGCCAGGUGGGAAUGGAAGGGGGGGGCUGGUGACCAUUGUGACAGGUAAGGCAGAAGGGAGGGAGCCCAAACUGUAGCUGGGAGCCAGACCCAGACCCAAGCGGAGCCAAUUAAUUCCAUCCCCUCCCAACAUUUCUUCAGUGAGAAUAGGAACAUCCUCUUCUACGUCAGGAAGCUUCUCUCGCAUUUGAUCUCGCCGCACACGUAGGCGUCAUAUUCACAUUGACAUCGUUCACCUUGAGCCAAUUGCAACUUCGCCACCGAACCUACCUCACAGGAUUGUUGUAAAGAAAAAAUGACAGCACCUUCCACAGACGCAGUGGAGAUUUUCCAUUUCCUGUCUCCUUGAACCAGUUCAUUCAUACAAACAGGUGGAACAUUUCCAAUUGGAACCACUUCUUUUCAUGUUUAAAUGGUGGGGGGGGCUCCAAAAUUGCUGCCUGCUGAUUUCUGGCCUCCGGAUAUCAUUUUGGUGAUGUCUUUAGCCCUGGAACACAAAACAGGGAGUGGCAGGGGAAAGAUCCUUCAGGAUACCAAAUACUUUUGUCACCCACGCUGCUCCUUCUAGCCUCUGGUUUGGAAUAAUAGUAACCAGAACAGUAUUUUUGAAAUAUACUCAGAGUCGCAAAGUGAUUUCAUGCUCUUUAUUCAGCUCAUAGUGGUGAGGAGGAAUGGAAGUCCCCUCAAAGUAUCUGCUUUAUAUACAUUAUUUACACAAUGGGCUGCACGUGGUUAGCUAAUUCCGGACUUCUCCUGUAGGCCAAUCAGGUUGUGGAUUCACUUCUAUCUGGAGCUGGAUUGGGUGGCUCCUGCCGACCAAUCAUACUGCUGCAUUGUUCUAGGACCAAUCAGACUGCUGCAGUUUGGAUCCUAUUCAACUCAGUACAUAACAAUUUUCCACAGUCCCAAUCGGCAUACGUCACACACAUACACGCCUAAGACUGGGUGAUAUCUGGGUUUCAGCAUCACGAUAUAUCACCAGCUAAACAUCACAACAUACUGAUAUAUCACAAUGUCUGAAAUAAGGAUGGAGCUAUAUAGAGGCAUUGGCUGGCUUCACAGUUUUUCCCGCAUUGUGAUUUUUGCCAGCCCCUGCUCUUUUGAUUCGCUGCUCCCUGCAUGAGGCAGGGAAGAGAUGAGCUGGCAGAGUUAACAGGGGCUUCAGGAAUUGAGAGAAGCAUUGGCUGGCUUCACGGUUUCCCCCACAUUGUGAUUUUUGCAUAGCACACAUACACACACAUCACAAUUCGUGAUAUAUUGCCAGGUCAGAAAUUAUGAAACCAAUAUCCUGAUAUGGACUUUGAACCAGUUUGCACAUGCCCCAACUCCUCUCUAUGUAGCCUUUGUCAACCUGGUGCCCUCCAGGUGCAAAACUGUACUAGCUGGGGAUGACAGAUGUUGUGGUCUAAAACAUCUGGAAGGCACAGAUUGAUUCAGAAGCACCUUCGGGGAAGGGCAAGAGCACAAAGGCUUCUGUGACAGCUUCUCUCUCUGUGUGUUUGUGUUUGUUUCAUUUUAGUGAACAUCCUCUCAGCCAGCUGGUCUCUGACUCUGAUUCCGAGAUGGACAGCACAGAGCAACUCGCCCUGGGCAGCACAGACACCCUCUCCAAUGGGCACAAGGCUGAUCUGGAGGCUGCUAAACGCCUGGCCAAGAGGCUCUACAACUUGGAUGGCUUCAAAAAGGCAGACGUGGCCCGCCACCUGGGGAAGAAGUACGUGUGGGUAUUAGGAGAAAAGAUUCUCCCCCCAGAGCUUUGUUAAUUCCCCGAGGGAAUGCAACAGCCUGCUUCCACCCUAAGCACAGGGAAGUCUUGUGGAGGAGGACAACCCUCAAAAGGCAGCCUUCCCUCCAGAAUGACAAGCAAAGCUUUGGCUAGCUUGCCUUCAUCACCAGGCACUCUUAGGAAGGCGGCGUUUUCUCUGUGGCCCACAUAGUUAUGCCCUAGGGAUGGCCUGUCUCCUCUAGGCCUGACAGGAACAUUCGCACUCGCCACAUGCGCCUCCGCUCCUAACGCAGAUGGUCACGGGAGAAUAAAAGCUCUCCCGAGAGAUUAAGGCACAUAAAGGGGCGCAUGACAAAGUCCUUCGCCGAAAACCUGUGCAUGCUUCUUGCGGACCUAGUGGUGUGUAUUCUGCCUCAAGAAUUCUGCCUUCCUCUUCCCUUGCUGCAGUGUCCCUGAUGUUCCCCGAGAUCUCAUCUCCUCCGUGUUUGUCCCUCUCUUGUGUUAUAUAUACAGGUUUUAAAAUUUAUCUAUCUAUCUCCCACCCGCCACCUUUCUCCUUUCCAGUAACGAUUUUAGUAAGAUGGUAGCAAGCGAGUACCUCAAGUUCUUUGAAUUCACUGGAAUGAGUCUGGAUCAAGCGCUUAGGUAAGUGUUUAGGGGUGAAAUCUCCAGAAAUCUGUAAGGAGGGUUGCGGGGAGUUUAGUAGAACUUCAAGGGGAAAUGGAACCUUCUGGAGCAGCAGUGAGACCUGUUUCAGGAUUACCCUUUACAGUGGUACCUCGCAAGACGAAUGCCUCGCAAGACAAAAAACUCGCUAGACGAAAGGGUUUUUUGUUUUUUUGAGCUGCUUCGCAAGACGAUUUUCCCUAUGGGCUUGCUUCGCAAGACGGAAACGUCUUGCAAGUUUGUUUCCUUUUUCUUAACACCGUUAAUACAGUUGCGACUUGACUUUGAGGAGCAACUCAUAGAACACUGGUGUGGUAGCCUUUUUGAGGUUUUUAAAGACUGGUGAUUUUUGAAGCUUUUCCAAAACUUUCCCGACACCGUGCUUCGCAAGACGAAAAAAAUCGCAAGACGACAAAACUUGCGGAACGAAUUAAUUUCGUCUUGCGAGACACCACUGUAUUUGCAUUUUAAAGAAUGCAGCAGCACUCACGUACUUUCAUCUGUCCUUUUAUGAAGCCAGCCAUUUCUUUCUUUGUUUCAUAAAAUUCAUACACUUCUUGAUUGUGUAGAAACCUCAAAGAAGUUCAUGGUAACUCACCAGCACUGGAUAAGCCUCCUGUUUUUAAAGCCUACCUGGAACUGCAAAAACACGGUUUUGGGGUGGGGUCUUUCUCUUGGUAGGCCACAAUGCAUAGUGGGUGGUCUCCAUUAAGAAGGGGGCCUGACUUAGGCAGGGCAUGUACAAAUUAUUCUUUUUCGAAGUGUGUCUAGGCUAGGGUUGUCACCUGUCCUGUAUAAUACAGGCUUGUCCCAUAUUUCAAUGUAAAAUGUUAUGUCCUGUAUUGAUACAGUUUGUCCUGUAUUUCAGGUCUUCCCCCCACCAAGAUAGGGAUCCUCUUCAAUUGCAUGUGUUUUUUUUGAAAGGGCAUGUGAAAAGUCAUGUAUUUAAUCUCCAGCUGGCAAAGCACAGAUUUACAAAUUCAUGUGUGUGUGACAGAUUCCAGAAGCGCUGUCCUGUUAGUCUGCAAUAGAUUGUACUGGAUUGCUUUGAAGUUGCUUCAGCACCGGAUUGGGGGGGGGGGAAUCGCCUCCCAACUGCCCCGCCCCACCCUGUCCUGUCCUGUCCUAUAUUUUGCCAGAACAAAGGUGGCAACCCUAGUCUAGAGCAGGAGUCAGCACACUUUUUCAGCAGGGGGCCGGUCCACUAUCCCUCAGACCUUGUGGGGGGCCGGACUAUAUUUGGGGGGGGUGAACAAAUUCCUAUGACCCACAGAUAACCCAAAGAUGCAUUUUAAAUAAAAGGGCACAUUCCACUCAUGUAAAAGCAUGCUGAUUCCUGGACCAUCGCGGGCCGGAUUUAGAAGGCGAUUGGGCCGGAUGCGGCUCCCGGGCCUUAGUUUGCCGACCCACACAAGCCCGCAGGCUGGCAGCACUCCAUUGCCUGUGCUAGUGGGUUUCUCUUACUGUCCAUUUUUACCGCGGAUGUCUGUUUUAAUGUUCAGAUUGAGUAGUUUGAUCAUGCAUUGCAUAACCUCCAAUCGCCCCGGUUUUCCAGGGACAGUCCCAGAAUUACGAAAGCCGUCCCAGCUUCUGAUUUGAUUCUGGAAUGUCCCUAUUCCCCCUGCCAGUGCCGAGUUUGGGGAAGAGGGCGAGCCAGUGCUUGUCCUGUGUGGCGAUGACAGUAGUGGCAGCUGUAUGGCGCGUCCCGUUGCCUCUCCAUGGCCGCCACUACCAGCCUCCUCUCUUGGGCAGCUUGAGGCAGCUUCUGGAGGGUGGGUGAAGGAGGAUGAGAGACUACAGCCGCCGAGGCCCAGUCCUGAGCGACACAUCAGUUUCGAGGGGCAUGCAGAGGGAGGGGCACCCUGAGCGAGAAGAAAGGAGGAGUGGAGUACAAGGAGUCUUGAUUAAAAAAAAAAAAUGCUUUGUGCAUCCGUGUCUAAUUUUGCCCCUUUCUAAAAUUUAAGGGGUUUUUUCCAGGACUGCGGAGGAUAUGUGUGCUGUGCCCCAUUGGUGUCUUGGUGGUGGAAGUGCUCUGAGGGGGAAGAUACAAAAAUGGGGGGGGGGGUCGAGGAGGGCCAGUUGGGGGGUGAGAAAGGUCCCUAUUUUCACCUGAGGAAUGUUGGGUGGUAUGGUAUUGUAAUUGCGUGUGCUUUUAUUCUUUGCAACUGGUUUCCUAUUUAUCAACCUCUUGGCGAACCACCUUGGCAAUUAAGAGGCAUGUAAAUUAAAUGCGGGACGUGGGUGGCGCUGUGGGUUAAACCACAGAGCCUAGGACUUGAUGAUCAGAAGGUCAGCAGUUCGAAUUCCCGUGAUGGGGUGAGCUCCCGUUGCUCGGUCCCAGCUCCUGCCAACCUAGCAGUUGAAAGCACGUCAAAGUGCAAGUAGAUAAAUAGGUACCGCUCCGGCGGGAAGGUAAACGGCGUUUCCGUGCGCUGCUCUGAUUCACCAGAAGCGGCUUAGUCAUGCUGGCCACAUGACCCGGAAGCUGUACGGCGGCUCCCUCGGCCAGUAAAGCGAGAUGAGCACCGCAACCCCAGAGUCGGUCACGACUGGACCUAAUGGUCAGGGGUCCCUUUACCUUUUUAAAUUAAAUGAAGAUGAUACAAGGGUGCUGCGUCGUCCCUGGGUGUUGACAGUGCCUGAUAAGAAGGGAGAGAAGGGACGAUCAGGUGGCCGUGGUAACAGCACUGUGAAUGCUGCUUUAAACUUCGUACCUCCGAAGGAAGAGAGGUUUCCGGUGCUCUGCUCAAACAUCAGGAUGUCAGAGGGCAAUGGGUAUUGCUUUGAGGAGUCACCAUCGCUUCGUUUCCUUUCCAGAUCUUUUCUAAAGGAGCUGGCCCUCAUGGGUGAGACUCAGGAGCGGGAGAGAGUCCUGGCUCAUUUUUCGCAGCGUUAUUAUGAGUGCAACCCCAAGGCCAUCUCUUCUGAGGGUGAGAUAAUUGUGAAACUAGGAGAAAAGGGGCGGUUGAGGUUCUUGGACCAAAAAGUUGGUUCUGUUCACAGAGACGUCUCAUGCAGUGCCACAAGCAGGCAUCUUUAUGCUUCGUGGCAGUAGUUUUCAACCAGCGUGCCAUGGCACCCUCCGUCCCUCUUUCCUUCCCUCCCUCCUCUGAUGCCCUCUUGUGUCUCUGCCUCCCAAAGGCUUGCACAGCUGUUUGUUGCAGCAGCCCCAGCUACAAGCUCCCCAGGUGAAUGGCGCCUCUGGGGCUGGCCAGGGAGUGCUUCCUAGGCCCUUGUGGGGCAGCGUGAGGAGGCGCCUCUCUUUGGGGCAGGGGGGGCUGGCUCAGAGACCAGGGGUGGCAGCUGCAGCUGCCCAGAGGACUCCCAAGGAUAGGGAAGAAGAGAGGAGGCUGAGGGAACACUCUACAAGGGAGGGCAUUCGAAAAAGGGUGAAGGGCUGCCAGCUCUGCAAGCAAGGGCCCUAACUGGGCUCCUGAGCCCCACAGGAAUGUCGCAGAAAGAAUGUACCAUAUUUUUCACUCUAUAGGACACCCCGGACCAUAGGACGCACCUUGUUUUAGAGGGGGAGAACAAGAAAAAAAAAAUCUCCCCCUCUCUGCUCAGCGCCCCUUCAGCGAAGCGGCAGGAGAAACGGAGCCCCUUCCAUUUCUCCUCCCACUUGGCUGAAGGGGCGCUGCGCAGCUCUCCCUCUCUGCUGAAGCCAGGAGAGUCUUGCUCUCCUGGCUUCAGGCGGCUAUCCCUGAAGCCUGGAGAGCAACGCGAAGCCUCUGGAGCGCGGAGGGAGCGCUCCCUCUGUGCUUCAGAGGCUUUGUAUUGCUAUCGCUGAAGCCAAGGAGCCUGCAUUCGCUCCAUAGGACGCACACACAUUUCCCCUUAAUUUUUGGAGGGGAAAAAGAGCAUCCUAUAGAGCGAAAAAUACGGUAGUUGGUCAAGGGAGCCAUAGACCUGAAAAGUUUGAAAACCUCUGCUUCAUGGGGUUGGAGUGAGUUGUUUGAGUCACUACUUGCUGUUUCACAAAAGGGAAGCGAAGGCCAAGAAGCUGAAUUUCCAAAGAUCAGAAGGGUUGUGAGAAGGAGGGAGGGAGUAGGUUGGGCUGGAUAGAAGGAUGAAAAGGAAGAGGUGAAGAAUAGAGGGAAAGGCAGUUGAAGGAUGCUCUGGCCACUCCAACCUGGCCUGCUGUCCCUACAGCGCCUGUGCAGGUAACAGUAAUAAUGAUCAUUUUUAUUGUAAUUAAUACAGCCUUAAUGAGUACAGGUAAAGCAUAUUGUGUAACUGGGGAUAAAACUUCCCCCGCACUGAGUUUUUAGGCUGCCUACAGCCUGUCUGGGUAGCUCAUUCAAAAACACAGAGAGAUUAUCAACUGGGGAGGGGGGAGGGGCAACCUCCCAUCCAUUAGCUCCCAUUGAUGAAAUAUCAAGCAACGUGCCUAACAAAAGGAAUGGCUGCCUGAAUCACAGCAUAAUGAGCUGCUGCUAUGGAAGCUCACAUUGUCACCAGGAAUACACAGAAAACACAAUGAUUCACCCAAGAGCUAAUAUUGAGUGUUUGACUUGUGCACGAAGCUGAAAGCGCUUGAGAAGAAGACAACACUCUUUUGAAUUUUAAAACCAAGAUGAACAUUGCAUAAUAAAUAUUUUAAAACAUGCCCCUUUCUGAAAGUGACAGCAGGUGCUCAGGUGCCUAUGGAAGGGCUUAGGAAAGCAACUUCUCUCAUCUUAAAUGAAAAUUCUAAGAUCAAAUGCCCCCUUCUAAACUCCUUGGGCAAUAUGUAGAUAUAGGAAUAAACUGCUUCAGUCACUUGCGGUGUGCCAAAACCUCGUGUUGCUUUCCUUCCAAAUGUUCACUCAUGUGGCUAUGAAUCUUAGAGUUGGAAGGAACCACAUGGGUAAUCUAGUCCAGUGUUUCCCAACCUUGGGCCUCCAGCUGUUUUUGGACUACAACUCCCAUCAUCCCUAGCUAGCAAGACCAGUGGUCAGGGAUGAUGGGAAUUGUAGUUCUAGUCUGCAAUGCAGGAAUAUUUUGCUCAACGGGGGGCCAUGAGAUUAACAGUCUCAUGCUCUAUUGACUGAGCUAUCCCAACCCUUUGAGCUAGUUAAAAGAGUCUGUUUAGCUCCGGUGUGGUCCACAUUGGGGAAGCUUUUGACCAGUGAUGAUGAUGAUUUAUUAAAUUUCUAUACUGCCCUUCAUCUGAGGAUCACAGGACUGUUUACACUAUAAAAACACAAAAAUGCAUAACACAGCAACAAACAGCAAAAGCAACAACCCCCCACCCAAAGAAUAACCCAACAAAGAAACAGGUUUGCCCACUUCAGACAUUUUUUUCUAUUAAAGAAUGCUGUUUUACCUAUAUCAAGCCACAAACCAAUGGCCAAAUCCUGUAACACUGGGAUCAAGCUCUAUUUUCUUAACUUACAUUUUAAAAUUAUUAUUAUUAUUUGUUAAAUUUGUAUACCACCCUCUACCUGUAGAUCUCAGGCUGGUUCGCAACAUAAAAUUACAAAAUAAAAAACAUGAAAUGCGUAAUCAAGAUAAGAACAAAAACAAACCCAUAAUCCCCCGCCCACAGCACAUCUAAAAGGGCAUCGGGUGUCAAUCAGCCAAAGACCGGGUUAAAGAGGGACAUCUUCGCCUGGCACCUAAAAGUGUGUAAUGAAGGCGCCAGGCAAACUUCUCUGGGGAGAGCAUUCCACCAACAGGGAGUCACCGCAGAAAAGGCCCGUUCCCACGUUGCUGCCCUCUGGACCUCUUGUAGAGAAGGCACACGAAGAAGGUCCACAGGGGACAAUCUCAGGGUCUGGGUAGGCUCAUAUGGAGAGAAGCAGUCCUUCAGGCCUCUUUUAUUUCAUGUAAAUUUUGGAAUGGUUCAUAGAAUCAUAGAGUUGGAAGAGACCACAAGGGCCAUCGAGUCCAACCCCCUGCCGAGCAUGAAACACCAUCAGAGCACUCCUGACAUAUGGUUGUCAAGCCUCUGCUUAAAGACCUCCAAAGAAGGAGACUCCACCACACUCCUUGGCAGCAAAUUCCACUGUCGAACAGCUCUUACUGUCAGGAAGUUCUUCCUAAUGUUUAGGUGGAAUCUUCUUUCUUGUAGUUUGGAUCCAUUGCUCUGUGUCCGCUUCUCUGGAGCAGCAGAAAACAACCUUUCUCCCUCCUCUAUGUGAGCAUGUAAGCACACAUGGCAGAGAGAAAGUUGCCGAGCUGCAAAAGGGGUUGCUAAAUUGAUGGGUGGCUGGAUGGGGGGCUGAUGAUCUCUCUCUCUGGUGCUUGUGCUACAGAUGGAGCCCACACUCUGACCUGCGCCUUGAUGCUCCUAAACACAGACCUCCACGGCCAUGUAAGUGCUUCUAUCCUCCCACUCUCUAGCUGGUAUGCUGAAAGCCUUUUACUGACAUACGUCAAGGCAGCUAUGCAGGAAAAUGUCCUUUGCUGAGCUGGGAAGGCUUUCUACCAAGCUAAAUGAGCUAUGGUGUAUUGUCGCAGCCAGAUUGUGCAAUUGUCUGGAAGCUCCCCUGUGUGCCAAAUAUGCCUGUUCUGCUUCCUACAACCUUCCUUUAGAACUCCCUGCUGCCCAGAACACAGUGGCAAUUUCCCCAUGGCAAAUCAAAGGAACAUGGGGGAUUUUUAAAAAUGCCAGUAGCUGACCUAGCUCAGAAGCAGAAUAAUGACAUUUGCUGAAAUACAUCCCGAUUCUGAAUCUGGAAGGGGGUGCAGAGGAGGGUUGGCUCGCAAUGAGCCACCUUCCAGAAUAUGGCACAAUGCUCCAUGUCCCUGCAGCAAAAUAGAAGGGGUGAUUUAGGAGAAGGGGGGUUGUAAACAAGGAUGGGGACAAAAUUAAGUAAGCAUGGUGGUGGGCGUGGAGAAAGAGGUGAGAGACUGAAAAGAAUGGGUGGCAAAAGAUGACCAACACAAAGGAAGGCAAGAGGAAAAGAUUGGCUGAUGUAUGUAUAAAUACAUGCAUACAUACUUGCAGCAUCCCAGAAUAAGGGAUGGUUGUUCUAAGACUUAGAAAGGUCUCCAAAUGCUUCCAAGCCAGAACCAGCUCAGUAUAUUUUGCAGCCAGAGGUGAAGGAAGUGGCGUUGCGUCAUUUGCCAGUGCCCGGGGCAUGUGUGCUGGGCAGGACCAGGGGCGAACAAAACCCGCCACACCAGCCCAGCCCUUGCCACCGAUGCUGCCAGCCAGGUGCAGGGCACAGAGGCAGGGCCAUCUUACCCAUAGGCACUAAGGGUUCGGAGCACCCGGGCGCCGGGCUCUAAGGGGCGCCAGGCCAAGAGUUCGGGGCCCGAGAGUUGAGUCCUGGAAAGAGCCCGCCCAUCGGUCAGAGCACCGCGGCGGGCUCUUCUGCUGCAGGCGGCUCUGCGGCGCAGGUUUGGGGGCGACUGAACCAGCGAGACACUGAGGCAGCCGGCCGGCUCUGCCCGCCUGCGUGCCUAGAACUGGGCAACUGGGGGGGGCGCCGGGGGGAUCUUUGCACCCCGGCACCGCAUAUGCUUAAGACAGCCCUGCACAGAGGGUUCACGGGGCCGCACUGCUGUGCCCACCCACCCACCUACACAGGGGGGCGCCCAGCCGAUGCGGCCCUUGCCAGGAGGAUCCCCCCAAUGCUGGCCAGGCGGCCAUUCAGCAAGGGGGUCAAGGACGUGGCGGCCAGGCCAGGCUUCAGGGCCGCCUAGAGACCCUUGACAGCAAGCAGGGCGGGACGGGGAGCCUGCAUGGGGGCACUUUGUUUACGCACCCUCAAAAUUGUCCGCCUGGGGCUACGGCCCCCUGGCCCUUCCCACGCUGCGUCCCUGGAUGAAGGACAAGAUCACUACACACCCAAGCCGAAUUUCACAUAAAGAAGGUGACCAGAAUGACAGUUGAAUCUUUCCUCCCCUCUGACAAUGGGACAGAAUACUCCCAUCAUUCCAUACAGCAAUGUCUUCCAACACUGCGCCUCAGCUCCCCACACUGCAUCAAGAUAUGUAGAUUGUGUUAAGCAACCAUGGCUAAAAGCCAUCAUUGGACACCUAUCCUCCAUUACAUUGCCUAAGCAUUUUUAUUUUAUAAUGCUAUACAACCCAGCACUUAUCACCAUAUCUUCUGACAUCUUAACCUAAUAAAUCUGACUUCAUGGCUUCUGUUUCUCAUGACUCUGUCACUCUUUACUCCUUCCCCCUUUCCUCCUCAACAGAACAUUGGGAAGCGGAUGUCCUGCUCGGAUUUCAUUGGGAACCUGGAAGGACUCAACGAAGGCAGUGACUUCCCCCGGGAACUGCUCAAGGUAAAUCCCUUAAGAGCUCUUCUUGUGCAGGGCAAGGAGAGGCUGUGGUAUCUGUUUGCAUGGCAUUAUUUCUGGGACAAUUGCCCAGGCCAAUAAGGGCUUCCCUACUCCCCAAUCCAAGAGAGGCCAUUUGAAUAGGAAAAAGUGGCACCAUUGUCCUGGCCUGCAACGUUUUCAAACAGAGGCUUUCUGAAGCCAGGACGUUUAUUCUGCGAUAUGGCUAUGAGAUUGCUGUGCUUGGAAACAGAAGAGGAUCUCUACUCUCCACACUGAAUCCCAGAAGAUGCACACUGGUAGUUAUCAAAGUGAGCAGAAUCCUCCAUGCAGUGGCAUAGCAUGGGGGAGGGUGGCCCCGGGCCCAGAAUUUCUCAGUGCUCCUGGUGCUGGGCUUGCCAGCAGUGGGAAGCCAUGGCUGGAAGGCAACAGAGGACACGCGAGGGCAGCCCUGAGCUCUCCUGGUUCAGAUGCCUGCCAGCAUGCCCCUCAGCCCCGCACCUCGCCACCGCCACCUACGUGCCAUCUGGCCUGGCCGAGAGGAAGGCAGGAAAGCACCAGAGGUGGGAAGUCUCCCCCCCCCCCACCGGUGCAUGCCUCCAUCCCUGCUGCCCAGUCCACAAGGGGGUGCAACACUUGCCCCACUCCGGGCACCAACAACCCAUGCUAUGUCACUGCCUUCAUGGAAUCUAGUAUGUGGCUAAGAACCCUAAAAACCUCUGGCUUCUUCAGGGCUCCCCACCUCUAAAUAAAAUGCAGGCCUUGUAUUGGGGAAGACUCCUUUGAAAAUGCACAUACUGUGCCUGCCAAAACUUCCCAAUGACCUGAGUUUCUGUGUCCUGCAGGGCUAACCUACCCAUAGGAUAAAUAGCUGGUGGCUAUCUUUGAAUUUCCCAUGGGGAGGUGCUGGUGGUGGUGGCUGAAGAAGUAACAGGGGGCACCAGCUCACAAAGUUUGGAAAGAGGGGUGCUCUUUCAAGUUGCUUAGCCCUUCAGAAACAGACUGCUUGGGGACUGAGCUAACCAGGGGUGGCAAAUAGAUAAAGAACAGGGGUAAGGCAGAGGUACAGAGAGCUCUGCUGGUCCUGACUCAGCCACCCUAAAGCCCAAGGGCAGCUCUGUUCAAAGACUCCCCCUGCUGUCAGAAAGUUGGGCUGCCCUUAAAAUUGGGUGACGCAAUUAGGUAACAGAUGAAGAAAUGCAUGUUUGCAGUGUCUGAAAAUUUACACCAAAACAUACAAAUUUACACCCAAACACCUUUUAGAAGAUCUUGGAGGGUGAGGGGAGGUCUUUGCAAGAUGCGGUUCAAAUGUCACAUUUCAAAUAUGCAUUUCUGCUGCUCCGCUGCUGCGAUUUCCUGGCCACUUUCCUGUCAACUUACUCAAUAUAUAAUAGGGGGAAAUAUGGUGUCAGACAUAGCCAAGAAGUCUUUAUUUUGCUGAAACGGGAAUUCUCCCGACUCCUUCGGUGGCUGAGCCCGAUAAAAAGCCAAAAACUGUAAUAAGUAGGGCUACAACAUUUAUCCAAUUAACUUGCUAUGGAGCAAUUAAAAGGUGACUCUUUCAAAGGGCAUUUGUUAAUUAUUUUCAAUACAAGAAUGUACAGGAACUAUGGGUGGCAGGUACCAUCUUAGGGCAGAACUAGACCUUAUGGGGGGAACCCCCUCCGACCCCAUUUCCUUCAUAUCACUAAUCUAAGAUCUGAGGAAGGGAAGCUUUUGAAGAGGAGAAUCAGGAGGCAAGAAGGGAUACUAACUACCACCCCCUACAGCUGGACUCCUAAAGUGGAAGGGGGAGGUGCGUCUGGGAAGAAAACAGCCUGUGGAGGCUUUUACAGAGGGCAGCUGGUGACAAGAAGUUAGGCAUCCUCCUGGAUACACCUAUUUGCUAAAAUAGUACCUGGUUUCACUUCGGGGGGGGGGAACGAUCCCUCCCACCUCACGCAAAAAGGAAUAAGGCGGUACUUAUUGUGACAUGUUCAUGCAUCAUCCGAAACAAAAUGAGAUCGCUAUUAUUAAUAAACACUUAUGAAAACCGCUUGCCCCCCCCGACACACAUAUUUUCUAAGAGCUAUAAAAAGGUAAAGAAAGGGACCCCUGACUGUUAGGUCCAGUCAUGACCGACUCUGGGGUUGCGGCGCUCAUCUCGCUUUAUUGGCCAAGGGAGCCGGCGUACAGUUUCUGGGUCAUGUGGCCAGCAUGACUAAGCCGCUUCUGGCGAACCAGAGCAGCACACGGAAAUGCCGUUUACCUUCCCGCUGGAGCGGUACCUAUUUAUCUACUUGCACUUUGACGUGCUUUCGAACUGCUAGGUUGGCAGGAGCAGGGACCGAGCAACGGGAGCUCACCCCGUCACGGGGAUUCGAACCGCCAACCUUCUGAUCAGCAAGUCCUAGGCUCUGUGGUUUAACCCACAGCGCCACCCGCGUCCCAUUUCUAAGAGCUAUACAGCAUCGUAAAAUAAGACCGUUCUGAGCAUAGGCUCACAGCCUAAUAGAAAAUAAGCAAAAAUCAAAGUUAUUCAGGAGGGAAGAAGGAAGCACGCAUUUGGGAACCAUUCUCACUGCUCUUGCUUCAGCGUGGUUGUAUACUGGGGGCGGGAAGGUGUGAUUGCCUACGGAUCCCAUCUUGCAGCCAGGGCUUGAACGAAACAAGCAUGUCGCAGACAACGGCCUUUAUUCUCCCUUGCACCCGUGUGCUUUCUCUGUUCUUUUCUCUUCGCAAGAAGCAGUGUUUCAGUACACACAGUGCAAGUGUCAGAGGACAACUUCUUCUGUUCUGCUUGUUCAUCUUUGUGUUGACACCAGUCUCAUGGUGCCGCACAGAAAGAAACCGUUUCAUCUUCUCAGUAGCACAUCGGUCUAGGAAGCAGGGAAGCAGUUUGUAUUCCAUAUACGGAUCUGCUGCUAUGUGCUUUCUGCAGCACCCAUGCCUCAGUUUCCCCACUUAAUUCUGCAAGGACCCGUUCCCGUCAGGGAUGUCCUGAACACACACAGUUUGGAGCUCGGGCUGGUAUGCAUGGUUCUCUUCCCCCUCCCCAUUUUAUCCACACAACCUGUGAAGCAGGUUAGGCUGAGAGUUUUGGUAUUUGCCCCGUGGUCACCCAGUGAGGUUAAUGGCUGACCGGAGAGGGAGGGUGUCCCUGAUUGUAGAACACACCACAGUUGUUCUACAUAAGAAAAGAAGGGUGCUGCUGUAUCCCUUGGCACUGGAUCCCAGGAAUCUGAGAAAAUUAUAUUGGCUUUUCUAAGAAAGGUGAGUUAGAAAUAUGCAAAAGAAAUGCAUGUUGAGCAAGCAGCCAUUUCUGCCAAGGAGCUGGGUGGCUGGGUGAGCUUUGCACCUCUUCCUUCUGUCUGGCAGAGGUCCUGGAACAGGCUAGACAUCUCUUAAAGGUUUGCUGGCUUAGCGAUGCAGCCCUGCAAUGGCUUCCUGCUCAGAUCUCCUGCUACUCCUGCACGCACUGACACAACUUGUGCAAACAGCCAGUUAGCAAGGGGCUUCAUCUGCCCUCGGCAAGCAAGGAGCAAGAGCAUCACAGGCAUGAUUCAGGCGUCUGAGUAGAAGCCUGAAAUUCUUCCAUCAUCACUCUUUCCACAAUUAGAGCAGCAAAGAGGACCCCCGCCCCUGCUCUCCCACACGUACCAAGACAGUGGGUACGGUCGCGGACCUUCUCGGCGUCAGCUAAAUGGUGUUCUUAGACAGUGAGGCUAAGUAAAUUAGAAUAGCUUCUGAUUCAUAGUUCAAUAGUGCUUCAAGGACGUAGGAGCACAAGGUCUCUCUCAGCUGCUGGUCACAGCCUCUGCCUAAGAGCGGUCCCUUCCGCCAGGAUAUUUCUUCGCCCCAUAUGCUGGGGUGUGUGGGGUGUUAGGGGAGCGGUAGUACCUCUGGUGGGAGAUAUGUUGUGCUCCUGCAGGGGUUGUUUGCCCACCCUUUUGGUCCCCACCCUCUAAUCAGCACUCACCUGUGGCUCCUAGAAGCUGUCCGUAGGCGACAGCGGCCACACCCUGCCAACUUGGCCUCACAACCGUGGGUGCCCGGGACCAUGAGUGCCGUACAGCGUGCAUGGCCCUGGCACCGAAAUUUGUGGGUGCUCGGCCUCUUCAUGGCAAAUUUUGUGGGUGCUUGGGCAUCCAGGACUCCAGGGUGUUGGACCUGUGCCCUGGAAAGUGGCUUCAACUGGCCAACAAACCAGAUGAGGGCAUCUGAUAGGCUUCGAACCUUCCGUGAGUUAGGGACUUGGGAAGACAGGCUGUGGCGGAUUGAGCAGACGAGACCAAUAGUGGGUCCAAUGGCCAAGGCAGCAGUUACUGCACUUGCCAUAGAGGGAAAUGAGGGGCAGAUGGGGCUCGUCCACCUGGGAAGGUAGCCCAUCUAGGAGAAGAAAAACUCUGAUCCUAAACCUCUGUUGCCUUGUGGGAUAUCUCCUGGAGAAGAAAAGGCUAAGGAGUAAACCCUGCACAAAUCAGGAGUGGAGUCCCUAAGAUGGUUGGAUGGCACCUUGUAUGUCUCCUGGCAGCUCCUUCCAUCACGGUGGUGACAAACGUAUUACUCUGCUUUCGUUUGGACCACAUCAGUGUAGCCGAGAGGGCAGGGGUCUUGUCAUCCGGGCAGCCCAGCACCUCCAUACACACUUUGGCGCUGCUAGCGCAGGGGUUUGACUUCUUCCCUGGAGGCACAUUCCAUUGUCUCUUGAGACAGACAGAUGCCAGCAACAAUUGGUUCAUAUAUUUGGACACAUCCUUUGAAAGAUUUUUUUAUUUUUAGAAUUAGGAAGAAAAUAUAAGCAGAGGUAAAAGUAAAGGGACCCCUAACCAUUAGGUCCAGUCGUGGCCGACUCUGGGGUUGCGGCGCUCAUCUUGCUUUAUUGGCCGAGGGAGCCGGCGUACAGCUUCCAGGUCAUGUGGCCAGCAUGACUAAGCUGCUUCUGGCGAACCAGAGCAGCGCAUGGAGACGCCGCUUACCUUCCCACCAGAGCGGUACCUAUUUAUCUACUUGCACUUUGACGUGCUUUUGAAUGCUCACCCCGUCACGGGGAUUCAAACCACCGACCUUCUGAUCGGCAAGUCCUAGGCUCUGUGGUUUAACCCACAGCGCCACCUGCAUCCCCUAUCAGCAGAGAUAGUGAUGCAUUAUUGUAGGUGACCCUGUGGCUGCCUUUUUGAAGUGCUCCCCCGGGGGCUUCUGCCCUUUAGUGACACAGCAGUGGGAGUGCUUCCCAUUGACAGACUUUUUUUAUUAAAAAAAAAGAAUGUAACUCCUAAAAACUGUUGCAAUCUGGCGUGGCUGGGCUUGGGCAGUUGCAGUUGCACAGCUUUUUCUCCGUUGUUGCUCUGGGCACAUUUUGGGUGAGGGCCCAUUGCUAACUGAGCCCUGGGGAAGCAGGGAUACCUUUGGAAGGAAGGCAUCUCAGUUCUGAAGAAUAAUCACUUGUUUGUGACACACCUGGAACUCAUCUUUUGAAAAGACAUUCACUUUCAAAUCACCUGAUAUCCCAGGUGUUCCCAAACACCCAGAUUGACUCACUGGAUUCAGAAAAGCAGUUUCUCUGCUGCUUCUUUAAACCAAAUCUUUUUUUUUUUCCUUCCCCACCUUUGGGGCCCAAAUGAGAGUCACAACAAAAGACAAGGUGUUGAGUGGACCUGUUUGCCUAGAACUUCCUUUUGUGGACAAGUUAUACUAAAUUAUAUCUGUUGGGUGGGAUUGCAUCCUUGAAAUUUGACCAUCCCUGUUUGUGCCUUACCUGUCAUCAUAAAAUGCAGCUUGGUUUUCUUGCUCUGCUCACAUCAAGUGACCUUUCCUGCAGGUGCCAAGAGCCUGGCAUGCAAAAGUUUUUGGAUCCUCCAGAUUCUGUCCACACACUGCUGGGUCCACUGCAGUUCAGACUCACUUCAGGAAGCAUUACCAUUUGAAGGGCACAUGACUUUGGUGCUUUUCCCAUGUUUUAUUUAUGUGUUGCAUUUAUCUUUCAAGAAUCUCAAGGUAGUAUGCAUGGUUUUCCUCCUCCUCACUGUUUCAUCCUCACAACCAGUGCUAUUUUUCUAGAAAAAGAGAUGCCGGAACUCACCAUGAACACCUUCCUUGUUCUCUUAUAAUGGACCAAGCUCACCCAGUGAGCUUCGUGGUCGAGUGGGGAAUCGAACCCUGCUCUCCCAGGCCCUAGUCCAACACUCUAACCAUUGCACCACACUGCCCCUUGCAAGCACUUCCUCUUUUCAUCCUUCCAGCAGAGGGAUGGGGAACACCUGGUCCAGGAGCCAAAUGCUUCUCUCCAGGCCAUCCCUAUCGGGAAUCUAUCUCUUCAGGCCACACACACACCAACCACACACCUCACUGGCCUAGCGCUGUCCUUGAACCCUGAUCGUGCUUUUUGUUUGCCUGGAUGGAGGCCAGAGAGGGGUGGGUGAGUGUGUGUAUAGAAACGGCAAAAUCCACACCUGUCGCAUUGCCCACUGUUGCUUCUUGCCUCCCCACUACCGGCAUGUGGAAGGUAGCUCAGAAGGGAAUGCAGACCUAGGGUUGAAAAUGAUUCUGCAUUCCUCUGCUAGCAUACAUUUGCACCAGGACCAGUGUGCUUGCUGCAGGAAAAUGCACUGGGUACCAUCAAAACAUGUCUCACCAGUAAAGCGUAGCUGGGGGGGGGCAGGGAGAUGUGAUCAUCCAAGUUAGCAUUUUCUCAGUCUAUUGAGCAGGAGCCAGCGUUGCAGAACAGGAACACACUAAUAUGAUAACGUCACACAGCACAGGCUUUCAAUUCAACAUUACUGGGGAGGUGUGGAUCAGUGAUGCCCACACAUCUCUCUUUAACAUCUCACUCAGGCUUCAGAUCUCUUGUUCCUUCAGCUCUCUGCACUAAAAAGAACAGCUUUUCCUAAACCAAAUAGAAGAUGUUAGCAGCUUUUCAUCUGCACCAUGGCUUCCUGUAUGAGCUGGUGAUGCUUGCCUCUUGCAAGCACCUAACUGAUGCACACUGGCAGACAUGGGGUGUUCUGCAUCAGGUUCCAGUGACAAAAUGCAAUUUGCUUCCUGCCCUGUAAGAUAUGCUAAAUCUGUAACCUUGGGGUGUUGUAUGGAACAAUGCAAUGCAACAUCUCCAGUACAACUUUCCGUAUUUUUCGCUCUAUAAGACUGCGCAGUGAAAGCAGCAAUCCCUCUUGCUGUUCUGGCUUCUGGGAUAGCUGUGCAGCCUGCAUUCGCUCCAUAAGACGCACACACAUUUCCCCUUACUUUUUAGGAGGGAAAAAGUGAGUCUUAUAGAGCAAAAAAUACGGUAGUUCAGGGGUUAGCAACCUUUUUCAUCCGUGGGCCAAUCCACCGUCCCUCAGACCAUGUGGUGGGCCGGAUUAUUGGGGGGGGGAUGAACGCAUUCCUAUGCCCCACAAAUAACCCAGAGAUGCAUUUUAAAUAAAAGGACACAUUCUACUCAUGUAAAAACAUGCUGAUUCCUGGGCUGUCUGUGGGCUGGAUUGAGAAGGCGAUUGGGCCGCACCCAGCCCACGGACCUUAGGUUGCCUACCCCUGACUUAGCUGAAACUGUUACAUUUCACUUUCAUGACCACCUCCCAACCACCCCACGUUGUUUUUUUUUGUAUCUGCUUUUCAGUGCUCCUUGAAAUGUCAUCUAUUUUUCAAACAAUUUCUCAUGCAUAUUUCUUUAUAUUAAUCAAGUCCACAAGGCUGGCUUUUAGAACUCUGCAGCACUGUGAAAACCUUGAGUUAGUCCACCAACUAAGACAUUCCCCCAAAACUGGGUUUAAAUGACCUUCAUCAUUCCUUAAUUUGCAAUUCCAUUUUCUCAGAGUUUCCCUGACCAAACUGAGCUUUGUCGGCGUCUGUUGAUACAGUCUCCGUUAGCAAUGGAUGAGUUUUUAUUCCCCAAGACAACCUGAAUUCUACCCCACCCCACUGAGUCAUUAACUCAUCCCCCUAUCUACCCAGCCCUUUCCCCCACCCUACUUAUACUUUAAUAAUCCCCCCUUUUUCCUACCCCAAGCAGCAGAAAGGUCUUCCAUUUCCCCCUCUCCUCCUUUAGGAGCACCGCAUAGAGAUGCACCAAGCCAAAGAGCACAUUGGAAUUGAGUUUACAAGGACUAUUGCAUUAUUUCCCAGAGGCUACUUUGCAUUGCUAAGCAAAGCAACUAGAACAACAGAUUGGGAAAUGGAAGACCUCACUCAGUUUUCUACCACCAGUUCACGCCGACACAUGGAGUAAGUGAGGAUUUGAGAGCAGGCUGGCUGACUGGAUUUAUUAUCCAGCUUGGAUUAAAAUCUAAGCCGAAGGAGGGGGGGGGGAAUGGGAACAGGGUCAUUGGGUAAUAUGGAUUUACGAUAAACACAUAACAUGAAACAUAUUAACAGGUAAUUAAAACACUAACCAGAUACUGCUACUAAGGAUUAAACAUCGCACUGUCACACUGCAAAGCCUGGGUAAAUAAAAAAAUGUUUUAUUGAUGUCUGAAAGCUAGCAGUGAGGGUGACAGGCCUGGCUGUUCUGUGGGGAUCAUUCUGAAGUUGGGCUCCACCAUGGAGACGGUCCUCCCAUUUGUCCCCUCUCCCCAAAUCCUGCUGUUGACUGCAAACAGAGCCUCACCUUCCCCCACCAAUUUUAUGCAUCAAAUUGGCUGGUAUCGGAGGAGGCACUCCAGCAGAUAUUUGGCUACCAAGCAGUUUAGGGCUUUCGGUAAACUACAGUUUCCCAAACGUAGGUCUCCAUCUGUUUUUGGACUACAACUCCCACCACCCCUAGCUAGCUGGGAAGCUAGGACUACAAUUCCCAUCAUCCCUAGCUUAGCAUGCAGUAAACCAUUAGUAACAACUUGGGACUGAGCUCAGAGCUUUGGGAUCAGUGUUCCAUGGAAUGAGGAUUCCAUCAGACUUCCACAUUUAAUAAACCGGCAGCUGCAUUCUGCACCAUUUCCACCGCAAUUCACAUGACUUGGGUUUGGGUGUCUUACAAAGAGUAUAAAGGCUCUGCCUAACCUUAAACUCGUUCAAGUUGCUCAUAUAAGCUCAGGAACGAUGGAUCCAUAGUGUUUCCAAGGCUCAGGCACUGUGGGACUGCAUGUUCCCUGGAGCCUUAAACCUUUGGGGCAUUUGCACAGCUGUGUUAGCCAGAACUUGGAUAAAAAGCAGAGACGUGCUAUUAUUUUGCUUGGCUGUUUCCCCCUCCACAUUCUCUAUACAAAUUAUAAUAAAAAAGUCACCUCCCACAAAAAAUUCAGCUGGGAUAGUUUUCUUAAAAGUGUUGUGGCAGAAUCCUGGCUGUGUCUUCAAUUGGGUCUGAUUGCAAAGUGUGGUAGCUCAGAGCUUCUGAAAUCCCUUGCAAUGGCCCCAGCUGAACUGAGUAUUGUUUAUUUUUAUUUAUAUCCCAGCUUUGCUCCAAGUUGCUCAAUGGGGCAUGCAUGGUUCUCUACUCCCCAUUUUAUCCUCGCAGCUACCAUAUGAAGUAGGUUAGGCUGAGAGACUGUAACUGGCACAAGGUUACCCAGUGAGCAAGGAUUCGAGUUUAAGUUCGGCUGCCAUUCUAGAUGGCAAAUGCUGACAAGUGUCUCAGGAGUUGGCUUAUUGGAAACAAAUGGAAGAAGCAAAUGAAAUGAGUGCCUCGGGAAGGGUGGGUACCAUUUUCUUUGUUGUACCUCCCUUUUUGUCUUGUUUCAGGCGAGUGUUUCUUGCUUUACCCGUCCCCUGUACCUGUUAAAAUGCGAGGGUGAGGGCAAUCCACAGCUCUGCCAUUUUGUGAAGUUUCCUCUCCACUUUUGCCGUCUUUUGGGGUGCGCUUCUGCCCCAAACAUUGAAAUGUGCACCACCUGUUUCCUUGCUUCGCUUUUUGUUUUUAAAAGCUAUGUGCCAUAGGAGCCAAUUGCUAGGGGCUGAGGUCCUAAAAUAUUUGAAGGGGCUGCCCCCCCCCCCAGAUUGAAGGGCAUUGCCAUUCAAAUGGUGUGUAUGCACGGCAUCAUGUGAUCAGUUACGCAGGGUAGGGCUUAUCUACCCCACCCCACCCCCAAUUUUAUUCAAGUUGGCACCCAUGGCCUAUAGCAAGCAUGCUUGGCCCGAACUGUCCGAAACCCUGCAAGACAAGGGUCUGUCUUGCAGGAAAGGCGCUAUACAGCUGCAAAGCCCCGCGCUGCAACAAGGCAGGGCCGAAACUAGAAUUUCUUUCCCACAGUUUGGCACCCUCCCCACAUAUUUGCAUACACAGGCAGAGCUUGGGAGCCUCCAUGGCGCCCCUCUGGAGGCUGCACCCGGGGCAGAAAAACCUGACUACCCCCCACCCCCGCUAAGGCUUAGCAACAAGGUGGUCGUUUGGGAAAGGGCUCCCUUUCUCCCCGGAGCGCACGCCUUUUCCCUCGGCAUUGCGCUCGCUUCUCCUCCAUCUUCCAAGCGCGACUCUGGAGGUCGCACGUGUAGCCGCGCUGCCGCCGCCGCCCUCCCCCUUUCCGAUCGCAGUCCCCUCCCUCCCUCUCUUCUCCCCCUCCCCUGCGUUCCGGCAGCCUCCUCGGCGCGCCGCUCGCCUGGCUGCGCAGCGCUCCCCGCCCGCCGUUGGCCGCUGCGGAGAGGGCGAGACAGGAGCCGGGAGACGCUCGCCAGCCCUUGCGCGGAGCCGGGCCCCGAUUCCCUGCGCUAGGGCGGAGGCUCCGCCGCCUUCAAGCUCGCGGAGCCCCGUUCCCGGGAGGCGAGGUUCUCGGCCAGGCAGCCGGCCUGCCGGAGCCGCGCACCGGCCGCGAUGAUCGGCGUGAACAGCAUCAACAGCAGCGGCAGCGCCGGGCGCCUCCGCUCGCGCUCCAUGUGCUCGGUGCGCUACGGGCGCAACUGCCGCGGCAUGGAGACCUUCUGCUACGGCUGGCCGCAGCGCUCGCGCACCCUCAAGCCCGUGCUCUACACCGACCUGGUGGUCAGCCGCCUGCAGAGUCGCAGGAAGAAGAAGCAGCCGGUAAGGGAUCGGGGUGGGGUGGGCAACGGGGGAAAGGAGGCAGCCCGCCGCCGGAGGGAGCCUCGCCCCGGGUACUGCCGUCGGAAAAAGCCGGAGCGUGGCGCGCGUCUGCGCCACCGCCGGCCUCGCUUCUCCGCUCCACGCGCUCCCGCCCAGCCAUAGGAGCCAACUCCUAGGGGCACAGGUCCCUUUCCCCACCCCUUCCAGUGAAAUAUUCGUAGGAGCCAAUUCCUAGGGGCGCAGGUCCCUUCGGGGCCCCCAAUAAAAUAGUUGAGGGGGCCGACCCCCACAAAAUUGAUUGGGAUUGCCAUUCAUAUGUAGUCCGUGCACGGCGUCUUGUGAUUGAUUAUGCAGGGCGGGGCUUACUCUCUCGCCCCCCCCCCCCCAUAUUUUAUUCAAGUUGGCAUCCCUGCACACCCAGCAACGCCCAGGCGGAGGGGGCUUGGCGGCCCCUGCUCUCUCUCUCUUGCGCACACGAUUGGGGCCGCGUGGCACCUGAGGCUUCCUCCCCACAGGUGUAAACGGGCAUGAGUUGAAAGCAGAGCACGGAUGACGCCUCUCCCUCUCUCCCCCACCCUGCUUUUCCUCCUCGUCUCGUGGCCAAUUGCAGGCUCGCGGCUGCACCUUACGCACGUAUAGUUAGAAAUGCAGCGGGCAGGUGCGCAGAGGAUGGCAGCUCCUGUCGCCCAUACCGCCCCCGUCGCCCAUACAGUCUUGCAUCCUGCGAGUCAGAGUAGGCAUGUCAUGUGGCAAACCCACGCACAGCCCUGGGUAGCUCCCAUCGACACCCACACCUCUGGGUGCACGCCUUCGGGUACAUUUGUUUCGCGCAGGGGCGAUGGGCAGGGCGGCUUGAUACGAAUCGUGCUGACGUAAAUAGUCCUUUUCAAUCAGUGUUGUGUGGGUUUUUUUAAAAAAAAAAAGUUUCUCGUUUCGCAGCUCCUACGUUUUCUGAACGAGAAAUUCCUGCACACUGCUAACUGGUUGCUGUAUGGUAUAGAAAAAUUAGUUUGCAGCUAAUUAAGAUAUUGGUUCUACCUGGAAGCAUCGUGCAAAACCUCUGUAGUCUUUUUGUACAUUUUGUCCUUUGACAAAUGGGGCUGGGGAAAGGGAGAUUCGGAAAUGAAGGGGUUUCUAUUUUGUUCUCUGAGCUAAGGGUCGUAAUUCAUUGUAGUCUGGAGUGGGUAGCAGCACUGGCGGAGAAACGGGGUCCAUGGGGCUGCCUAGGAACUUGAAAUUUGUGUGCGGAGUCUGCCUCUGGGUGGUGCAUCAUUGGGGAUUGGGCUGGACUUGGGAAGCCCUCCUUGCUGCCCUGCCAAGAGGGAGAGAAAGAGAGGGCUGGGGUGGAGAACUGGCAGCAGCAACCACCCCUUGCCCUGUCCUUGCUGCCUAGAGAAAACUAAGCUGAGCGGAGUUAGCAGCUGCCUUCCUCUGGCUUGCUCUCCCUCUGGGUGGCUCAGCGAGAGGGAUUGGGCUGGCUGGGCUGAAUCCCCACUGCUGCAGCACCCAGAAAGAGAACCUGGACCAGCAAAGAUGAGGUGUCUUCCCUUUGCAUGCUCAGCCCUCUAAGCUGCACUGAGAGAGAGAGAGCGCAGAUAGCAGUGGCAACUUGAACAUUCUUUCCAGCCUAGGUACUCCAUAUUGCGUUGCUUAAAAGAGGAGAAGGCAGGAGCUGCUGCUGCUGCCGCCCCUUCUUUUUGCUUCCCACCACAGUUCAGCUCAGAGGGAGAGAGCUGCAAGACAGCCAGAGUGGUGUUGUGGUUUGAGUGUCGGACUCAGACCUGGGAGAUCAGGGUUCAAAUCCCCACUUGGGCCAGUCACUGCCUCGCUCUCAGCCUAACCUACCUUACAGGGUUGUUUGCGGGAUUAAAUGAGGAACGGGUGAACGACAUGCUGGACCUUGAGCUCCUUGGAGGAAAAAGUGGCUUAUAAAACAAACAUGAAGGGGAGUUUAUGGGAGGUUCCUGACUUUGUUGGGGGGGUGCCCUUUUCUCCCUCCUGCUUUUUCUAAACUCUGCUGGGAGGUUUGGAUAUGCUGUUUGGUCAGCUCUCUAACUCAACAGCUGAGCGCAGAGCUGCCUGUCUUCAAAAUAAAAGUGGCCAUGUCAAGUUUUCUUUCUUUCCUGCUUCAGAGCUGCUUUGGGCCACAAUAUUUUUAUGAAGAGAUGCAGCACUAUUUGAUUAGUUUUCCACUCAUCUUUAUGGUCCAGUUAUGGGACGCGGGUGGCGCUGUGGGUUAAACCACAGAGCCUAGGGCUUGCCGAUCAGAAGGUCGGCGGUUCAAAUCCCCGCGACGGGGUGAGCUCCCGCUGCUUGAUGCCUGCUCCUGCCAGCCUAGCAGUUCGAAAGCACGUCAAAGUGCAAGUAGAUAAAUAGGUACCGCUCUGGCGGGAAGGUAAAAGGCGUUUCCAUGCACUGCUCUGGUUUGCCAGAAGUGGCUUAGUCAUGCUGGCCACAUGACCUGGAAGCUGUCUGCAGACAAACACCGGCUCCCUCGGCCAAUAAAGCGAGAUCAGCGCUGCAACCCCAGAGUCAGCCAUGACUGGACCUAAUGGUCAGGGGUCCCUUUACCCUUUCCCUUUAUGGUCCAGUUAGUUGGGGAUUUGGACUUCUUCUAAUUUUUAUUUUAUCUUUGUGUGUGUGUGAGCGUUCAGUUCUGUUCAUACAAGGGAGUAGGGGGUGUUUUUUGAGGGGGUGGGGUAGGGAAGGAUACGAAGCCUAAUGGCGCACUCCAUAUGAAAGUGUGGAGCAGUUGGAGGCUCGGUGCGUUCCGUCACUCAGCUGACGCGCAUAGAGAUUUUUGGCACGUUUUUGCUUCCAGGCAGAAGCUGCAGCCGCCCCCUCCCAGCAUGUUUGCCAGCAUGCAGCAGCUCUUGGCACCCAACACUCAGCGGCAGCUAUUGAGGAUUCGCGUGGAACGACGGCUAGCGUGUUCACUUCUCAGCAAUAUAUGUAUAUAUAUAUAAACAGGCUUGGGGAGAACCUUUUUCAGGCAGAGGACCCAUGUUGCUUUUGGGCAAUCUUUGAGGGAGAAGGGACCAUGUCAGUGGUGGGCAGGACAAAAGCCAGAAGUGGGCGGAGGAGUAAAAAUGCCCUGCAGUUGUGUAGGCUAGUUUCUACACAAGCCCCUUCUCCAACUUCCAUCCAGGCAAGAGGCACCAUCAGAGUUUGAGGACACAUUCCAGCCUGGAAGAAGCCCUCAAGGGUGGCAUCAUACAGGGCUUGUGAAGGGCGUGGCCUGGGGGAUGGGUGUGGCCAAGGAGCGUGGCCUGGGGUGGGUGUGGCCAAGGGCGUGGCCUGGGGAUGGGUGUGGCCAAGGAGCACCCGAGGACCAGGUAGGGUGCGGUAUUUUUUGCUCUAUAAGACUUACUUUUUCCCUCCUAAAAAGUAAGGGGAAAUGUGUGUGCGUCUUAUGGAGCGAAUGCAGGCUGCACAGCUAUCACAGCAGCCAGAACAGCAAGAGGGAUUGCUGCUUUCACUGCGCAGUGAUCCCUCUUGCUGUUCUGGCUUCUGAGAUUCAGAAUAUUUUUUUUCUUGUUUUCCUUGUGGUCUGGUGCGUCUUAUAGAACGAAAAAUACGGUAGUUAAGCUGCUAAUUCACCCGAAGGCACGGCCAUUUGGAGAGCCUUCUAACUUGCAAUUACAGUCGUACCUUGGUUGUUGAACAGAAUCCGUUCUGGAAGUCCAUUCGACUUCCGAAAACGUUCGACAACCGAGGCGUGGCUUCCGAUCGACUGCAGGAGCUUCCUGCACGUAGUCGGAAACCUCAGAAGCUGCUUCGGACGUUCAGCUUCCAAAGAACGUUUGCAAACCGGAACACUCACUUCUGGGUUUGCGGCGUUUGGGAGCCAAAACAUUCAACUCCCAAGGCAUUCGGUUUCCAAGGUACGACUGUAUGUGAUUCAAUGAAAUGUGUCCCCCAGCCAUCCCUUGUAGGUGCAAGGGACUUCCUGGAGGAAGAGCAGGAGCAGCUAAUUAGUUCCCUUAAGGGUGUUCUCCUCCUCCCUGUCUCCCCUGGUCAUUCCCCCCAGCCACAUCUCAGUAAGUGGAAGUAUAUAGGACAAUGCGGGUUCUGGGACAAACAGGGAGAAAAGCGUAAGGAAAAGAACCACAGCUGCUGAUGUGGGCCUGAUUCAGAGAACACCAGCUCUUUGCUAACACGUCCACAACAUUAGAGUUAUCCUUCCCCUUUGCAGGCAAAGCUCAGGUGUGUCCCGCCCCCCCUCAUCACACAGAGGCCAUUACUUGAGAGGUGAGGAAUGCAAUUACCCCUAACUUGGUGGAUUGAUUGAGAUGUUCAGCAUCCCUUUCCAUCUGCAAAUCAUUCUCCCCAGGGUGAGGGAGACGGGUGAAUUAUCUGGUGAGAAAGUCUAUCUCUUUGAUUUUGCUUUACUCACUGUUCAGCCAAAUAUUUGCCUUGCCUUGCCUUGCUUUUGAAUGCUGCUCAUAUCCUGCACAGCCUGCUGAUGGGUCGCAGAUGUUUCCUCUAUGCCAGGAGUGGCUAACCUCAGGGCUUCCAGAUGUUGUGGAACUCCUGCUUCCAGUAUGGCCACUGGUCAGGGUGAAAGGACUUAGAUUUCAUAGAAUCGCAAUGCAGGAACCUGUCCACAGCCAUCGCUGGGUGGGCUCGAACCACCAACCUUCUGGUUAGCAGCCAGGUGCAUUAACCCACUGCACCAUGAGGUUUCCAGCAUCUGGAAGGCAACAGGUUUCCCAUCCCUGUUCUAGAGCAAGACCUUCAGAGCAGUUUAUCUCUUUCCCUGAGGUUUUGGAAAUUGCCUGCCCCAAGCUGAGGGAAGAACAUUUUUGGUGAGGCCAGCAAGUUCUGCGCUCUUCCAGAGAAGGCUGUGACCUUCCUAAAAAGUCUCUCCCAUCAAUAUAGCUGUGGCUGCUUUAGUUUUUGACGUCUGCCUGCCCAGAGUUAAUGAAGAGCUUUUAACUAACUCAGGUGAGAAGAAAAAUGAAGCUGUUUUUCUUACGGUUCAUAAAGCCUCAUCCUGGGCAGCUAUAUAAUUGCUUCUAUUUUUGACGGCACAUUUCAUCUCCCGGGGGGCAGAAUGGUGCAUUGGUUGAAAUUCUUCAAGGUUUCAAAUAUGAGGAGGAAAGGAAUUUCCGUGAAUUUAACGAUGGUAGCUGGUUUUGUGAGUGAUUUCAGCUCAAAGUGCAAGAGGUUCACAUAACAUUAACAGCAGUGUUUGAAAUUAGCCAGGCGCAUUUUGCACCUUGCUAACGACCACCUGGUGGCGCUGUGGGUUAAACAACAGAGCCUAGGACUUGCCGAUCAGAAGGUCGGCGGUUCGAAUCCCCGUGACGGGGUGAGCUCCCGCUGCUUGAUCCCUGCUCCUGCCAACGUAGCAGUUCGAAAGCACGUCAGAGUGCAAGUAGAUAGUUACCGCUCCGGCAGGAAGGAAAACGGCGUUUCCGUGCGCUACUCUGGUUCGCCAGAAGCGGCUUAGUUAUGCUGGCCACAUGAUCUGGAAGCUGUACGCCGGCUCCCUCGGCCAAUAAAGCGAGAUGAGCACUGCAACUCCAGAGUUGGUCAUGACUGGACCAAAUGGUCAGGGGUCCCCUAACGACCACCUGAGACCAAGUGAAGAUGUCUAGGUGCCAAGAUGGUGUCUGACAUUUCCACCAUCUGGAGGUGCAUGCCUGGGGAUCAUUGGAUCAGGGCAGUUUUCACACACUAAUACCCCACCCUGUAGAGUUCUAUCAGUUAUAUUUCAUCUGCGCAAUCAGAAUGAAUUUCAGGAACCUAAAUGCUGUUAGCCUGAGCAGGAGCAACGAACAGUUAACUGUUGUUGCUUGUCUUCACUUAACCACCCAUCUGCCCUGCUCACAGUUGUGAAGAAUAUUCUUAUUUUAUGAAUGGUUCAUGUCACCAUUAAGAAAAAGAGCUCGGAAUAGGUCAAUAGAUAUGUGGACUGGCCCUGGAUCAAGUGACUUUCCUUCCUUAAGUUCUUAGAGUUUUUAACCUAGCUCAAGGUUGUCAUCUGAACUAGCCAGCUGUUUACCUGAGAAUAAUAAUAAUAAUAAUAGUAAUAAUUUAUUAUUUAUAGCCCACCCAUCUGGCUGGGUUUCCCCAGCCACUCUGGGCGGCUUACAGCAGAAUAGUAAAAUACAAUAGUGUAUAUUAAAAUACAAUAGUCUAUCAAUCACAGUCACUCCCAUCAUUUGAAAAAGAAGACUUUAGAGCCGUUUUGCCCAAAAAUGGCAACUAGACUUUCAAUUUCAGCAAUUGUAACCUUGGUUUAAGCAGCCAUUUGGUACCCAGCUUAUAUAUCUGAGGUUCAAACACUGCAUAGUAGAUGUAACCCAUGGUUGAGGAUUCCAUCUCUGAUUUAGUUUCCCCCUUGAAAAUGGAGUUGUAGCUCAGGGAAGGCCCUAGCCUAGUUGUAGAAUUUAGCUGUAAAAAUUUAGUCCCCAGCAUCUCUUUCAGGUUUGAAAAGACCCCUGCCUGAAACCAUAGGAAGUUGCUGUUUAGUGUCAAUGAUACCAGGCUAGACAAACCAGUGGUCUAACUCUUGUAUAAAGCAGUUUCCUAGGGUCCUUUCUACCUGGCAAAUCCCUUAAAUGCGUCCUGGUGAAAACCAAAGACUUAAAAGGAAGCCACAUGGCCGCCACACUUAAGAAAGGAUCAUACAGUGAAUAGAUUUGGUUCCUUUUGACCCUACAGCAGGUAUGGCGAAACUUGGCCCUCCAGCUACUUUUAUAUAUAUAUAAUUUUUAUUGGUUUUGCACACAUUUUCCAAACAUAACAUCCCAUCUUAUACAAUAUAACAAACCUUUGGCUAUCACAGCCUAGGACUUCCGUCAACCUCGAUUAAUGAUUUUCUAACUUUCUUUCUGAUUUUGCAUUUUAUUUUAAUAGUUAUUGCUAUAAAAUCCAAAUCUUAAAUAAACUCCUCCUUAGUCCUUUUUCGCAAUAAUUCAUAUAAUUCAAAACCCUACAAGCGAUGUCAGUUGAUUACAAUUGCCUUUCAAAUAUAUCAUUCUUCCAAUCUUUCAGGAAAGUCUGGUCUUGCUGGUUCCAAAUUUUUCCAGUUAAUUUCGCCAACUCAGCAUAGUCCAUCAGUUUCAUUUGCCAUUCUUCUUUUGUUGGUAGUUCUUCUUGCUUCCAUCGCUGGGCUAAUAGUUUUUUUGCUGCUGUUGUCACAUAUAAAAACAAUUUUUUAUCAUGCUUAUAAAUCUCUCUAUCGACCAUACGGCCCUCCAGCUAUUUUGGGACUACAAUUCCCAUCAUCCCUGACCACUGGUCCUGUUAGCUAGGGAUGAUGGGAGUUGUAGUCCCAAAACAGCUGGAGGGCCGAAUUUGGCCGUGCCUGCCCUACAGUGUUUCCUAUACUUGGGUCUCCAGUUGUUUUUGGACUACAACUCCCAUCAUCCCUAGCUAGCAAGCGUCAGGCUUGAUGGGAAUUGUAGGAAGGGUCAGGUGUCUAUUCUCAGAUCUUCUGCUCUUGUUUUCCUUGGAGAUAUAAAAGCAGGCUUUUAUUCAGUGUGUGUGGAUAGAAAGUAUUGGGUUGACUUGUAAGAGGUGUGUGGCAUUUUGACUGUUAAAAGGCUAGCCUUGUCUUAAACCAGUUUUAAAAGACUCAGUAUAACUGAAACGCCUAAAGCAUAUCUUUUUUAAAGUCUGCUUUUUUAUAUACGUUGGGGAGUAACCCCACCUCCUUAAAAAAAAAAAACCUACCAUAUUUGAGGGCAAGGCCUGCAGGUGUCUGCAUUUUACUUAUCAGCAACCUUACACAAGCUGCUCCAUGGUUUUUGCUCUUUCAGACUUCUGUUUAGAAAAAACUAACAAUAUUAAUAUUAAUAAUAAUAUUAAUAUUAUUAUUAAUUAUUAAUAUUAAUUAUUAAUAUUAUUAAUAUUAAUUAUUAAUAUUAAUAUUAAUAAUAUUAUAUUAUUAUUAUUAUAUUUAUUCAUCACUUUUCUCCCCCAAAAAAGUGAAGCUCAAAGCAGCUUACCAAAAUGAACAUUGGAAACAAAUAUAAAAAUUCACAAAGAUGGGGAAAUGCGGCCUUACCCACUAUAGAAGACUGACUGAUAAAACUCUUGGACUUGGCUGAGAUGGCAAAGUUAACAUGCUUAAUUAAAGAAAAUUAGAGAAAACGCCAUUACUGGCACUUGUUAAGGAUUAGAAAUUUCUUACGGACCUUUUGAGUGAAAGAGAAAAUGAACUUGUAGUAGCUGGAGUUGAAGAUGGGGAAAAAUACUGGUUUAUAGGAAGAAUGGUUGGAUCUUACAGACUGAAUACUGUAUCUUUAUUCUUUAUUCUUAAUUCUCUCUUUAGUUUUUUUUUUCUUCGUCUUUUCUCCUUUCUCCUUUUUUGCUUUUUUUUUUUUUUUAAGACUAAGUAGCUAUUUUACAUCAGCCUAUCAUAAAAAAGAUACUUUGUAAUGGGCAUGUAUUUUUUGUAUAUCUCUGAAUAAGUAUGGGUAUCCUAAAACACGCAAGUACUAUCCGGAUUAAACAGAUCCGGCUCCACCCCACUCAAAGAUAGGUAGAAAAUUAAGGUCCAAAGCCCUGGGUGAAUAACAAUAUUUUUGCCUGGCACCUAAAAAAAAGGCAGUGACGGUGCCAGGUGUUCUGCCCUGGAGAGAGCAUUCCGUAAAUGAGGAGCCACCACAGAGAAGGGCUGUUCUUGAGUUGCCACCCUCUGGACCAGGGGUCAGCAAACUUUUUUUUAGCAGCGGCCCGGUCUACUGUCCCUCAGACCAUAUGGUGGGCCGGACUAUAUUGGGGGGGGGGGGGAAUAAAUGAACGAAUUCCUAUGCCCCACAAGUAACCCAGAGAUGCAUUUUAAAUAAAAGGACACAUUCUACUCUUGUAAAAACACCAGGCAGGCCCCACAAAUAACCCAGAGAUGCAUCUUAAAUCAAAGGACACAUUCUACUCAUGUAAAAACACGCUGAUUCCCGGACCGUCUGCAGGCUGGAUUUAGAAGGCGAUUGGGCAGGAUCCGGCCCCCGGGCCUUAGUUUGCCUACCCAUGCUCUGGACCUCUCUCAGAUGGGGCACAGCCACAGUUUCUGAACUGUCUUCAAAGGCAGCCCCACCUAUAAUCCAUUUCCGUAGACAAGAAAAGUAAGGAUAUCCCUGUCCAGAUAGGGACAUAGCUUGGCCACCAGCCCAAGCUGAUGGAAGGCCCUUCAUGCUACCACAUAAGCCUCAAGCGACAGUAAUGGCUCCAGACGUGCCCCCAAGCUAUGUACCUGCACCUUCAGAGGGGAUGUAAUCUAAGGAGAACAGGCCAUGCCUCAUCUGUCCAGCUUAGGACCCCACACACUGACAGAACUCCAGCCUUACCUGAAUUGAGCUUCAGAUAUCAGUCUAAUACAGGCAUCCCCAACCUUCGGCCCUCGAGAUGUUUUGGACUACAGUUCCCAUCAUCCCUGACCACUGGUCCUGUUAGCUAGGGAUCAUGGGAGUUGUAGGCCAAAACAUCUGGAGGGCGGCAGGCUGAGGAUGCCUGGUCUAAUACAUCCACUGCCCUGGAUAUUAAUAAUAAAAAAAUGUGGGCUCUCUUUUGUAACCUUUGGAAACAUUUUUGUUCCUCUUUAAAUGAAGCGGAGGAAAGCUUUUCAUCACUUGUAGUUUGGCAUUUGGCAGGGUCGUUGGGGUUUCGAAGCAGUUGCAUUUGGAGAAUCAAUCCAGCCCGCAGACCCGCCAGCUGACCAGAGGGCUAGAUCCAGCCCCCUAAAUGGCGCUGCGGACCAUCACUUCCAGUCCCAUAAUUAUUCCCUCCAGUGCUUUUGGUGAGCCCACAUAGAACAGAUCUACCGUUUUUCCUGUAUCUGGUAAAGUAGGUUUCUGGGGUGCAUUGUUAGCAAUAUGCUGAUGAUAUACAGAUCUUUUUUUUAUUAAAUUUGUGACUUCUAUAAUCGGAGUAAACAUUCUUGAGAUCUCUCUGUAAGCCUGCAAUCUCCCAGUGUGGUGUAGUGGUUAAGAGCGGUAGACUCGUAAUCUGGUUCGCUUCCCCACUCCUCUACAUGCAGCUGCUGGGUGACCUUGGGCUAGUCACACUUCUCUGAAGUCUCUCAGCCCCACUCACCUCACAGAGUGUUUGUUGUGGGGGAGGAAGGGAAAGGAGAAUGUUAGCCGCUUUGAGACUCCUUCGGGUAGUGAUAAAGCAGGAUAUCAAAUGCAAACUCCUCCUCCUCUUCUUCUUCCCUGUUAAUGAGGGUAAACACUAUAAUUAGCAGCACAAUUGUAUGUACAAGGACCCUGGAGCAGGGCUGUCUUAAGCAUAUGCAGCGCUGGGGUGCAAAGAUCAGCCUGGCACACCCCCCCCAGGUUGCCCAGUCCCAGGCGCGCAGGAGGGCCGAGCUGGCCAGCCGCCUCAGCGUCUCGCUGGUUCGGUCACCCCCGAACUCACGGCACAGAGCAGAAGAGCCUGUCGCAGUGCUCCGACCGAUGGAGAUUGAGACCCCAGACUCGACUCUCGGUCCCUGGACUCUCAGCCUGGUGCUCCUGAGAGCCCAGCGCACCCCUCGCGCCUAUGGGUAAGAUGGCCCUGCCCUGGAGGAAAGUCUCUGUUUUCAGCGAAGCUUACUUUCACAUAAGCACGUGCAAGAUUGUGACACUACAAUUCCCACUGAUUGUGGAGGAGAAAUUUUCAGCGCUGCUAACCCCUGGAAACUGCCUUUCUGGCUCCCGUAGCUUGUUUGCCUCUGCUACUCAUCUGUAGCAUCAUUUUGGAUUGCGUAUCUUUUAUCUGAGCUUCUGUGAUUAGUUUUAAAAAAAAAAAACCCUCUGGUCUUCCUGGAGGCAGUUGACCUUCCUGAUUCUCCCCCUCCCCCACUUCAGCUCCCUUUUAUCUAAUCCCUUCUUAUCACCGUGUUGCACAUUCUGAACAAUUUUCACUCCCAUGCAUACGAACUGGGCUACUAGCGUUGGCUCUCGUUUCCAAGCACUUGACAUCUCAAACUGGGCUGCAUCCACUGUUUAGGAUUAAAUGCUGAGUUGCCUCUUAUCGUUACUCUAAACAUGAAUGAUAUAUGCAUCUUAAGAACAUUGGGCUGAGUUGUUGCACUAGUGGAAGCAAGCACAAAAAGCCCUGCUAGUGAAGCGGGGACCUCCCCAAAUCCCCUUGGAAGGGUCCGAGGACCCCCAGAACAGUGCGCAGAGGGGGUGGGGAGAGGAAUUUGCUCUGUCUGGAUUGGAAGCAGAAAUGUUGGUGUUAAGUUGUGGGUGAACAUAUCCGACGACACAGCAAUUCUUCAAACAGCUCUUGUUUAUUCACAGGCCAGAACAGAACUGAACUGAAGGGUUCAGCCAGCCUGCUUAUAUAGAGCUCCACUAGAAUGCAACAGUAACCAUUUUCUGUAACUAUCCAAUCACUGAACGUCACUUUCAAUCCCUUAUUUGCAUAUGUGGACCUGAGUGAAAACUAUCUACAGUUUCCCCUGCUGGCGCAGGGUGAGAAUUUCAGUACAUAACAGUUGGUUCUGAGGGAGCACUGUCCCUGGCGCCUGGUUGAACCCCACUCAUUUUUCUCUUUGUAAUGACUCGGUUAAAAUUCUGACGACACUUUCUCUCCACAGGCUUUGUAUAGCUCCAUCAAGAACGAAAAGCUACAGUGGGCUAUGUGAGUACCUCUGCUUAUUUUUCCCUUUCUCUGAACAGCCUCUUAUUUUCUCCUCUUCCUUGAUCUCUUGCUGUCAUCAUUAUUUGUUCAAUUUUGAUGUAUUUUUAAUGUUUGUUGGAAGCCGCCCAGAGUGGCUGGGGAAACCCAGCCAGAUGGGCAGGGUACAAAUUAUUAUUAUUAUUAUUAUUUAUUUAUUUAUUUAUUUAUUUGUAUCCCACCCUUCAUUCGUAGAUCUCAGGGCGGUUCACAGCAUACUAUAAAGAACACAGAAUGCAUAAUAAAAAUAAGAAUGAAAACAAGCCAAUAAUCUCCCCUCCCACAACAACAUCCAAAAGGGCAUCGGGUGUCAAUCAGCAAAGGUCUGGCUGAAGAGGAACAUUUUUGCCUGGCGCCUAAAGGUGUAUAAUGAAGGCCUGUUCUCGUGUUGCCACCCUCCAGACCUUUUGUGAAGGAGGCACCCGAAGGUGGGCCACAGAUGAUGAUCGCUGGGUCUGGGAGGCGGUCCUUGAGGUAUUGCGGUCCUGAGCCAUUUACCUUCAGCAUUUAUAGCAGGAAAAAGGCAAGCUUGUCCUUAGAACGAAGCACGUGCAAUAAGUAUGCUGCAGGCGUGUAACGUCCUGCCUGUAUUAAUUAGAGAAAUUGGUAUUUGUCUUUCGGAGUUCUUGCAUAUCCACAUCGCUCUCCUGCAAAAGACUGGGGGACGAGGAAGGGAAAUGGUUUGUUGUAGACAGAAGGCUCACUUUCUUUCCAUUGUCUGCAAUGUUGCUGCAUUCAGAUGACACUUAAUUCUGUCAAUUCCUUUUUUUUUGCUUUUUGUGUGAUCUUUUACACACUAUGGAAGGCCACUUCCAGAGCCAGUGUGGUGUAGUGGUUAAGAGCGGUGGACUUGUAAUCCGGUGAACCGGGUUCGCUUCCCCACUCCUCCACAUGCAGCUGCUGGGUGACCUUGGGCUAGUCACACUUCUCUGAAGUCUCUCAGCCCCACUCACCUCACAGAGUGUUUGUUGUGGGGGAGGAAGGGAAAGGAGAAUGUUAGCCGCUUUGAGACUCCUUCAGGUAGUGAUAAAGCAGGAUAUCAAAUCCAAACUCCUCCUCCUCCUCCUCCUCCUCCUCCUCCUCCUCCUCCUCCUCCUCUUCUUCUUCUUCUUCUUCUUCUUCUUCUUCUUCUAAAUUUACGGCUCACUUCUGUGUUAACUGCUUCCAGAAAGUGGUGGGGAAGCAUCUACAACCCUGUUACCUUGGAAGAUCACAGGAGCUUUCAGUUGUAACUUUCCUGUGGUUUUAACGAUGAUGCCACCCGCUACUCGCGUGACAAAAUUUGGGGUGGUAUUCCAGGAAAAUGGUUAUUUCCUGCUGUUCAAAAUUUCACAUGCCCUGGUGAAAGCCACAGUUCCAUAAAGCAAACAGGUACCUCAGUAUAAAAGGAAAGUUAGAAAUUGGGGUAGAGGUAGAAUCAUAGAAUCAUAGAGUUGGAAGAGACCACAAGGGCCAUCGAGUCCAACCCCCUGCGUGCUAGCAUUAUAGCUAGUAAAACUAAAUGCAAUAAACGUCCCAUCUGAAUGCAGCCUGUGCCUUGAUGGAAAACAUUGAUCUGUGUUAGACAAGCAUAAAGGAGUCAAAUUUUUAUCUCGAGGACUAUUCCUGCAGCUCUAAACUACCUAGGCGGGUGCCUAGGGUUUCCUAUUACUCGUUUUGGACCAAACUGAGGUGUCAGGCUGGUGUUUUUGUUGUUGUUAAAUGAAAAGUAGCCAUAGGAGGCUGCAAUCUUAAGCAGGCAAUGAGUGGAUGGGGAAGAGUUACUCAGUUCUUUUUUUCUGCUCAACAUCCCUCCCCCCCCAAUAAUGUUUAUUAAGUUUCUUACACAUUUAACACAUGCUGUAUAUCAAAUGAGUCAAAAACAAAAAUAAAAAACAGGAAAGAAAUAGAACAAAUACAACAAAUAACAACAAAGAAAUAUAAAGAAUACAGAUUGAUUAGUUAGUUUAACUUCCAACCUCAUAAACAUAUUGCUUGACUUCCUCAAAUCCUUCCCAUCUGAAUUUCCUAGUAACUGAAUGUAGCAGUUUUCCAAUAUCAUUAUUCAAAAACAAUAUUCUAAUUAUAAUCGAAUUUAUUAACUUAGCAUUCUUGAUCUUAUUUAUUUACUUAAAUCCUAAUUUAAUCCUAGGCCUAAUCCCACCCAGCUUCUAUUCUUCCCAAAGAGGGAAGGAUAUAGGUUCCCAUAUCUUUUCCUCUUCUGGGAGAGAAAUAGCUGGAAAAUUACCCCACCCACCAGUUCUCUCUUUAAGAUUCCAGCCUUCUGCAGUUGCUUUUUGAGUGUUAAAAAAAAUCAAACUGCACACCACAGUCCUUUUGUGAAAUUGUAAUCUUGCAUAUAGGUUUGGUUGGCAAUUAGUUAAGUCUUCGGAGCGCAAGUGUCUAAUUUGUGGUGAAUGUUUUGAGAAAGAAGUUUUGCCAUUUACAAGAACUUAAGUCAGUUUCCAUCGGGCAUCGUUUAAAAGUGUGAAGCUGCCACAUUGCGUUCUUGGUCACUGUCUUCAGGAGUAAGUCCUUUGUUUUUGGUGGGAAUCUCCAACUGUUCCAAUGUAGUUAACUCAGUUUUGUAGGUCUGUGGCUUAAAAAUAUUGCCCAGAUUAAACCAGAAUAAAAGGUUAGUUAGGCUGACUAUACUUUAUUUUCUGUUGCUCCGUUCUGUGUUUGUGUUUUCUUCUUAAAAUGGACAUUUAUUUAAUUAUUUUGGAAGCAUCUGGAAGGGCACUAGUUUGGGAAAAGCUGUUCCACAGGAUUUACGAGUACUUUAAAGAGUUGGGUAGACUCAUGACUUACAUCACGAUCAUCAUUAUUAUUAUUAAUGCUGUUUUUCUAGAAAAAGAGUUGCCGGAACUUACCAUCAACACCUCCCUCGUUCUCUUAGAAUGCCAAUGGCGCCCACCUGAGAGGUGCCGCAAUUGAGUUCCGGCGAGUUUCAGCUGAAAAAAACCCUAAUGAUGAUUAUUAAAAAUAAAGAUAUAAUUGACUUAUUAAUCACAUUCUAAACAAACAUCUCAAGGCGAUGUACACUAAAGAUAAUGGAAGAGAGUUUAAAACUCAUAAACAGCAAAUAUUUUUAAGAAGAAGCUAAAACCAUACAAAGUAGCCUUAUAAAGACCCAUUUCUCAGACCCAUUCCGAACAAAAAUGUCUCCAGAAAGCACCGAUAGUGGGUGCCUAUCCUAUUUUGACGGGAAUGCUAUUCCAUAGAACAAGGGGAGCAACACUCAAAGUCCUGCUCCAAGCUGCUGUGGAACGGGUUUCUGAGAUCUUUGCUGGGGGUGGAAUAGAUGACCAUUUGGGUCAAUGAUUAAGCUAUUAAAUAUCAUCAACAAAAACAACAACAAAAAUGUCACGUGGUCAAUACUUAGUCACAACAACAAACUAAUCAUCCAGUAUAUAUCAUCCAAGGGACGUGGGUGGCACUGUGGGUAAAACUUCAGCGCCUAGGACUUGCCGAUCGCAUGGUCGGCGGUUCGAAUCCCCGCGGCGGGGUGCGCUCCCGUCGUUCGGUCCCAGCGCCUGCCAACCUAGCAGUUCGAAAGCACGUCAAAGUGCAAGUAAAUAAAUAGGGACCGCUUACCAGCGGGAAGGUAAACGGCGUUUCCGUGUGCUGCGCUGGCUUGCCAGAUGCAGCUUGUCACGCUGGCCACGUGACCCGGAAGUGUCUGCGGACAGCGCUGGCUCCCGGCCUAUAGAGUGAGAUGAGCGCACAACCCUAGAGUCUGGCAAGACUGGCCCGUACGGGCAGGGGUACCUUUACCUUUAUAUAUCAUCCAAAACCAGUUUGAAGUCCAUAUCAUUAUAUCAGUUUCAUAAUUUUUGACCUGGCAAUAUAUUGCGUAACAUGAUGCAUAUGUGCUAUGCAAAAAUCACAAUGUGGGAAAAGCCAUGAAGCCAACCAAUGCUUCUCUCGAUUCCUGCAGCCCCUGUUGACUCAGUUGCCUCAGCUCAUCCCUGCCUCAUGCAGGAGGCAGUGAAUCACAAGAGCAGGCACUGGCCAAAAUCACAAUGCAGGGAAAACUGUGAAGCCAGCUAGUGCCUCUACAUAAGGUAAAGGUAAAGGGACCCCUGACCAUUAGGUCCAGUCGUGGCCGACUCUGGGGUUGCGGCGCUUAUCUUGCUUUAUUGGCCGAGGGAGCCGGCGUACAGCUUCCAGGUCAUGUGGCCAGCAUGACUAAGCUGCUUCUGGCGAACCAGAGCAGCGCACGGAGACGCCGCUUACCUUCCCACCUAUUUAUCUACUUGCACUUUGACGUGCUUUUGAAUGCUCACCCCGUCACGGGGAUUCAAACCGCUUCUGGCGAACCAGAGCAGCGCAUGGAAACGCCAUUUACCUUCCCGCUGGAGCGGUACCUAUUUAUCUACUUGCACUUUGACGUGCUUUUGAACUGCUAGGUUGGCAGGAGCAGGGACCGAGCAACGGGAGCUCACCCCGUCGUGGGGAUUCGAACCACUGACCUUCUGAUCAGCAAGUCCUAGGCUCUGUGGUUUAACCCACAGCGCCACCCACAUCCCCUACUGCCUCUACAUAGCUCCAUCCUUAUUUCAGACACUGUGAUAUAGAUCUGUAUAAUGUGAUGUUUAGCUGGUGAUAGAUUGCGAAGUUGAAAACCAGGUAGCGCCCAGCCCUACCCAGUACAUCAAAAGAGAGCCUUCACUGAAGUUCUCAGUGGGCAAGCAGAAUCAUGUAGGCAUCCCUCUUUAAAUACCCCAGUCCCAGUCAUUUAGAACUUUAAAGAUAUAAAAACACAGCCAACACUUUGAAAGGGGCUCAGAUAUAAACUGGAAGCCAGUGAAAAUUGGAUUAUUAUAUCAGUUUAAUAUGCCCAGGCUCCCAUCAGCAUUCUGGCAAAACGGCUUCUGCAUCCGCUGCCAUUUCCAAACAUAUUUCAAGGCCCAGAUCUGCUUUCUCCAUGAAGAGUUGCAGCUGGCUUCCGGGCUGAAGUUGGACUCCAUCAAAACGAUACUCAACACCCUACUCUGCACUGGUUCCUACUAAGCAAAGGGACUUCUGUCUUGUCUGGAUUAAGCCUCAAUUUGGAUCUAAAGCAGUGGUUCUCAAUUAGGAGUCCGGGGACCCCAUCCCUUGCUUCCCCCAACUAAUUUUUUGUCAUUUUUGCAUGGUAAUAUCACAAAGGUUAUGGUUGUUUUAGCACUGUGCGGUUUUUCAAUGGGUGGGCCAAAAUCGGUUUGGAAACCACACCUCAAGAACGGUUUUGACCCGGCAAUACAGUGGUACCUUUGGUUAAGAACAUAAUUCAUUCUGGAGGUCCAUUCUUAACCUGAAACUGUUCUUAACCUGAGGUACCACUUUAGCUAAUAGGGCCUCCCACUGCCACCAUGCCACUGCCACACAAUUUCUGUUCUCAUCCUGAAGCAAAGUUCUUAACCCGAGGUACUAUUUCUGGGUUAGCGGAGUCUGUAACCUAGAAUCAUAGAAUCAUAGAAUCAUAGAGUUGGAAGAGACCACAAGGGCCAUUGAGUCCAACCCCCUGCCAAGCAGGAAACACCAUCAGAGCACUCCUGACAUAUGGUUGUCAAGCCUCUGCUUAAAGACCUCCAAAGAAGGAGACUCCACCACACUCCUUGGCAGCAAAUUCCACUGUCGAACAGCUCUUACUGUCAGGAAGUUCUUCCUAAUGUUUAGGUGGAAUCUUCUUUCUUGUAGUUUGGAUCCAUUGCUCUGUGUCCGCUUCUCUGGAGCAGCAGAAAACAACCUUUCUCCCUCCUCUAUGUGACAUCCUUUUAUAUAUUUGAACAUGGCUAUCAUAUCACCCCUUAACCUCCUCUUCUCCAGGCUAAACAUGCCCAGCUCCCUUAGCCGGUCCUCAUAAGGCAUCGUUUCCAGGCCUUUGACCAUUUUGGUUGCCCUCCUCUGGACACGUUCCAGUUUGUCAGUGUCCUUCUUGAACUGUGGUGCCCAGAACUGGACACAGUACUCCAGGUGAGGUCUGACCAGAGCAGAAUACAGUGGCACUAUUACUUCCCUUGAUCUAGAUGCUAUACUCCUAUUGAUGCAGCCCAGAAUUGCAUUGGCUUUUUAGCUGCCGCGUCACACUGUUGGCUCAUGUCAAGUUUGUGGUCAACCAAGACUCCUAGAUCCUUUUCACAUGUACUGCUCUCAAGCCAGGUGUCCCCCAUCUUGUAUUUGUGCCUCUCAUUUUUUUGCCCAAGUGCAAUACUUUACAUUUCUCCCUGUUAAAAUUCAUCUUGUUUGUUUUGGCCCAGUUCUCUAAUCUGUCAAGGUCGUUUUGAAGUGUGAUCCUGUCCUCUGAGGUGUUAGCCACCCCUCCCAAUUUGGUGUCAUCUGCAAAUUUGAUCAGGAUGCCCUUGAGUCCAUCAUCCAAGUCGUUGAUAAAGAUGUUGAAUAAGACCGGGCCCAAGACAGAACCCUGUGGCACCCCACUAGUCACUCUUCUCCAGGAUGAAGAGGAACCAUUGAUGAGCACCCUUUGGGUUCGGUCAGUCAGCCAGUUACAAAUCCACUGAGUGGUAGCAUAGUCAAGACCACAUUUUACCAGCUUCUUUACAAGAAUAUCAUGAGGCACCUUGUCAAAUGCCUUGCUGAAAUCAAGGUAGGCUACAUCCACUGCGUUCCCUUCAUCUACCAGGCUUGUAAUUCUGUCAAAAAACGAGAUCAGGUUAGUCUGACAUGACUUAUUUUUCAGAAAUCCAUGCUGACUAUUGGUGAUCACAGCAUUCCUUUCUAGGUGCUCACAGAUUGUUUGCUUAAUGAUCUGCUCCAGAAUCUUCCCUGGUAUUGAUGUCAGACUGACUGGUCGGUAAUUAUUUGGGUCCUCUCUUUUCCCCUUUUUGAAAAUAGGGACAACAUUUGCCCUCCUCCAGUCUGCCGGGACUUCGCCUGUUCUCCAGGAAUUCUCAAAGAUGACUGCCAGUGGUUCUGAGAUCACAUCUGCCAGUUCUUUUAAUACUCUUGGAUGCAGUUCAUCUGGCCCUGGAGACUUGAAUACAUCUAAACUAGCCAAGUAUUCUUGUACUAUCUCCUUAGUUAUUCUGGGCUGUGUUUCCUUUGCUGAAUCAUUUGCUCCAAAUUCUUCAGGUCGGGCAUUGUUUUCUUUAUCGGAGAAGACUGAGGCAAAGAAGGCAUUGAGGAGUUCAGCCCUUUCUGUGUCCCCUGUUUGCAUUUCACCAUCUUCUCCUCUGAGUGACCCCACUGUUUCUUUGUUCUUCCUUUUGCUACAAACAUACCCAUGAAAACCUUUUUUGUUGCUUUUAACCUCUCUAGCAAGCCUGAGUUCAUUCUGUGCUGUAGCUUUUCUGACUUUGUGUCUACACGUGCUGGCUAUUUGUUUGAAUUCCUCUUUGGUGGUUUCCCCCCUUUUCCAUUUUUGUACACAUCCUUUUUUAAUCUUAACUCAGUUAAAAGUUCUUUAGAUAGCCACCCUGGCUUCUUUAGGCACCUUCCAUGUUUCUGUCUCAUUGGUAUUGCCUGACGUUGUGCUUUUAGUAUCUCCCUCCUAACAAACUCCCAGCCAUCAUGAACUCCCUUUCCUUUUAGUAUUACUGUCCAUGGGAUCUCACCCAGCACUUCCCUAAGUUUUAUGAAGUCAGCUUUCUUAAAGUCAAGAAAUUGAGUCCUAGUAUGCUUGGCUGCUCCUUUCCGCUGUAUAGUAAACUUCAGAAGAGCAUGAUCACUCGCGCCUAAUGAUCCUUCCACUUCUACCCCACUAACCAGGUCAUCAACAUUGGUUAGGACCAGAUCUAAAAUGGCUGUUCCUCUUGUUGCUUCUCCCACUUUCUGGACAAUGAAGUUGUCUGCAAGGCCAGUGAGGAAUCUGUUUGACCUUAUGCUCUUGGCUGAGUUUGACAUCCAACAAAUAUCCGGGUAAUUGAAGUCCCCCAUUACUACUAUCUCCCUUCCUUUUGCAUGCUUGGCCAUCUGUUCCAGCGUCUGUAACCCAAGGUACCACUGUAUAUCGCUCCCCACGCAAGGGAGAACAAGGCAGCCAAUUUCAAGGCAUUGCCAAUACUGCAGGAUGAUCUCAGCCGAUAACGCUGCUGAUCUGAGCUGCCUGCCCUCACGCUGAGGGAAAAUAGGGCAGCCAGUUGCGAGGCACUGCCUUCCUCUCACGCUGACCUGACGGACAACAGGGCAGCUGAUCGCCCUCACUUCAAGGCACCGUGGCACUACCUUCCCCUGGCACUGGGUGGAGCAUCUUUUCUCAGCAGGAAAGCAGCAGCAGCCACAGUGGAUAUAUACACACACACACACACACACACACACACGCAGACCCAAACCCACACAAUUGAACAGUCCUUGGUUCCCUGGCCGAUUAAUGAGCCAAAACAUGCUUUUCUUCAGUUCUGCCAUCCCAGAGCAUCAAAUAAUUUGUCUGCCUAAUUACAUUUCCCCAAAAUUCUAGGUAACUCCUACUAAAUUGUGGUGCCCUACUUAGAUAAUUCUCUCCCCAGAGAGGCCCGUCUGGUACCCACUUUGCUAUCUUUCGGGCACCAGGUUUUUAAAUGGCAAUAAUCGCUUUCUUUUCCCAGGCAUUCACUGUUUAACUGUGAUGAUGUUACUGCUGCCCAGUUUUUAUCCACUAUUUUAAUGCUUUUGAAACUUGUUACUCAGGUGUGUUGCUUGUUUUUCUGAAGGACAAUUAAAUUGCCUGGAAAAUUCUAUGGAAGCGUGGCAUAGAAUUUUUAAAGAAUAUAUAAAAUUUAGCAAUAUUCUUUGAUUUUGGCUGAGGCACACGAAUGAUAGAUGUCUUCUAAUCUCAGACUUGGCAAAGAAUGCAAAUGCUGCUGUUUGAUAUUUAUGCACAAGUAUAAUAUCCCCCUUUUCUCUUUUUAAAUAUUUUGCUAUUAUGAUCCUUUUUGUUUAUACUUAAAAGCAGUGUGUGUGUUUUUCUGGGGGGUGGGACGCAGGGGUACACAUACCCCUAAACAUUUUGUGAAUCUUUGUACUUUUGUCCAUUUACUGUAUUUAUUUUCCCCAAUUUGAACUAUAAAAUGGUGAUUUCCUUGAGUCAAAAUAAGAGUACCCCUAAACAUUUUUUAAGAAAAAAAGCACUGCUUAAAAGUAUUUGUUGUUGUUUAGUCGUGUCUGACUCUUCGUGACCCCAUGGACCAGAGCACGUGAGGCACUCCUGUCUUCCACUGCCUCCCGCAGUUUGGUCAAACUCAUGCUGGUAGCUUCGAGAACACUGUCCAACCAUCUCGUCCUCUGUCAUCCCCUUCUCCUUGUGCCCUCCAUCUUUCCCAACAUCAGGGUCUUUUCCAGGGAGUCUUCUCUUCUCAUGAGGUGGCCAAAGUAUUGGAGCCUCAGCUUCAGGAUCUGUCCUUCCAGUGUGCACUCAGGGCUGAUUUCCUUAAGAAUGGAUCGGUUUGAUCUUCUUGCAGUCCAUGGGACUCUCAAGAGUCUCCUCCAGCACUGUAAUUCUAAAGCAUCACUUCUUCGGCAAUCAGCCUUCUUUAUGGUCCAGCUCUCACUUCCAUACAUCACUACUGGGAAAACCAUAGCUUUAACUAUACGGACCUUUGUUGGCAAAAGUAUAACUAUACUGUUAGCAACAACAACCCACUCUUCACCCCGAGGUCUCAGAGCAGGUUGCAACAUUAAAACAUUAUAUUAAAAACAGUUUAAAGCAACAUAUAAUCUCAAAAAUACACGUCUCACGUGUUGCAAGCAUUUACAAGAGACACAGAUGCUAUAGCUUCUCCAAUAUUUACUAAUGAAUCAGUAAUGUCAAGGGAUGAAUUAUUUUCUAGUUGGCUGGCAGUGGGGUGGCCAGGUGAAAUAGAGAGGACGGGGUCCUGCAGCUAUAAUAGCUGCAUGUAAGAGAGAAUUUUAUCAGAUCACACUUUCUGUGAUCUCCUCUUCUACGCAGCUUCUGAAGGGGCAGAAGUCCUGGCCUCUCUCUUUCUCUUUCUUGGCCACCCUAGGGGGCGGUGUGGUAUAAGACUUUGAGGGUUUCACAGGGACUUCCUUUUAUCUUGAUGAAUGCCGCAAAACUUUGUGACUGUCCCAUUAAUGCACGACUGUGUGACUAUGUCAUCUGAAUUUGUGUUUCAUCACGCACAACAACUGUGUCGGUCAUCUGUAGAAGUCAAUAUCGCUGCUUUAGAUCUUAUCACAAGCCACCUCUGUUUAAAUCUAACCGAGGCUGAAAAGGAAACCCCACUUGCAAUGAUUUCAUUUAAUAAAUUACCAUAUGCAUUUAUCUUCUCUCCUUGCUAUCAACAGAAUGGGGCAGAUAUCACCCCUGCCCAGAAUACAACCAUACUUUAAAAAAGAUUUUUAUUAGGGUUCCUCAAUAGUAUUUUUUUAGUGUAACAUUUUGGAUCACAACGUACAUCAGAGCUUUCCAAACUGUGUGUCGCAACACAUUAGUGUGUUGGCUGCAGUGUGUAGUUGUGUUGCGCGAAUGCACCUCGUGCUCCUCCCAGGGCUGGAAAGAGUUUAGUUUAACUUCUGUUUUUGCUAGUAAAACUGAAUUUCUGUGUCGCGAAAUGAUGCGUGUCUUAAAAAAUGUGUCACCAGCAUGAAAGGUUUGUAAAGCUGGAGUACAGUGCAUUUCUAUGUGAUGUCUCUGCAGUGGGAUUAAUACGAUAGCAGUGUUUCAGUAAGUAUAUCUGAUUCUGAAACUCCGAGAGAGGCAAAGAAGGAAUUUCGGCAGAAGGAACAGCUAGGCAGAAUUAAGGAGAUUGGAGAGAAAAUUCAGACUGGUUCAGCUCAGUAGGUAGAAUAGAGAAGAAAGCAAGCAUCUGAACUGAGCCAUGAUGUUACAACCUGCCGUGCUUGAUGACGUCACUUGGGAAUUGAUGGUGGUGCAUAUAUCAUGUGUUUUUUAUGCCACUCAGGAUGCUAGGAGACCUAAUUGGAUAACUGCAUCCUCCAACUGCCACCUUCAAUGCUUCAUUCAGAAAGUAGAUCUGCAAAAGGGUCUGACUGGAGACCAUUGUCUUCCAGUAUGUGGAAGUUCCAGAGACCAGUACGAUGAAAACUGUAGGAGCCUUUCUUGACAGGGUUCAGGGGCAAUAGCUAAAUGCUAACAAAAUGCAAAUCGAGGUGAUGCAAGUAAGCUUCAGUCGCAUCUAGGAAAGGGGGAGGGCAUGGGACCAGAUCCAAGUAGACUGGAAGCAGUAGAACAGGAAGGAGAUGGGAAUAGGGAUGGUGAUAUUCCUCUUGAGCUCCUUUGGGACCAUUUCUGCCGGAGAACAGAAGGUGCUGGUGGUCUAGAACAUAGCUGUCAACCUUCCCUUUUUUUGCAGGAAAUUCCCUUAUUCCAGCACCGUUUCCCGCUGCUAUCCCGGAUUGUUAGAUAUCCCAUAGACUGUCCCCGGGACAGGUGAGGCUGCUGAUCCCUUAUUUUCGAGACUGCUGAUCCCUUAUUUUCAAAUCUGAAAGUUGACAGCUAUGGUCUAGAACCAAUAGCUGGUGAGCAUACUCAGAUUCCUGGACCCUCAUCUCAGCCAGAAAAGGAAGCCAGCACAUCAGUGGUACCCUUGUUUCUCGAACUUAAUCCAUUCCGGGAGUCUAUCCGACUCCCGAAACCGUUCGAAAACCAAGGCACAGAUUCCGAUUGGCUGUAGGAGCGUCCUGCACUCAAUCAGAAGCCGUGUCGGACGUUUGGCUUCUGAAAAGCAUUCGCAAAUUGGAACACUUGUGGGUUUGCAGCGUCCGGGAGCUGAUUUGUUUGGGAGCCAAGGUGUUCAGGAACCAAGGUACCACUGUAGGUUGGCCAACAUGGCCAUAGCUGCAAAGUGAAAGUGUUACACGCUUCAGUUAGGAGAGGCGUUUCAAGCCCAAAAGAAUGGAAGGAGCAUUACAGGGUGAACAGGAACAUCGCCAGCUCUGUACGACCUCCUUUUCUGUGUAUUGAGAAGAUGUGUUGUAUCGAAGAACAGUGCUUCUCCUUAAGGGCAGUCCAGGCUCCCCCUUUCUUCCCUUGAACUAGCAAGAAUUGGGCCCGUGUUUCCAAAUCCCAGCAAUGAACUGUGUUACAUGAUCAGCACCUGCCGGGAGAACAGGGAGGAGAGACUCCCGCUACCCUGCAGCGUCGCAGAAACGGGUGCAAAGCGGCGCGUUUGGCAAGAUGGGAAGGUUUGGAUCUCGUUGUGAUCAUCUGACAUGGAUGAUCUUCUGUCUUCUGCCAAGUCAUGCCGUUCGCAUCCUGUUCCCCACGGCCGCUCCCCUCUCCUGCGCAAUGUUAACUCGUGCAUAGAAAUGAGUUACUCCCACGAUAGCUAGCCUUACUUCUGCGCUGGGGCUGCCUCCCUCUCGGUUCGCAGCAAGGAGGGGCUUUUCUUCCAAGGCUGUGCAGCUGUUGGGGGCUGGGGCAGACCAAUUGCUUUCCAAUCUUCAUCCCUACGAUUCCAGGUGAGGGAGCCAGAGUAGGAAUGGCACCGAGGGGGAGUGAGACUCAUCACUCUAAUGCUCAAAACAUUAGAAAGAUCUGUCUUCUCUUAUUAUUCAUCAUUGAUGACUAGGCCAAUGGUUAUUUGCAUGACUGCCCCAAUAUAUUCACUCAGAGCUCAUUGGAAUUUCCGUAGCAAUUCUCGUAUUUCUUCCUCUUUCCAGAAAGGCGGGGGGGACGACACUACUAGAUAUCUUUCCCCCACUCUGAUUGUAGGCAUUUCUUUAAGGUUAUUCCCCCCCCCCCACUUACCAUAUAAUUUACUAGCUGAUGGAAAGGAGUUUACAUACCCAGAAAGUCUCAAAGUGAGUCAUUUCGGAAGAUUGUUAAGACAAUAUAGAAAGUAAGAGUGAACUGGGUUUCUUUUCAUUUUAAAAUCAGAUUAUCAGUGUGUCCCUUUCCUUCCGUUUACAAAUCUGGGGAAUUCACAUGCAGUUUUUCAUGUCGCUCUCCAAAACACCCACACGUCCUCCCUGCCCAAGUAAGGAACUGCAAAGCAGCAGUCCUGCCUGCCAUGUAACCUUGUUUACCCUAAGUACCACCUGCCUCCAGGUAUUCUGAUCAAUUAGAAAGGAGCAGGAGUUGUUCCUCUCCCCUGAAGUCAGAACUGGAGUAGAUCUGUUUGGAGCACAUUUGAAGUCUUCCCCCUACAAAGUUUUGUUUGAUUAUUUUGGACUAUUUGGUAGUAUUCAAUACCCAUCCCACUCAGAGUGGAAGUUAAUAGACACAUCUAACUCAGGUCCAUUCAUUUUCAUAGUUCUACUGUGAGUAAAUUCAUUUAUUUUUUUAAAAUGAUAUUUAUUAAAGUUUCCGAUAAAAACAGAACACAUCAGUAAAAGAGAAUUAAAAGUAAAAAGAAAAAUACACAAUACAAAAAUACACAAUACAAAAUACAAAAAACAAAACAAAAGAAAAAACAGUUAAAAACAAUACCACCUUUUCAUCACCACUUUUGAAUUUACUUAUUUUCUGGACCUCCUCGUACCUCCCUCUUUUGUAUUCCAGUUCAAUUUGUUUGUCCAGCAAUUUCUUUCCCUCUUUUUAAAUCCCAAUCCUUAAUCUUAAUAUGGUAUAACAUUAAAUUCUUAUCUAUUAAUAGCCAAUUUUCCGUUCUUUUAUCCUUUUAUGCCUAAUCCUUAAUCUUAGUCUAUAUAUAACUUUAACGCCUGUGCAGCUAGAAACCACUUAAUUUCAAUCCAUCAUCACUCUAACAUUCUUUGAUUUUGCAAUGUUUCUGUAGAUAAUCUUUAAAUUUCUUCCAAUAGUCUUCCAAUACUGUGAGUAAAUUCAACCCACUAAGUCUGGGACCAGGAUGAAACAGUUGCGUUGUCAAUUUCGCCUUCACACGUGGAACUAAGAAUCUGCACAUUUGAGGCAGCGCUUAGAAGGGUGGCGGAGAGCAAGGCAGUGAAUCUCAAAUCUCUGAAGCCCCGGUUCCGGGAGAGUUGCAACUUCCACCGGAGAGAAAAGAAGUGGAGGAGAUAGCAAAAUGGAGGUCCUUUACUGAGACAUGUUCGCUCUGAGUGCAGCGAAGUAAGCAUUUGGAUCAAAUCCCUUAGGUUUGAAUUUAUCUGGGUCCAUUGCCUCUUUGUGGAAAAGUCAGGGCUGCAUCUGCAGUCAAUUCCAAGGCCUGGAAUUUGCCCCUUUGUGAUAUUACUGUGCUGCUGGACUUAAAAAUAGUUUUAUUCAGGGCGUUUUUUCCCCAGCUGGAACUCACAGGAACUCAGUUCUGGCAUCUCUCAGGCGGGCGCCAUUUUUACUCCUUUCCCCUUCCUUCAUUGCUUUAUGUUUUACGCUACUGCUAAAUCUUGCCAUUUUUCAGUUAGUUAAUCUUUUAUUAUUUAUUCGCUUGAAAAAUUUAUGCUCUGCCAUUCCUUUAAGAAGCUCAAGGUGGCAUGUAAAGUGAUUUAAAGACCAGGGACAGUAAAAACAAGAAACGGGAAAAUAGACAGUAAGCAGGUACAGUGGUACCUCGGGUUAAGAACUUAAUUCAUUCUGGAGGUCUGUUCUUAACCUGAAACUGUUCUUAACCUGAAGACCACUUUAGCCUAUGGGGCCUCCCACUGCCACCGUGCCGCCACUGCACGAUUUCUGUUCUCAUCCUGAAGCAAAGUUCUUAACCCGAGGUACUAUUUCUGGGUUAGCGGAGUCUGUAACCUGAAGCGUCUGUAACCCGAGGUACCACUGUAUUUAAGACAAAACAUACCCCCUGGUAUGUCGGGGUACUAAAGCAGUCAAUAGCUUUGACCACCAAACCCCUUCUUCUAGAAGAGGAAAGGGUCCUCACAAGAUUUCAGAAUGCCACCAAGGGGAGGGGCAAGACCACCUUCGUUAGUGGGCUCCUCUUUACCAACCACCUGAAUUUGGGAGGACUGCUUUGUUGGGGGCUCUUGAACACUUGGUAGCUCAGUCGGUAGAGCGCGAGACUCUUAAUCUUAGGGUUGUGGGUUCAAGCCCCAUGUUGGGCAAAAGAUUCCUUCAUUGCAGUGGGGUGGACUAGAUGACGCUUGUGGUGCCUUCCAGCUCUACAGUUCUAUGAGGGACGCCAGUGGCGCUGUGGUCUAAACCACUGAGCCCCUUGGGCUUGCCAGUCAGAAGGUCGGCAGUUUGAAUCCAUGCUGUGUUGCAAGACUGAGGUGAUGAGUGAUAGCACCCUUUGCAGUUGCUAGGCAAUUUAAAGGCACUCAGUAGCCUUUUUCAGAUUUGCCAUGGAACCUAGCGAAACAUAUAGGACUUGCCGAUCAGAAGGUCGGUGGUUCGAAUCCCCGCAACAGUUGCUCGGUCCCUGCUCCUGCCAACCUAGCAGUUCGAAAGCACGUCAAAGUGCAAGUAGAUAAAUCGGUACCACUCCGGCGGGAAGGUAAAUGGCGUUUCCGUGCGCUGCUCUGGUUCGCCAGAAGCGGCUUAGUCAUGCUGGCCACAUGACCCGGAAGCUGUACGCCGGCUCCCUUGGCCAAUAAAGCAAGAUGAGCGCCGCAACCCCAGAGUCGGUCACGACUGGACCUAAUGAUCAGGGGUCCCUUUACUAGCAAAACACAGCUGUCUCGUGAAUCUAGCUACCAUGGGUGUAGUGGUAAGUAUCCCCACCUGUCACACAGGAGACCGGGGUUCGAUUCCCCGACGGCAAGCCAUGGACGCGGGUGGCACUGUGGUCUAAACCACUGAGCCUCUUGGGCUUGUUGAUCAGAAGGUUGGCAGUUCGAUUCACCGCAACGGGGUGAGCUCUGUCCCAGCUCUUGCCAACCUAGCAGUUCAAAAGCAUGCCAGUGCAAGUAGAUAAAUAGGAAGGUCAACUGCAUUUCCGUGUGGUCUGGCACUUGGCAUGGUGUCCCGUUGCGCCAGAAGUGGUUUAGUCUUGCUGGCCACAUGACCCGGAAAACUGUGGACAAACGCCGGCUCCCUUGGCCUGAAAAGCGAGAUGAGCGCCGCAACCCCAUAGUCGCCUUUGACUGGACUUAACCAUCCAGGGGUCCUUUACCUUUCACCUUUUACAAUUCUAUGAUUCUAACAGGUUCAUUGGUGUAUAACCAAUGAACUAUGAUUUGAAGGCAUGGAUCCUUGAAAUGGCGGAUGGCUGGUCCAGACCAUGCUGGUGUUUCUCAGGCUGCUCUCCGGAGGAAAUAAGAGCACACUUCCUGCGGCUGCCACCAAAGAUAUCGGCAGAGAGAAAUAAAUCCUUAGAAGCGCCAAGGUGAUUACCCCGCAGUUCAUGUAAACCAUGGAUACAUAGUGAGGGGUUUCAAUACAGUCCUAAAACGAUGAGAGGGCACUCUUCCUUAUACUGCUACCAAUAUGUUUCCAAGCCAAUUCAAGGUGCUGUCUAUAAACCAUAAAGCCAUUAAGUGGUCUGAGUCUUGGAUAUCGCAGGGAGCACUUGCAGAACUCCCCAUAACGUGAGAUUGGCUGGGGCAGCCAUGCUUUUGGAUCUAUUCUGAAGGAUCUGAAGGCAGCCCUGUUUAGGGAGGUUUUUAAUGUUUUACCGCUUUAUUAUUAUCAUUCUGUUGGGAGCUGCCCAGAGUGGCUGGGGAAACCCAGCCAGAUGGGCGGGGUAUAAGUAAUAAAUUAUUAUUAUUAUUACUAUUGUACAGCGGUACCUCUGGUUACGUACUUAAUUCGUUCCGGAGGUCCAUUCUUAACCUGAAACUGUUCUUAACCUGAAGCACCACUUUAACUAAUGGGGCUUCCCAUAUUUGGUAUAAAUAAUAGAGUUUUUAAAAUAUUAUUAUUAGUGUUAGUAUUGAUUGCCAUCAUCCUAUGAAUCGCAGAAGCCGUCAGACCUAGCGAUUUGGGCCACUGUCUGCCAUGCUAACACGUUACACCAAUUGACUUGUUGCACAUUUCAAGUGAGAAACGUGGUAUGAAUCUUGCUCCUCUAGUCCCAGAGUGAACUGGGACUGAUCCAGUACAAUGGUACCUUGGGUUAAGAACUUAAUUCGUUCUGGAGGUCUGUUCUUAACCUGAAACUGUUCUUAACCUGAAGCACCACUUUAGCUAAUGGGGCUUUCCGCUGCCACCGUGCCACUGCCACACGAUUUCUGUUCUCAUCCUGAAGCAAAAUUCUUAACCCGAGGUACUAUUUCCGGGUGAGCGGAGUCUGUAACCUGAAGCGUUUGUAACCUGAAGCAUAUGUAACCCGAGUUACCACUGUACUUGGAUGUGGUUUCUACUAACACGCUUAGUAUUUUGUAAAGGUUAUUAGAUUGUGAACCUGUGGGUAACAGGCUUAGUUGUUGUUUUUUAACUUCUAUAUAGCUUUUUGUUUUUUUAAGUUCCGUAUUAUUUACUUUAUCCUUUUCUUACAUUUAUGUGCUGCCUUCCAUCCAUCAUGGAACCCGAAACAUCCCAUAUUUGGUAUAAAUAAGAGAGUUUUUAAAAUAUUAUUAUUAGUGUUAGUAUUGAUUGCCAUCAUCCAAUGAAUCGCAGAAGCCGUCAGACCUAGCGAUUUGGGCCCUGUGCAAUGUUUUAGUUCCCUCGGAAGCAAAAGCUGCGCUGAAAGGUGAGCUUGGGACAGGAUCCAUUGGGGGGGCCAGGGCCAAACAGAGUGCCCUUCACUCUGGCAUUUGCUCUCCGCCAACCUGAAGUGACGUGGGCUGUGCUAGCUUUCUCAUCUGCCCACUUGGCUUCCCUCCCCACCAACUUGUUCAAUGGAUUUGUUGGAAUUAAUCAUCUUGGUUUGCAACCCUGGCGCCAAGCCAGCAUCGCCGAGGCUGUCGCCAUGGAGACAGCUCGGCUUGGGCUUGAUGCAUUUAAGUCUGCGUUGUGUUUGUGAGGGAAAAUGCAGUGUGCCGGCUUCCCUCUGCCCUGGCGCGGUGUGGAGCCAGUACCGAGGCAUGAUUCACAAGGCAGACGGCGCAUGAGACCCGUCACUUGUCCCCAACCCUGAAGGGAUGUGUCACUGUGUGCGCACACCCCAGCCUGCUUUCGGGUCCUUUUCCAUGUGUGCCUUUGUGGGUGGGGAGACAGAAUCGACUCUCAUCUCUGCGUUCGUGGCCAGGUUUUUGUCCGUGCCGCCUCCCUCUGUAUCUGCGAAUCUCUCUCUCUUUUUUCUGUGGAGCUCCCUUUGAUGCUUGGGGAGCUGCAAGGCCUUUCUGCAUUAAGAGAUGCGCAGAACGCCAGCUUCCUUUUGAAAUAAGAGGCAGGUCUUCGCCAAGGCUGCAGAAGCAGCAGAUUCUGCUGAAGGAUGCUGGGAAAUAAGGCAGAGGAGCGACAGGUCAUUCGCACUUAACCUAGCUCCUGUUCUUCACUGCAGCUACUCAAGUCUCUGCCUCUGAGGCCUUUAUGACCCCAAGAUUAUAUUUCAACAAAGCUGGGGACUGAUAGAAAGGAUAACCCAAACUCCUCCCGAGCCGUAACCAUACUGUGGGCUGUGUGCAGAUGAUAGCUUAGUAGAAUAUUGUGGGGAAAACGAAAGACAAUAGAUGAUUGAUGGCUUGAUUGACUGAUUAGAUGGAUAAACCCGAUAGGUUUAUUAUGUUCAGGGAAUCAUAAAAUUGAGUGAAAUAUACUCAGAGUCGAGAGUGGAUUUCAUGCUCUUUGUUCAGCUCAUAGUGGUGAGAAGGAAUUAACGUUUCCCCCAAAAUAUCUGCUUUAUAUACAUUAUUUACACAAUGGGCUGCAUGUGAUUGGCUAAUUCCGGGAUUCUCCUGUAGGCCAAUCAGGUUGUGGAUUCACUUCCACCUGGAGCUGGAUUGGGUGGCUCCUGCGGACCAGUCAUACUGCUGCAUUGUUCUAGGACCAAUCAGACUGCUACAUUUUGGAUCCUAUUGUUCUAGGACCAAUCAGAUUGCUGCAUUUUGGAUCCUAUUUUGUAGAGUUGGAAGGGACUCCAAGGGUCUUCUAGUCCAGGCACUGGGGACAUUUUGCACCUGGCAAUCGGCCACCUGCAACCAAGUGAAGAUGCCUGGGCCCCAGGAUGGCACCUGAUGUCUCCACUAUCUGGAGGUGUAUGCCUGGGCAUCCUUGCAUCUUGACUGCUUUCACACACAAGCAACACAUCCUAUCUGUUAUAUUUCACCUGCACAAUCAGGAUGAAUUUCAGGAACCAAAAAGUCGUCUUGAAAAUACGACAGCUUUCAAACUAUCUCGGCUCAAGCCAACUAGGCAUUUUGUUUUGGCAUCUGUAACCUGGUUUAAGGAGCUGUUUGGUGACUAGCUUAUAUAUCCUAACACGGAUCUAGACCAACCCCCUGCAAUACAGGAAUUCUGUUCUGCGCUUUCUCUCUCUCUCUCCCUCUCUCUCUCUCUCUCUCUCUCUCAGGGAGCUUGUUAUCGUUGGCUAAUGUUGCCUACAGUAUAGGCAUUGCUUUUUCUUCGCUGUGCUCUUUCAGCUCAGCUUCCACGAUGAACAACACAUUCCCCACCCACAAAGCUCGUCCCACCCCACUCCUCCGUGGUCAGAUUAGUUUUGUGCAUUUUUUCCCUACUUCUGUAGUGGGUGGGUGGGUUGUGUUUUAAGUAAUGUACAGGGCAUUUGCAUGCUUACAACUAAUCAUUUUAGUUCUUUAAAAAUAAAACAACCCCCCCUCCAUUGACUCACAUGAUGAGUAAUAUACAUACAAAGUUUGGAUCAGUUUUUAAAGUUUUUUCUUGGUUUUUAAGGUUAAGUCAAAAGUGUCUGCAUACACACUCAUCUUGAAAGCAGCAAAAGGCUGCCUCUUUCUAGAUAAUCAUGUUCUGCAGUUUCUUAACUUUUAAAAUCCAUUUUUAUUUUGUGUGUGUGUGUGUGUGUGUGUGUGUGUGUGUGUGUGUGUGUGUUUUUUCCCCUUUCAAGCCAGAAUUAGGUUCUUUGACUUUUUCUGGCCGGCUAAACCAGGGGAAGGUAGCCGAUGAGUCUCAAACCCUCAGUGAGUUAGGGACUUCACCUGCAUGCAAAGAUUAAAUGCAUGCAUGCAUCUGGCAGAUUAAAUGGACAAGAGCAAUAGUGGGUCCAACCGUCAAGAAGUCUAAUCUUUUGUUCCCCUUCCUUCCCUCCCCCUCCCCUUUUUGUGAAGAUUGCCCACUCUGGGAUCCCACAGCUGGUUCUCCCCUGGACUCCUCGCUGGCCCAAGUGGGACUAAUUUAGCCAGCUAGCCCUGGUGAUCAUCCAAUGUUUAUUGGAUGGAUUUUCCCCCUAAAUUGAUUUUUGAUUUUAUUGUUAUUUACACUUUAUCCCAUAUUUUACGCUGUUUUUUGUAGCAUCAAUGAAUUGUUUUGUUAGCUGCUCUGAGCCCGGUUUCCUGAACUGGGAAGGGCGGGGUAUAAUACCAGGCUAGACGUACCAGUGGUCUAACUCUUGUAUAAAGCAGUUUCCCAGGGUCCUUUCUACCUGGCAAAUCCCUUAAAUGUGUCUUGGUGAAAACCGAAGACUUAAAAAGAAGCCACAUGUCCGCCACACUUAAAAAAGGAUCAUACAGUGAAUAGAUUUUGUUCCUUUUGACCCUACAGCAGGCAUGGCCAAACUUGGCCCUCCAACUAUUUAUAUAUAUAUAAUUUUUAUUGGUUUUGCACACGUUUUCCAAACAUAACAUCCCAUCUUAUACAAUAUAACAAACUUUGACUAUCAUAGCCUAAGACUUCCGUCAACCUCAACUAAUGGUUUUCUAACUUUCUUUCUGAUUUUGCAUUUUAAUUUAAUAGUUAUUGCUAUAAAAUCCAAAUCUUAAAUAAACUCCUUCUUAGUCCUUUUUCGCAAGAAUUCAUAUAAUUCAAAACUUCUUGCAACCCUACAAGCGAUGUCAAUUGAUUGAUUAUUAUUAUUAUUAAGAAGGUGGUUUCUGCGUGUGCUGGAGAGGGAAGUGGGAGGCAGGUGGAGCUCAUCCACCUGGGAAAGUAGCCCAUUUAGAAGGAAAUAAUUGAUCCUAAACCUCUGCUGCCUUGUGGGUUAUCGUCAGGAGAAGAAAAGACUAAGGAGUAAGCCCUACAUAGAUCCAGAGUAGCUACCUAAGAUGGUUGGAUGGCGCCUUGUAGGCCUCCUUCCAGCAACUCCUGCAGCCAGGCUGGUGCCAAACGUCUUGCUCUGAUUUCCUUUGGGCCACAUCAUUGAGGCCGAGAAGGGGGUCCUGUCAACUGGGCAGCCCAAGACCUCCAGACACACUGCUCAGGCUUGCACUCCAGGGAGGUUGCUUCGAUGCUGCUAAUGCAGUGGUUUAACUUCACCCCCAGAUGUGCACUCCAUUGUUUCAGAUGCCAACAAUGCGUCUUGUCAGUUUCAUAUCCCCGUUGGCUUGUAUGGGUGGGGGGGACCUGUGGCCUCCCAUGUGCUGAUGGGUUGCCAUCGGCCACAAGCAGCAAGGCCGGUUGGUGGGGACGAUGGGGGCUGUGGUCUAGCAGCAACUGCGAGGGCCACCGGUUCCUCACCCCUGGGUUAGAAGAAGCAGCUGCAGCAGCCAGGAUCUAGCAAAAGGGCUUUGUCUUCCUGCAGCAGGGCUUUCCUCCUUGUCGUCCUCUUGAAAAUGGUCAAGGCACAAUGACUGGACUGUAGGCAGGGUGAACUAUUGGUGGGACCGGUGUGGGGCCUGAGCUGAUUUUAAAACGCUGCUUGUUUGCCGUGCAGAGACGAAGAGGAACUGCGCAAGUCGCUUUCCGAACUGGCAGACCCCAACCCCAAGUCCAUCAAGCGCAUCAGCAGCUGCAGCAACCCUUUUCUGGAUUUCUCGCAGGAUCCCAGCAUCGCUACAUACAAGCACAGCCUCCUGGUGCGCAAGAGCCACGCCGAGCCGGAUUGCAAAAAGAGUAAGUCUGAUAUUCAUAAUAAUAAUAAUAUCUUUAUUGUCAUUGCCCGAUUCGGGGACAACGAAAUUACUUGACUGCUCCAUAAAAACACUAAUUAAUCAAUACAGCAAGGGAGAUUAGAUGACUUUCAAAGUCCGGGCUUCCCAUUCAGGGCCGAGAUCGCUCUGGAGAAGAAGCUGUUCUUAAGACGGCUCGUUCUUGUCUUCAUCGUCCUGUAUCUCCAUCCCGACGGCAAGAGCUCGAAGAGACAGUGACCAGGAUGCGAUGGAUCUUUUACUAUGUCCAGUGCCUUCCUAUGGCACCUUGUGGCAUAAAUCUGCUCUAAGGUGGAGAGUGGGCAGCCAACAAUGCUCUCUGCUGCCUUAACAACCCUGCACAACCCCAUCCUGUCCUGGGUAGUACAGCUUCCGUACCACACACAUAAGCCAUAAGUGAGCACGCUCUCAAUGGCACAGUGAUAGAAGGCAAGCAGCAGUUUCUGCGGAAGAUGGUUUUUCCUUAGUAUUCUCAAAAAGUACAGUCUCUGCUGUGCCUUCUUCACAAGCCCCCUUGUGUUGACACUCCAGGACAGAUCCUCUUGUAAUUCAAUGCCCAAAAAUCUGAACGUUGUUACCCUCUCCACACAGACCCCAUCAAUCAAAAGUGGCUGGACGUUGCUCUUCUGUCUCCUGAAGUCCACCACAAGCUCCUUUGUCUUCCUUGUAUUUAUGAGCAAGUUGUUAGCUCUGCACCACUCUGUCAGCCGCUCCACCUCACCAUAUUGGUGGUGGUGUGUGGGGCGAUGAGGGGGUUCCUCUUGGCAAUGGCACGGGCUGCACUUGACUGCACAUGAGGAAGUGAGCAAGGAGGUGCUGGUCUGUGCUGGGCAUCGCUUCCUUUUAGCCUCACACAGGCAGGAGGAAACUUUUAAAAUGGCAUCGCCUUUGAAGGCAGGAUCCUUGCCCUGUCUUUGGCCCAAGAAACACACCUUGCAAAUAUUUCAGCUUUGCCAAGGAGUGUGUAAGCAAAAAAUUAUUAUUAUUUAGGGAAGUUUUUAAUUUUUGAUGUUUUGUCAUGUUUUUAAUAUUCUGUUGGGAACCGCCCAGAGUGGCUGGGGAAACCCAGCCGGAAGGGCGGGGUAUAAAUAAAUUAUUAUUACUAUUAUUAUUAUUAUUAUUACAUAAAAGGUCCGCAGAAAGACACCCUCCCCAGUAAUUUAUUUAUUUUUUUAAAAACAAGCCAGAGGGGCUAGUAUGUGAUCCGCCACUGAUGUUCUCACAUGUACAGAACUGUGUGGUGAAACAUCUAUGGCUGCCAGAAGGUCCGCUGCACCUGGAAGAAAAGGUGGUUGGUCACCAGAGUCUUUGUCCAUGUCCCACAUGAGGAGGAAAGACCCCCCUCUAUUUAAAAUUGACCCCCCUCUUUUCUUUCAAAACAAUUCAAAGGGAGUUGCUUUUUUUUUUUUGCAGGAAACAAAAGCCCACCAUUUUUUCUGACUGAUUCAGAUUCUAUGGGAGUUUGUUUUAACCAGCAAUUGCUGUCGCAAAGGGGCUCCGUUCACAAAUUCCAGCCAGUCCUUUGUCCUUCCCUGUUCCUUAAAGUGUUUCGUAUAAGCUCUGCAAAGUUACUCUUCCCCUCGUGCAGUCUUGUGGAGUCUCUGCCAUUUCUAAAGGGUCUAGGAUGGGUUUCUGUACUGUGCUGAUGGCGCCGCAUACAGGCUGCGUCUUAAUAUCUCCCGCUUCAGCAGUAGAAAUCUGGUGAGGAAGAAGUUGCAAUUCAAAAACAAAAACAAAAAGCAGUGAUGGUAUGGUUUAGAACAGGGGGUGGCAAGGUUUACCGGCCAUGGGCUAGAUCACUCCCAUGGAGAUCGUCCGUGGCCUGGACUGGCACAGCGUGACACCAGAAAUCGCGGCUGCGCAUGCCCAGACGCUGAAAAUCGCGUCUGCGUAGAAGCAAUUUUCAGCAUCUGGACAUUCGCAGACACGAUUUCCAGUACCUGCGUGUGCGCAGACGCAAUUUCUGGCGCUGCUCAGCAAGUCCCCGCGCCGCGCUGGUUUAGGGGGACUCGCCAAGUGGGCAGCUCAGUUCAGGGGUGGCUUCAUGGGUCGCAUUUGGCCCAUGGGCCACACGUUGCCGACCCGAUUUAGAACAUCUUAUCCAAAGAUAAAUGGCGGUUCAUAUUUGCCUUAGCGGUGUUCUUGGUAUUUAUCUUCAGCUUCUUUGAACAGGGCCACAUAAGCAUUUCUGUCCACAUGCAUGUGUACUCAGAAGUAAGCCCCACUGAGUUCAAGUGUCUGUAGGAUUGCAGGCAAGGGUGGAGUCCAAACGACAUUCGCUUGAAGGAGCAGGUCAGCAAUGUUCGAGUCAAGCAUGACUUUUUCUCAGGAAGGAUAGCAGAAGCUGCCGCACAUCUCUAGCCUGGGGCAAGGGGGCAGGAUGUGGGGAUUUUUGUUUUGUUUCUUGCAGAUUGCUGGGUUUUUAAAACCAUUGCAAUUUUGUGCCAGAUGUGGCUGGCAGCAAUGGGACCAUGCAUAACCUUCAGAGAGGGCACUGGGAAGGUUGCACAGAGCGGUUGGUGGGGGUGGGGAAGGUUGUACUGAAGAGAUUGCUGGGGAUAAACUAAGCUCAUUCUGCCAGGUGUCAGCCUAUUCCCUUGGGUCUCUUUGUCUGGGCAUGGUUUUGAAUUAGGGGCAGGGGAGCGGGGUGCAAGGCGAGGACAUUCUUCCAGGUUCAGAGGGCGCAGUUAGCACUCGGGGAACCGAGUCAUUUGCCUGGUGUGAAGGUACCUGGCCCAUCCCAAAGAAUGCACCCACGCUGCGCCCUCCAUUUUUCCUGCAAAAUCCUUCCUAAUCCCAGGCAACUAAUGCCUUUUUGAUCUGAUUAGAUGCUGUGCCUGUAUGCUUCGUAUCUGUUGCCGAGCACAGAAUUACCUGGCAGGAGCCACUCGCUAUGCCUCCUUCCUCUAAGUGGAGAUUCAACAGCUUCUUGAUGCCUCUGCCCUAGAAAACAGCAGGAUGGGACCAGUCCUGUCUUUGCCAGGCCUCCCCCAUACAGAAUGUGCUCAUUCCCAGGCCCCCAGAAAUUCAUGCCUCCGCUGAGCUUGCUCCCCUCCCACCGAGGCCUUUGCCUAGCACCAACUUUUGUAAUGACUCUUCUCCCUUUUCCUUGGCAGCCCCAAGAGGGAAGCGGGGGUGGAAGACUUUCCACGCGAUCCUGAAGGGCAUGAUCCUGUAUCUACAGAAGGUAACUAAAGCAUGAUUUCCAUUGGCUGGAAUAAGGGAGCCAACCCAGUUUUUCCCAUGGGUUUUGCAUGUUUUGUUCUGCUCCCAAUAACUCCGUUCAUUAAACUGAAAUGUUGACUAGGAAAGCUGGGACUGAAGACGAGGAGUGUUGAGAUUGGCUGGGCAUGGAAUUCAUUUGGAGUCUCCUUUCCCCGCCAAUUCCCUGCUCCCCCAUCCGCCAAGUGGUUGAUCUCAAGCCCCUGCCCUCAUUUACGUACAUGUGCAAUUUCUGACAUCUUCCCCAACUCUGCCCAUAGCAUGAGCUUUCCUACACGGCCAGAGAAAUUAUAUUCUCUUGUCCUCAGGAUGUUGUUUAGACCCUUUCUGAACUGAAAGUGAGACUGCACGGAAAGUCCAGCCAUGUGUCACGCAGACCAGAGUCAAUGUAGAAGAUCAUCUGCUGUGACAGUCUCUUCGCUUUGCUUUGCAUCUGCCUUAGUGCUGUCGAGACGAGUGUCUCUUGCAAUAUCAGGGGAAAGAGCUGCGCUUCUGCCUAACUGAAGCGUACUGUCUUGACACCCUUCACUUCACCGGACUGCUUAGGUCCUGCAGGGGUGGCCGGGUCUGGAGGAUUAAAAACCGGGACACUAAGCUUGCAUGAAACAUUCAUAUUCCUGCCGUGCAAAAUUUAUGUGGAUACUGCAUUCUCGCAGAUUCUGCUCUGCAGCAGCUAAAGGUUGCAAAACACUUUGCAGGUUCUGUUAUAGUUAGCCUCGCGAUAGCCCUGUGUAGUAGGCCUCUCAAGUGUUACGGGUCUUAAUCCAAACUGAAACGGCAUCAUUUCCCUUUUUAGAACUCUCGAGGCAUCUUGCAACUCUUCUUGCUUUUGUUAACCCAGAAAAAUUGAAGGGUGAAUCAUCCUCCCCAAUUUAAGACGAGCCUGAGAUAAUUGUGAUGAUUGUGCACAUUUUUUACAAAGGCACAGGCCUACAUACAUGUCAGCUUCCACACCAGAAGUCUGGCUGAACUGCAGUGGGAGAGAAAUUCCCCACCCGGCAGGCAGUGUUGAUGCAGCCAACGCAAUGCACAUUUCCCCAAAGGGUUGCAAACAAAGAACAUGGGAAGAGCGUGCAGGAUCAGGCUAGCGGCACAUCUGGUCCAGCAUUGGGUUCUCACGGUGUCUGAACAGUUGCCUCUGGGGAAACCUGCAAGCAGGAUUCGACCACAAGACCCCUCCCUCCUCCUGUGGUUUCAGAAGCAUUGCUGCCUCAGACUGUGGAGGAAGAGCAUAGCCAUUGUAUCUAGCAGCCCUCAAUAGCCCUCUCCUCUCCAUGCAUUUUGAGAGGGACGCAGGUGGUGCUGUGGGUUAAACCAGAGCCUAGGACUUGCUGAUCAGAAGGUCGGCGGUUCAAAUCCCUGCGACGGGGUGAGCUCCCGUUGCUCGGUCCCUCCUCCUGCCAACCUAGCAGUUUGAAAGCACGUCAAAGUGCAAGUAGAUAAAUAGGUACCACUCCGGCGGGAAGGUAAACGGUGUUUCCGUGCGCUGCUCUGGUUCGCCAGAAGCGGCUUAGUCAUGCUGGCCACAUGACCCGGAAGCUGUACGCCGGCUCCCUCGGCCAAUAAAGCGAGAUGAGCGCCGCAACCCCAGAGUCGGCCACGACUGGACCUAUCCAGGUUGGUGGCUAUUGCUGUGGGAGCUGCCACUGGUCCUGCAAGCUAGGGAUGAUGGGAGUUGUAGUCCAAAAACAGAUGGAGUCUCAAGUUUGGGAAGCCCUGGUCCUAGUGGAAGCUAAGCAGCAAGUAGCAAUGACUACCUAGAUUCAGUUUUAGGCAGCCACUCGGUUGUGGGUUAGACGACAAAUAGUUGGGACGGAUUCAGAUUCAGUCUGCUGCAGAAGAGAUGUGGCACUGGUGCCAGUCAAUGCCAGUGGGCAGAGGAAGGAACAGGAAGCGGUGAAGCCCAUGGCUGGCAUAGGGUGUUAGAAGAGAUGCAACAUGAUUCAAAUUUGGUAGGGAGCAUUGGGUGGAAUGGGAUGCUGAGAUAUGCCUUUGGCCUCAUAUAUCGGGAUACUUCUUAGGCUCCUGUGAGGAUGGCCUUGCAAGAGCAGCCAUAUCCGAGAAGCCGUAUUUGUAUCAAGGAAUUAUUUUCACCGCAAAACUCAUAUUGCUGGAAGCUAACAGGGACAGAUGCCCCCACGCCCUUGUAAUGAGCAGUCCUGUGAAAUGCUGGAUAUCUGUCAAUACUUCCAGAGCUCCAUUUGGGCAGCGAGGGACUACUCAUUUAUUCCUGAACGUUGUUAAGCAGAAACACUUUGUGCUUUAGCUACUGUCUCCUUGAGCGCUGCUAAAGAAGAAAGGGCCAGUUUGGGUAGUUGUGGUCUGCACUGCGUGCCUUAAUUGGAAUGAACUGGACAGCUGUAGCAAGACAACUGCAUGACUUAAAUUUUGCACAGGAAUCCCCCUCCCCGAAUGUGGAUGUUUAAUAUGUUUGUGGCAGAGUGUUUAUAAAUUUUGGUUAGGAGAAUGGGCAGGGUGGAUAUCGCAGUACAUAAUGGCAAGACAUAACCCAAGACCAAUAAUGAAUGGGAAGAAAAAUGCCACCCAGAGUCUUUCAGAGAGCUCCUCUGCUUUCCAAGCAUUUUUACAAAAAUGCCCACCUUUUGCCAAUUAUGACACAUCUAAGUAAACAUUAAGCUGAUGCAAAUUUUAUAUACGUAUAUAUACACACAAAACUCAACUGAAACGUGUAAUGGUAUAACUGCUGUAGUCCAAUGUCCUGCCUACCAGAUCUGAGGUCCCCUUAUUUGGGAUUUUCUGGUGUGGAUGUGCACAAAGUCCUAAUCUGCAGUCCUAGAAGCCUCUUGGUACAUCACACUCAAACCUAAGAUCAGACUCUUGAGAUGCGAGGGAGAGGGAGAGCCCCAUGCCCUUUUGGCUGGGGUCAGGAGCAGCAAAUUCACCAGACCCACCCACUGUCUGCCUGCCUGUGUUUCAGGAGGAGUACAAGCCUGGCAAGGCCCUGGCCGAAGAGGAACUGAAGAAUGCCAUCAGCAUCCACCACUCCUUGGCCACCCAAGCAUCGGACUACAACAAGAGGCCCAACGUCUUCUACCUCAGAACGGCUGACUGGAGAGUCUUCCUCUUCCAGGCCCAGUAAGUUGAUCAUCUUGGGGCCCAUGUUGAAAGCCCUGGGCAUCCAGACAAGAGGGGAGGGAGAGCGAGAAAGGGAAAUGGCUUGCUGGGAAGUUGUCGCUCCCACACUGCCCCCUUUUCUCAGAUUCAGCCGCCUCUGUGAGCUUAACCAGAGCAGAACUUGCUUCAGAUCUGCUCCAGUUGCCUCUGCUUUAAUUUUUUCCUUCCUUAAGUGUCCCAGCCACUUACAAUCCCCUUCUCAAUUUGGUUGCGUUUCUCCAGAGUCACAGAGUAUGCUUUGGUUAGUUCAGCCCUGUCCUAGUCUGGUUCCAAAUAUAGGCCUGUCCCUUGCUAAGACACAUAAAUACACACUUAACACACACACAAAACACUUUUUCAUUUUUUUAAUACAAAACCUGGGAGAAGCUGUGGUCCUAGUGCUAGGAAGGAAGGGGAACCUCAUCUGUUGACUUUUGCAUCUUCCUCCAGGAACACGGAGCAAAUGAAUUCCUGGAUCACACGCAUCAAUGUGGUGGCAGCCAUGUUCUCCGCACCCCCGUUCCCAGCUGCUAUUGGGUCUCAGAAGAAGUUUAGCCGCCCGCUGCUGCCCAGCUCCACCACACGGCUGUCUCAGGUAAGCGGAGGACGAGGCCUCUGCCACUGAGAGGAAUUGGAGAAAGAUGAUGUGGUAGGGUUGCAGGAUCAAAGAGGCUUGUGGGCACCUUAAAGGCUAACAAAGGAUGGAGCAGGAACUGCCAUGUUUAGAAAGGAGCUCCCUUGAGGGGCAGGGAUGUCAUACACAGUCUACAUAUCUUUGGGGGGGGGGGGGAAGAGACUUCCAGAAGACAGCAUAAGAAGGCACCAACUUAAGGGCGGGUGGAAGUCAUUGUACAUGUUUAGCUCAGUGGGGGGAAAUAGGGGUGCUGGAGAAGCCCAUGCCAGCAGCUUCUCAGCCUCUCUGAAAAGGGGAUUAUAAUCAAAUCAAAUUUAAAAGAGUUGCGGUGCAGGGGGAUGGAGGGAAAGGAAGUUAGAUGGUGAGGCAGGACAGCUGAAGUCAAGGGAACUUCUUUCCUUCCUUUUCCCAGGAGGAGCAAGUAAAGAGUCAUGAGGCCAAAUUCAAAGCCAUGGCAGCAGAGCUGCUUGAGCACCGCUCCUCCCUGCCAGAGAAGAAGGUCAAGGGCAAGGAGUACGAAGAGCUGAAGCAAAAGGAGGAGUACCUGAUAUUCGAGGUCAGUAAGGGAGCGGGCGGGUCCCCCCCCCCCCCGAAUUUACCACAGCCUGGUGGUAGAAGUUAUUGCAAGGGAAGCGCCACCUUUACAGCCAAAUCAGUCCUAUACUAGGGCUACUUGCCAGAGAGAGGUGACCUGGCACCAGGGACAGUCAUGCUUUGCAAGCCCUUCCUGGAUCAGACUAAAGCCCACCACGAAACCCACAGUCAAGGCGGGAAAGAAAUGUCCCAAGGCAGCUGACGUUGGCAGGCAGAGCAGGGUGGAAGCCCAACGUAGCAUUAAGUGAACAUUUCAUUGACACAGGGGCUUCUGUUUGGAAAAGGAAUCUCUCUCCUCUCCCUGCAUCACCCCCAGCCUUCUGGAGCAGAUUUGGGGAGAGCAUAGGGGGCAGAGACCCACUGCACAAGCAGAAAUCCUUGCAUUGACAUGAUGGGUUACAGUUUAAUCCUGCUCGCAGUUCCUCUGUAGUUGGAGCUACAUUCAGCAGCUGCUCAGACACCUGUAGCCCAUUGUCCGAAACAAGCCAGGCACAUUUUGCUACUGGUGCAGGUUGAAUUACGACUGCAUGGAGAUUUCUGGGCCCGUGACCAGUUUUAAAACCUCUGCCUUAGUCCAUACCAUGUGUGUUUCUCCUCCUUGCAUAACUGGGACAAGCAAACUGUUGUACAAGCAAUGUAGUUGAGAUCAUAGAAUCAUAUCGUUGGAAGGGACCCCAAGACUCAUCUAUUCCAACCCCCUGGCGAAUAGACAUUCUGCUGUGACAACUGUAACCUUGGCUUAAGGUGCCAUAUAGAGCUUAGCUUAUAUAGCUGAGUUUCUAACACUGCCAUAGCCUGCCCCGUAUCUGUCUAAUCACACUAUUUUAAAACAUUUUAAUGUGUUUUGGCUGCAAUCUCUCUCUCUGCUGACUACCCCAUUGGAUUUCUUAGGGUAAUUAUGCAUUGUGUGUAAAACACCCUUGAUUCUCCCAAACCAGCAGUUUGUCCCUUUUUUGAGGUACGUGCGUUUCAGGAUUGUGAAUUUUUAUCUCUCCCCCACCUUUUUUAUAAAUCUUCACAUAGUAGUCUUUCUCCCAUGUAAACUUACUAGCCCCAAAUGUUUAGGCCUUUCGUGUAGGAAAGAUGCUCAGACUCCUUUGAUCUGUGCCUUCCCCUGCUCUACAAUAUCCUUUUUGAAAUGGGGGUUGGGGCGCGGGAUAAGAACCACACACAGUAUUUCAAAGGAUGGGCAGGGUUCAAAUCCCCACUCAGCCAGUCACUGCCUCUCAGGGUUAUUGUUGAGGGCAGAGAGCCAUGCAGGCCAGCUUCAGAAGUGGGAUCUGAAUAAACAGGCUAAAUAAGGGGUGUGAUGUGCAAAGGGGGUUCCCCCCAAACCAGCUGCCUCUUACGUCUCCCUUCCCUGCAGAAAACACGCUAUGGAAUCUACGCUACCCUGAUGCGGGCAAAGCUGAAGACAGGCUCUGAGGACCUCACGGUGCUAGAGGCCGCCCUGUUUGAAACAGCAGCCGGCGCAGAGAACAGUGUCAAAAAGUCGCAGUCCAUCCCUUCCCUGAGCCAGGAGCCAGUCGGCGGGGGACCCAGGAUCAAGCGCAGUAGCCGACAAGCUGCCAGCAGUCUGCAGAAGUCCUAG